GGGAUCUAUAAUCUCCAUGAUUAAUCUCAUGCUUGUUUUGGAAAUCCCCACUUGCCUGGAAGGACCUAUUAAAAUUAUUACAAGCAAUUUUCUUUUCUGAUCAUCACAGUGCUUGUGAGAGUACUCUCCAGAACCAGGUACAGUAUGAUAAUAAGUAGAUUUGUAAAUUAGGGAGCUAAUUCUGAAAUCAAUGACCGUCUUAAUGAUUUCGUUGGUGACUGUAUAUAAAUAGUCACCGGGUGCUGUAAAUUGUUGGCCUCCUGAUUAAUACUGGGGUAGAUAUAACUCCCUACCCUGUCUGUGGCAUAGAGUGAUGUAUGUGUCUAUUCCCUUUAACAAGGCAACGGUUAAGUGAUAUUUUUUUUGAUUACUGUAGGUAGUUUUCUCACAUUGAGGAGAUCUCAACAGCUUUUAUAUAUCAUAGGACCUAUUAAAACCCUCACAAUUCACAGCAUGUGGAGUUACUGUCUCAGAUAUAUAAUACAUUCGAGAAAUACAUGUCCUCUGGGUAAGAGACAAUCUGGUGGGCCUUCUUUCUAAUCCAAAAUAUGGUUGUAUUAAUGGAUGGAAAUCAUGAAGCCUCAUAUGCUUGAAUUUUUCUCUUUAUAUAAGAAUUUGGAUAUAUUUUUGUAAAAACUUCUAUAUUGUUGUGAGCAUGUGGGGAUAGUUUUAUAUUUACCUGAAAGGUCCAAUUAUGUAAAUAGGAUUCCACGACAGACAGGACAGGCCUUGUGGUUUUAUAUAUGUUUCAAUGUCGUGUUUAUAGAUAGGUGUAAAGAUAGUUUGUAUAUGUUUGCAGCGUUUUAUGGCUAUGUGUCUUAUUCAGGGCAAUUCUAAAUUAAGAAUUGCUUUGAUUUUACACCUGUUGUUUUCCUCCCUAACUAUCUUUUUUAGUGGGCACUCAAACCUGUUUCCUCCAGGUUUAGCCAUAGAUCUGUACAGCUAUUAAAGGACAAAGAUAGUGUAAAAGGAAAAUAUGCAUCUUAUCUCAAAAUGUUGAGAACCACUAGCUGUUGAACAGUUCCCUGGACCCUGUCUAUUACAUAACGAACAUCCUCCACUGUUCUCCUGAUCCUGAGGUUUAGAAAACUGGGGGUUUUGUUUCUUGAAAUAUUUAUAAAGGGUCAUAUGUGGAAUUUGUACACAUUUACAAAUCUAUCACUUGUUUAUCUGUAUUUGUUUUUUCCAUUUGCAGGUUUCUCUGUAUACUCGAACAUGGCCAUGAGAGAACAAGCCGCGCAGAUCCAGCCUGUAAUCUGUCUUCCUACAGAUAAAACCAUAUUUUCUGUCUUUUCAUCUAUCUCUUAACUUGCAUUACCUAAAUUCCCCUGUGGUUGAUUAAGGCCUUCAUUUGAUUUUACUGUGUAAACUGAAAACGUUACAUACCACAUAAAUUUAUAUUUUGAUGCACAUCAUUCAACCACUAAUCUCUCCACCUUCUGCAUUCAUUUUUGCUUUCACCCACACAGCUGAUCGACAUUCAUUUAACCUUACAUUUAUCUACCAACCACUUGUCUUUACGCUCACAAAUCCCACAGCCACCCAUCUAUUUCUUUGCCUGGCACUUUAUUCUCACCCAACCAAAAAUACAUUCGGCCACCCAGCAAUUCUCAACCAUCAAGCCUUCUCAGUCAUCAGUACGUUUUCAAAGAUCCUUUCAACAGUCCUUUUCUAUACCUAUCUACUCAUUGUUCCUCACACUAACCCAGUCUUCAACUCAUUCUCCCAUAUGUGCAUCCAUCUACCCAUUUCAAUUUACCCUUCAAUCAGUCUCACCUGACUUCUACUCUGGUUUGUUGCAAUCUCUAAAUGUUGGCAUUCACAGUUAAUCUGUCCUUUUUGUACAGGAGAAUGUGCUGAGUCGAGUGGCGAGGAUUCCUCUUAUUCAUUCAGCCUUCCAGAUUACCUCCUUUGCCUAUCAGGAUAUAAAAAAUAUAAAUCCUUUGUUGGGAUAUUUCUUUAAUGUGUCUGAGAGAGGAGUGAAGACUGCCACCCAAUUAGCUACUACAAGCUUGGGGCCUGUCCUGCGUGUUGUGGAACCUCAGAGUGAGUAGACAUUCCUAAUGCCAAAUUAUUACUAUACGUGAAAGAGGAGCGAGACCUCGAACAAUUGGUCAUGCUUCGGAGUUUGAGAGGGUAAUGUUCAGAUUAGGAGGUCUAUUAAAGAGACACUGCCAGAGGUUUAGGUUAAAUAGUUGACACAUUAAUAGAACACUAAAUAAAUAAAUUAUUUUUUUAUUUUUUUUUUGCAAUAAUUAUGUAGAAUAAAUUAAAAACAAAGCAGGUAACAGAUCCUAAAAAUAUAACCCACCAGUGGGCUUCUACACACUAAACAAUAGCGACUUGAAAUAGAAGCAAACAAUAAAUAUAAAAUAUAGUGUGAGCGCUCCUACGGGAAAAAUUUAUUUAAAAAAAUGAAUAGAUCUAAUAGAUGUAUUAACAGCAAUAUUUAAUAGUAUCAACAGAUAAAGACACAUCAGCUCAAAAAAGUAAUAGUAUCAAUCAGACGUAGAUACAAAACAACUACAACUCACAUGGCCGUCAAGCAUAGGUAAAAUAUAAAAAUGUCCAACAGGAUGUAAAAUAUACCCCCUAAAGAUAAACGAGAGAGGGGAAUAUUCAUUAAACAGUGAAAUAAAUACAGGGUAGAAAACGGUAUAUAAAAAAAAUGUGUGGCUAUCCAAUGUAUAUAUCUAAUAACCAAUUUUGUUUUUACUUUUAUGAGUGGAGCAAUUUAAAAGAAUAUAUAUUUUUUUAAAUUUGACACACAAAGGAUUAAAAGUUGCUUGCGCGUUUUGCUCUCACAGUAUAAGAUAAGAAUGGUUCCUGUUAUUCUUUUAAAUCCAACAAGCCUCAAUUGUUGAUGCUCAUACUGUCAAUCAGGCAUAGUGAUGUUGGCAUCAUUUAAGCACAACUGUCACAUCAAGUUUUCCACUUAUAGCAAGGAUUGAACAAUUCGUUUUAUUUCAUGUUUUUUUUUUUGUUUUUUUUUACUGGUAUAUUUAAUUUACAUUGUAUGCCUAGCUAUCAAAUGCAUUUAAACCAAGCAGUGCUGUAUUCCUGUUACAGAUCAGAAAUAUUUAUUUUAAUGUGAGCUUUUCAAUAUAAAUUCUAAUGGAAAUUUGAUACUUAACGCAAGAAAGCGAUUUAAUAAUUAUAGACGAUUUGUUUCUGUGCUGCCUUUGAGAGUGUCUUAUCUAAAUAUAGUUAUAAUUGUAAAUUUAAAAGUACAUAUUUUUUCUUCUGCACAGUUACAUUUUGAUUCUUUAUUUUUCUAUUUUUGCUUUUUUAUUUUAUAGUAACGAAAUAAAAUACAAUUAAGAAGUGUUCUAGUCAGUUUAUUUAAAUAUCAUUUUGUAAAAGUUAAUGCCGACUGCUGAGGGGUAUUAUUUUAGAGUGUGUCCUGCAGGAAUUUCACGUGGCAUUGUCCGUGACAGAGGUAACAGGGGGCCACGUGUCCUUCAAAGCCCCUCUUUUUCUGUUUCAUAGCAAUCAAAUACGACCGUGCCGUUGUGCCUUGUUUCCAGAGAUCAUUCUAGAGUCCUGUGCCAGAUACCAGCUGUUUCAGGGCUCACGAUGAGUAUGCCAAACUAACCAACCGUGGGUAUGGCCAUGUGAACGAAUAAACAAGAUACCGCUGUGAUGCAAAUAGGACGCGUUCCCCAGCUCGGUGGGAGCCUCUCCUCGCAAAAGGGAAAUUCAGAGCCGGCUAAUUUAACACUGACUGUUUUAAGUGAGAAAUAAUUAUCUUCCAUUCUCAGGAGACCAGCCUCGGCUAAUAGUUCCUUUUAUUUAAAAUCUUCAGAGUUAGUAUCCGAGUUGUGAGAAUGUUAGACAAAAAGGCUGUAGUUAUCCCUUCCCCCUGCUAAGAGACAAAGCCGGGUCACAGAGAAUAGAAAGACACAUAACGAAGAUGCGCAGGAGGUGAAGGUGGGGGUGGUGAAUGUUGGGUACAGACAUACACGAGGGAUGUUGUGUUCAGUUCUAUAGAGCAGAUCUCCAGGAGGAUAUAGAGAGGUAGUGAUAGUACUUUAUAGAUCCCUGGUAAGUUCUCACAUAGAGUAUUGUGUUCAGUUCUAUAGAGCAGAUCUCCAGGAGGGUAUAGAGAGGUAGUGAUAGUACUUUAUAGAUCCCUGGUAAGAUCUCACCUAGAGUAUUGUGUUCAGUUCUAUAGAGCAGAUCUCCAGGAGGAUAUAGAGAGGUAGUGAUAGUACUUUAUAGAUCCCUGGUAAGAUCUCACCUAGAGUAUUGUGUUCAGUUCUAUAGAGCAGAUCUCCAGGAGGAUAUAGAGAGGUAGUGAUAGUACUUUAUAGAUCCCUGGUAAGAUCUCACCUAGAGUAUUGUGUUCAGUUCUAUAGAGCAGAUCUCCAGGAGGAUAUAGAGAGGUAGUGAUAGUACUUUAUAGAUCCCUGGUAAGAUCUCACCUAGAGUAUUGUGUUCAGUUCUAUAGAGCAGAUCUCCAGGAGGGUAUAGAGAGGUAGUGAUAGUACUUUAUAGAUUCCUGGUAAGAUCUCACCUAGAGUAUUGUAUUCAGUUCUAUAGAGCAGAUCCCCAGGAGGAUAUAGAGAGGUAGUGAUAGUACUUUAUAGAUCCCUGGUAAGAUCUCACCUAGAGUAUUGUGUUCAGUUCUAUAGAGCAGAUCUCCAGGAGGAUAUAGAGAGGUAGUGAUAGUACUUUAUAGAUCCCUCGUAAGAUCUCACCAAGGUCUCACUUACAUGCGCCAUAAGUAACCAGUUACGCAAGUUCCACCUAAUGUAUGUGACAAUUCUGCAGUAGUACAACUUUCAAAUUAUCUUUAGAAUUAUUUCAUGGCAAUCACAUGGUGCAAAGUCACUCCACCAAAGUUCUUAUAGGGAUGGUCGGUUCUGCCAUAUGGAUCAAUAAACAUAUAUUCUAUGAGCCAUAUACACAAACAUAUUCACUAAAAAACGUAUAAAAAAUAUCUUUUGAGCAGGGUCUUCAUCAUCCAAAUGUUCCUGUACCAAUUUGUAAUUGUUUAAUUUAUUAAGUUUCCACCUUUAUAAUACUGUAACGCGCUGCAGAAUAAGUUGGCGCUAUAUAAAAGCUAAUAAUAAUAUUCACCCACAUAGAACUGCUGGCCCCUGGGUAAAGAAACAAGGAAGGGCCCACUUGUAGUGAGUGUUGUAAUAUGUAGCAUUAAAAAAAAAGUAUAUUUUUACCCCCUUCCUAUCUAAGCCCUGGUGGCCCAUUUGGUACAGCGUGUUGUCGCAUGCUCUUGCCACGGUGUCCUGGCAGCAGGGCUCUGACUCAGUACCUUGAUCUAUUAUCUUACCUAGCAGUCCCCUGCAAAGUUUAACAGUUACUUCUUUUUUUUAAAAAUUCUUUAUUUUAAAGAUUUUCUGAGGGGGUACAGAAGGAAGGGAAUUGGGUAGCAUGCAGUGGCGUACAUAACGGGGUCGCGACUGCGACCGGGCCCAGCCCACAAGGGGGCCCGGCCACCCUGCGACCCGGUAUGUAUGCCAGUGCGGCCAGCCUCUUCUCCUGGGGGGGCCCAGGGGCUGGCUACCUCAGGGCCCCCCCGAGGCUGGCCCUGGUAUCACCCGGCAGGCAGGCUGGCUGGCGGGCGCGCGAGGGAGCACUCUUCCCCCAGUGCUUCCUCUUCAGCUCCCUUGCGCACCGCACUGAUACCAGAGCCAGAAGAUGAUGUCAUCUUCCGGCUCCGGCAUUAGUAUGCGGCUCCUCUAUCAAUGAGACAGCCACUUGAGGCUGGAUUAACCCUCAGUGAAACAUAGCAGUUUCUCUGAAACUGCUAUGUUUUCAGCUACAAGGUUAAAACCGCCAUGUGUUGCGGCCCUAGCCCGCGCAGAGUAACGGAUCAGUUUUCGUACUAGGGCCCCAUGGGUUGUGUGUACUGGUAGCAUGAGUGGUGGAACAUUUUGUCUCCAAUACGCAGAUUGGUCAUGCUUGUACCCUGUAUACCCUUAUACAGUUUGUUCUCGUAUAUCAUUUAGGUCGGAGGGGUACAGGUGGGUUACAAGUUUCAAGCCAACAGCUGUCGUUUUGUAAACCUUUAUAGUGGUAUUGGAGAGGGUGGUAGUUAGAGCUGGUUGACAGUUGCUUCUCAAGUCUUUCUUAGUAGGUCUGAGUUGUUGUGCGUUUGAUGUCCUUUUGAGUGGUAUGUCUGGUGUUUGUUUACCUGUGGGGGGCCUAGGUGCCCUCUCGGAUCAGAAAUUUUAUUGUGGAGGUUGUUCUGGAGGUUGUGUGGAGUUUGUCGGUUGUUGGUGUCGUGCAGGGCAAGUGGUCCCUGUAGUCCUCGGUGACUACGUUGUUGUUGAUCACUUAGUUUCCCGGUGGUCGUGACAGGUGGUGAUUUUGUCUUGGUUGUGCUUGUGUUGUGUUUGCGAUGGUAGUCGUGCGUUUAGUGGAUGGUCGAGGGUGUUUUGCGUGUUCUCUGUCAUGAUGGGUUCUGCAGGGUUCCCAGUGGGUGUUCUGUAUGCGUGAGUUUACUUUAAGUGACUUGUGGGGGGGUCGGUGCUGUGGGGGUGAAGGGGGUUGGAGGGAGGUCCCGGAGCGGCCACUCGUCCCGGACCGUCUCCUACACCCCAACUAGGUGCCUCGUAAUCCAUGGGUCCCAGAUUUUGUGAAAAUGUUUUGUUGCGUCAUGUAGGAUGGCUGAGAAUUUGUCCAUUUCCAUGGUUUCAUUAGUUUUUUGGAUCAUUUUUGCUAGUGUAGGCGUGUUGUGGUUCCCCAUUGUUCUGCUAUGGUGCGUCUGGUGGCGAGAGCUAUUUUCGCUACCAGUUUGUUUUGUGCUCUUGGUAGAUGGGUUGGGGCUUUGAGAGGAGCCAUGUCCAUGGGUAUGUCUACAUGCAGUAUUCUGGACAUGUGGUUGGCGACCUCGGUCCAGAGUUGCGAGCUCUGCGGGCAGUGCCAACACAUGUGAAUGUAGGUUCCUUGUUGCAUGCAUUUUUUCCAGCAGGUGUCUGUGGGGGCGAUCCCCAUUUGUUUGGGUCUCAGGGGUGUCAGGUACCAUCUGAGCAUGGUUUUGUAUGCUUGUUCCUUAUGAUUCACACAUAUGGUGAGCGAGGCGGUGGCUUCCCAUAUGCUUUCCCAGUCUGAUGGGUCCCCUGGUGGGCCUAUGUCAGUUUCCCAGGCCUUCGUGUAGGUGAGUGUGUCUGCUGGGGAGUUGAAGUUCAGUUGGGAGUAUAUCGUAGAGAUUUGUCCCUUGUGUGUGGGGACUUGUAGGCAGGUUAUCUCUAAUUGUGUGAGUUUUGUGGUUGCUGUUUUUAUGUUUUGAGGUUCUUUCAGGAAGCUGCGUAGUUGUAGGUAGCGAGAGUUCUGGGAAUGGUAUAAGUUGUUGGUUACUGAAUAAAUCCCUAAGUCUAAUCAAUAUGUUAUCUUCGUAGUGUUCAAAGUCUUGUGGUGUCAUGCCGAGGGGGAAGCGCUUGUUUCUUGGUAUUGGGGUGAGUGGUGAGGGGGUGGCACGUGGUAGUCCUAUCCCAAACUUGUAGGGAUGUGGUCAGGGCUGGUGAUGUUGGUAGGAGUUCUGGUCUGUAUAUUUUGGGGAGCCAAAAGAGGAGGGAGGGGUGGUCUUUGCCCAGGAGGUCUAACAGUUAUUUCUUAUGUUACCAGAAUGAAAAUAUAUAUAUUAAAUAAUGAUUGUGCAACGGGAGAAGGUGGCUAAAUUGGCCUGCUCCCACCCCUCCCCUCCCCUCCCCUGAGAAACGGAACCCCUGGGCCCAGUCGAUAGAGAGAUCGCUGCAACCCUAGUAGUUCCACCAGUAACGAACAACAGAACUGACACUGAAAUAGUAACUCCAUAUUUCAGCCGAUAUAGCAAAUCAGUCAUACAAUGUGUCUUCAUUUUAUGUGAUUAAACAGAGUAAAAGAGAUGUUCAGGAGAUGGAAGCUGUCAGGCUCAAGUGAAAGUUGAUAGUACAGGUUACAGAUAGAAAGAUAAAGGAAAAUGUACUGAUUAUUACAGAAGCCAAAGGUUAAAAUACAUAGAUAACGGGGUUAUUUACUAGAGUGAGAAUUAUUGGGAAUUCAAAGUCAUUUUAAAAUGUAAAAUCAGAAAAAAAUAAUUAGAAAAAAAUCCCAGCAUUUUUCUAGUUUGGCUAAUUUGGCCUUAAAUUUGAAAUAUUUUUUAACUCCGAACAAUUCUCACUGUAGCGAAUAACACUGAUAGUGUGACAUUAAACACUUUAAAUUAGACUUUGGAAUGAUUUGAUUCUUAUAGUUACCUUUGUUAUAGUUGCAGUUGUAAACCAAGCAGCUCUCUGGAUGGUCGAUGAACUGGAGGUCAGAGUUCCCGUGCUGGACCAACCAGCAGAUGAGGUAAUGUGACAAAGCGGGGAUUUUUGAUUAUAUUUUUAUUUUCUUUUAGAUAUAAAUCUUUUUACUUUCCCCACUUAAUCUCUUGGGACGCUAUAUAUACCCUGUUUCCUCGAAAAUAAGCCCUAGCUUAUUUUCGGGGGAUGCUCUUAAUAUAAGCUCUACCACGAAAAUAAGCCCUAGUCACUAGUUCGCUAAUCUAUAGUCAGGGAAUUUUCCCCAAACAUAGAUUUGCUGGAUUCCAUUCGUGAGUAAACUAAUCUAAGUUCGGAGAAGUUAACUCAAACGUAGAUUCGCAGGAUUCCAUGCCCUAGUGAACUGGUCUAUGUUCGGGGGAGUUCCCCGAACGUAGACCUGCUUUCUAUAACAUGCUUGAUACCUUUUUUUCCUUGAAAAAAGACAUCCUCCGAAAAUAAGCCUUAGUGCGUUUUUUUUUUUAGGGGAAAAUGUAUAUAAUUUUCAGGGAAAGACGGUAUGUCUCACUACAAAAUGAAGCUACUUGCUGUUACAUAAUUAGAGGAUCACUCCAGCAGCAAAAUCUUUACCGCUUAUUGUAGUGGUUAUGGUGCUUGGAGGCUACCGGAGCAGCUUAUUGUAGUGGUUAUGGUGCUUUGAGGCUACAGAAGCAGCUUAUUGUACUGGUUAUAGUGGUAAGAUGCUAUAGUUGCAGCUUAUUAUAGUGGUUAUGGUGGUAGGAGACUAUGGGUGCAGCUUAUUGCAGUGGUUAUGGUACUAGCAUGCUAUUGGUGCAGUUAUUGUAGUAUUUAGGGUGGUAGGAGGCUGUGAGUGCAGCUUAUUGUAGUAGUUAUGGUGCCAGGAGGCUAUGUUUGCAGGUUAUUGUAGUAGUUAUGGUGCCAGGAGGCUAUGUUUGCAGGUUAUUGUAGUGGUUAUGGUGCCAGGAGGCUAUGUUUUCAGGUUAUUGUAGUGGUUAUGGUGCCAGGAGGCUAUGUUUGCAGGUUAUUGUAGUGGUUAUGGUGCUAGGAGGCUAUGUUUGCAGGUUAUUGUAGUGGUUAUGGUGCCAGGAGGCUAUGUUUGCAGGUUAUUGUAGUGGUUAUGGUGCCAGGAGGCUAUGUUUGCAGGUUAUUGUAGUGGUUAUGGUGCCAGGAGGCUAUGUUUGCAGGUUAUUGUAGUGGUUAUGGUGCCAGGAGGCUAUGUUUGCAGGUUAUUGUAGUGGUUAUGGUGCCAGGAGGCUAUGUUUGCAGGUUAUUGUAGUGGGUGCCAGGAGGCUAUGUUUGCAGGUUAUUGUAGUGGUUAUGGUGCCAGGAGGCUAUGUUUGCAGGUUAUUGUAGUGGUUAUGGUGCCAGGAGGCUAUGUUUGCAGGUUAUUGUAGUGGUUAUGGUGCUAGGAGGCUAUGUUUGCAGGUUAUUGUAGUGGUUAUGGUGCCAGGAGGCUAUGUUUGCAGGUUAUUGUAGUGGUUAUGGUGCCAGGAGGCUAUGUUUGCAGGUUAUUGUAGUGGUUAUGGUGGUAGGAGGCUAUGUUUGCAGCCUAUUAUAGUGGUUAUGGUGCUUGCAAGCAAUUGGUGCAGCAUAUUGUAGUGGUGUGGGAGCAGCUUAUUGUAGUGGUUAAGGUGCUAGCAGGCUAUUGGUGCAGCAUAUUGUAGUGAUUAUGGUGCCUGGAGACUGUUGGAGCAUCUUGUUGUAGUGGUUAUGGUGCUUGCAUGCUAUUGAUGCAGCUUAUUGUAGUGGUUAUAGUGCCUGGAGGCUUUGGUGCAGCUUAAUGUAGUGGUUAUGGUGCACGAGGCUGUGGGUGCAGAUUAUUGUUGUGGUUAUGAUGCCUGGAGACUAUUGGUGCAGCUUAUUUCAGUGGUUAUGGUGCCUGGAGGAUAUAGGUGCCACUUAUUGUAGUGGUUAUGGUGCUAGGAGGCUUUGGUGCAGCUCAAUGUAGUGGUUAUGGUGCACGAUGCUGUGGGUGCAGCUUAUUGUUGUGGUUAUGGUGCCUGGAGACUAUUGGUGCAGCUUAUUUCAGUGGUUAUGGUGCUUGGAGGCAAUGGGUGCAGUUUGUCACUGCUGUAUACAGUAUUAAUGCCAAACUAAUUAUACUGUAGUCCAUGGGUAGUCAACCUGGUCCCUACUGGUUUAAGAUUUCAGGAGGUGGUGGGUUCUGCAGAAAAUUUUCAUUUCACCCACCUACACACAGCAUAGACCUUAUGUACCCUUCACACACAAACACACACUACACCCAUCACACACACUGCCCCCUCAUACAAACAAAGACCGCCCCCCCUCACACUCACUCCACCCCUCACACACACACUGCCCUCGCUCUCACACGCACUGCCCCUCACACACGCACUGCACCCUUCACACACACACUGCACCCUUCACCCACAUACAGCACCCCUCACACACACACUGCCCCUCUCUCUCACACACACAGCACCAUUCACACACACAGUACCUCACAGACACACAUAUAUAAAAAUAGAAAAAAAAUAUACAUUAGUUUUUUUAAAAACAACCUUAUUUCUUUUUUAAAAAAUUGCACUUGCGCAAUAAAAUUAGUUACUGCGGCCCUAGUAGACGGUAAGGAAAUUUUACCAUUAACAAAGAUAAAAAAGUGGGCGGUAGCUAUUAAGAGGAUGACUACCCCUGCUGAAGUCAGUCAGUAACGUACUAAAUCAACACAACCGGAUAAUACAUACAUACGUACAUACAUACCAGGCAAUCUUAAUAAAAUUGUCAAAAUGGAAACGUCUAACACGUGGACAACCAAACGCCCCCAGUGUUUCGACAUUGCUGCUCUGUCAAGGGAGGAUUCAUUUCAUUUACUUAUCCAACACAAUAACAUAUUCCAUGACUGCUGACCCAACCAAUCCCCGACCAAAACCCGUUGCCCCCCAAUUAUACAUGUGACACCUCAUUCUUGUGGAUAAGGGCAACGGCCACAGCUUUAUUUAAUAUAACAAUUUUAACUUAGUCCAACUCUGCCAGCUGUUGGGUGUUGCCCAACAGGCAGUUCUCCCAAAUUCUGUUCCAUGAUCCUCGACAGCCGGCUCCUCGCCAUCAGCUCCGUGCAGGAUGUCGUCUCCCCAAAGUUCCUUUUAUCUUCUGUGCUGUCCAGGGAAACCCGCCAAGCUGUGACAACACAAAGAACAAAAAACAAGACACAAGCCACAACAACAGAAACAGGGUGGGAGGGUGGGAAAAACAGUCAGGAGCCCUAAGUUAUCCUGCUGACUGGUAAGUCCCCUCCCUCUCCCUUUCCUUAAGAACCACCACUUUAGACACAAAUGUAUCCAUCUUAACCCAGCCCCCAAUCUUGGGCAGCAGUCAUGCUCCCCCUUCCUUAUUGUUCCAGGGGGAAACUUGACUGCUGACCCAACCAAUCCCCGACCAAAACCCGUUGCCCCCCAAUAAUACAAGUGACACCUCAUUCUUGUGGAUAAGGGCAACGGCCACAGCUUUAUUUAAUAUAACAAUUUUAACUUAGUCCAACUCUGCCAGCUGUUGGGUGUUGCCCAACAGGCAGUUCUCCCAAAUUCUGUCCCAUGAGCCUCGACAGCCGGCUCCUCGCCAUCAGCUCCGUGCAGGCUGUCGUCUCCCCAAAGUUCCUUUUAUCUUCUGCACUGUCCAGGGAAACCCUCCGCCGACAGCGCCGCCUCAAUUCCAGCUUGUAGUCCCGUAUUGAAACUAUCUAACCCAAUGGGGGACAAAUGAACACCAUCCCGUCUCAUGACAUCAUCGUUAACCCCUUCCAGCUCGAAGUGUCUAACCACUAUACCUCCCAAUUGGCGCACAAACCGGGACAUGGACACAUUGACCUUACGCCUAUAGCGCUCUAACGCCUUACCGUGACCUCCGGACCGCCAGACCGGGCGUGGAACGAUCUCGGACCAAACGAGGGUCAGGUCCCGGAACAACGCAAAACAGCGGGCCACGUCAUGCCGCAUCGCGCGAACCAGGUCCACCGACCGUCGCCGUCCGACAUCGUUCCCGCCCGCGUGAACCACUAAGAACACCGGCCCUGACACGCAGCGACGGAGCUGCACCAGCUCACCGUAUAGCCCCUCCCAUGACAACCCCCGAAUCCCCCUCCAACGUACCCUUGCUACCUCGUACGAUAAACCGAGGUUACUGCCAUAGGGUCUAGUCUCAGCACGCCUAGCAGCCCAAUAAACAAAGGAGUGACCCACGAUCCAGACAAAUUGCGGAGAAGGACCUACAACGAAAAUAACAGAAAACCAUAAUUGCUGCGCCACUAGCCUACAGCAAAUGGGGGCGCACAUAGAGCUGGAUCCGACCCGACUGCCAGCGCCCCAAACGCCUGAGCGCCUCUGUGGGGAGGCCCAGCUGACUAGCCUGCGUGGCAGCCCCGAUUCGAAAUGAGUGUGUGGUGUACAAACCUGGAGACAGCCCAAUGCUAACAACCCCUGCACGAAGUACCCUGGCGAAUUGAAACCGGCUGAGUUAUGACCCAUCCCUGUGCCGUAACAGGGACCCCGUCUCCGAUCCUAGCACCUCCAAGAAGUCGCGCAGCAACCUAACUGGGCAAAACUGCUCAACGGUAGCCUGAAACCGCACCGACGCGCCCUCUCCUGCCUGAUCUGUCUUAGACUUUCGAAUGAGCAACGUCACGUCACGCGUCGAAACCUUGAUAUCAGCUAUUUGCAUGGCAGCCAGCGCUCGUGUACUGGGAGCCACCAGCUCGCCUAUCCGAAGGGCUGCAAAGAAGCAGAGAGCAAACAGGAGGACCUCAUAGACCGAGACACAAAUCUGGGGCAGACGCUCUAGGAGCCUGCACAAGAUCUCAUAGGAGAUUGGACGCCGAGUGUCCGGCUUACGUCCCUUCUUCCAGCCCUUCAUGAGAUGCAGAAUGACUUGGUAGCAUCCUGCCACCCACACCACUGGAACAGAAAAGACAGGGCCGCUAACGAUCUCUCGGCCGCUGCUGCCGACCUACCCUCCGCGCAGAGCAACUCCAAGAAGGCCAAAGUCGCGCCCAACCUACCUUCGUCCGAGGAUGAAUCACCGUCAUUGCAAACAGCCAUCCAUUUCCACCACACCGCAGAAUACGACCUCCACGUCGACUCCGCUAGCGACUCCCUCACCAACCGUCUCAAAUGGUGGAAACCAGGUCCCAUAUACCCACCGGGCACGAGGUGCCAGUCCGCGCCGCCUCUGGAGCAGCCACUCGAAACCUGUCCCACUGAAACCGAGAGAGUCCGCUAUAACGUUCUGCUCCCCAGGCACAUGGCGCGCAACCAACCACAAAUUAUGAGCUAAGCAGUACCAGGCGCCGGAGGAGCGUCAACACCGGAGGGGACGCCGAUGUAGAGCAGUUGAUCACAUGGACCACACUCAUGUUGUCCGUGUGCACCACCACCUUCCGAUUCGACAGCUCGACACCCCAGAGUUCCACCGCCACCACAAUUGGAAAGAGCUCCAGAAAUGUUAAGUUACUCAACAAUUUAGUCUCUAGCCAACGUCGUGGCUAGGCCUCCGCGCACCAACGCCCUUGAAAGUAGGCACCGAAACCCACGGACCCAGACGCGUCGGUGUACAAUUCCAAAUCCAUGUUGGACACCGCCGGGCGCAGCCAGCAGGAUUGCCCAUUGUACUUACCCAGAAAUUAACUCCAAACCUGCAGAUCCUCUCGAUGCCGGUGAGUGAUCCGAAUGAAGUGAAAUGGCUGCUUGACUCCUACCGUCGACAAUGACAAGUGACGACAAAAAGCCCUGCCCAUCGGCAAUAUCCGACAGGCAAAGUUCAGAUGUCCUAACAAGGACUGUAACUGUCGGAGCUGUACUUUUUUGGCCUCUUUCACUGAAUCCACCAGCCGCAGCAGGUGAUUCAAUUUGUCGUCCGGCAAACGGAAAACCAUGCUCCGAGUGUCCACUUCAAUCCCCAAGUAGGACAAGACUCCCACUGGCCCUACCGUCUUCUCUACCACGAUUGGAACGCCAAAAUCCGCCGUGACAGCUCGAAAGGAAUCUAAAAGCACAGCGCAGUCAUCAGACUCCCGUGAACCCACAAACAAAAAAUCGUCUAGAUAAUGCGUGAUCGACUCUAUCCCUGCAACCCGAGCAACUACCCAUUCCAAAAACGACGUAAACAUUUAAAAAUAAGAACAAGAGAUAGCGCAGCCCAUAGGCAAACACAUAUCAAAGAAAAAGGAACCUUGAAACCGACAACCCAACAGGUGAAAACAGUCAGGGUGGACCGGGAGCAGUUGAAAAGCUGAUUCGAUGUCCGACUUAGCCAACAGAGCUCCCAUCCCUGCCUCCAGGAUCAAUUCUAAAGCCCGAUCAAACGAGGCGUAGCGAACGUGGGACUCUUCCUUAUCAAUGUCAUCAUUCACUGACCCGCCCGAUGGGUAUGACAGGUGGUGAAUCAGACGAAAGGAUCCCGGCUCCUUCUUAGGAACCAACCCCAGCGGGGAUACCCGCAAAUUGGGAAAUGGCGGCGUGUCAAACGGGCCCGCCAUCCUGCCCAAACAAACUUCCUUCCUCAACUUAUCCUCCAGUAUAGCCUCCUUUCCCACAACCGAACGCAGGUUGUCCGCCAGCGAAGGGAACUCUGAAUAAACAAACGGAAUCCAAAACCCUGUCGAAAACCCGUCCAGCAGAACCCCUGCAUCCUUACGCUUGGGAUACCGGUCGAGCCAAGGGCGCAUCCUUAGCACGCUCACCGGCAUCCUCCGCUCUAGUGAGAUCCUCCCUAUUGGGUCUCCCACCUUGCUUGCCCUUUUUGAAGCAUCACAGCGCAGGGUGGGCCCCUCCACAAUGAGAGCACUCGUGCCUGAAUCGGCAUGAUCCAAACCACUUGCAGUGACUCUCAUUGUAGAGCCAGCAGACUCCCCUGUGCUGCCCAGCCGGUGCACCGGAUGACGCGCCGGCCGCUCCCUGAAAGGGGGACGGACGACUGGGAGUCAUCAGCAAGAGCCAAAGGCUCCCGUCCUGGACCCCAAAGUCCAUACCUGCACACACCGCCAUCUUCUGGCGAAACUGUUGGUCAUAACGAAACCAACAUUGUCCCCCAUAAACCUUGUACGCCCCCCAGAUAAGGUCUAAAUACCCAAAUAAUGCCGGUGCCUUCUCAGGAAAGGCCCGCGUCAGCACACUGGCGAAUAUGGAGAACCCUUGAAGCCAGUUCCCAAACGUCCGCGGCAGCUGCUUUCCCCUGUUACCGUCCGCCGAAUCCCCCCGCCGCGGUCUAUUCACAGACUCCCGAUCCGGGGGGACCAGGGCCAGGAAAUCCACGUAUUCACCCUUGACAAUUGUUUCCUGAACAUCCAGCACCACAUGCAUCCCUAGUGGGGACAGCUCACAACCUGGCAAGCACCCUUGCGCCCUACCUAACCGGGCAUGCAACUGACCCCUAUCCCUGUCCUGGGCCUGUGCCGGGAGAGUAACUGGCACUGGAGACACAAAGGGGCCCCCCCGGGAGCCGAUCUAACACCGCCCUAAGUAACCCCAGUACUUCCUGACCCAUUACCCCACUAGCUACACUAUCCCCAGCUAGCGCAUUCCAAGCGCUGGCGCAACACUUACCGCUGGCCGGCUGAGGAUGCUGGGCAUCACCUUCCUCUGAACAGGAACUGGACCCUGAUGACUGGGGUGAUCCACGGCCGGCCUCCUGGCCCGACCGUACUCUGCUCGCCAGAGUGCUGCAGCUUGCACUCCUGUGGACUCUCCUCCUUCCGGGUGCCCUCCUGGGCGCUGGUCGCGUGGUUCCUGGCUCACUUCCUGCCGGAACCACGCUGGAAUGCAAGGCCUGUGACGGCCACGCUGUCCUGCGCGGUGACGUCACGUACGCGCCAUGCGUGCUGACGUUGCUUCCGGCCGCGUCGACGUCACGCACCGACCGUGCCGACGCGACUUCCGUGCGGACCGGAAGAGAAUCGCGCGGGGAGCGCGAUCUUCCCGCCCUUUCUGCACCCUGUAUUCCGCCGCCAUCUUGAGCCUGGACACCGCCACCAUCAUCCGCACGGCUACUUCUCCUCCCGGGUACCGCACACCGAUCCUGUAGCGCGGCCGAGCCGCCACUUCUCUCCCUCCUCCGGCACCGAACAGGACUUGGAGAAAGACGCUAUGGAGGCCUUGAUCUCCUGGCCCUCCGUCCGUCUUGGGCAGCAGGCUGACUGGACGCCUCAUCAUGGGUGACACCGUGGACUCCUGCCAUCAGCUCUCCCAGGGCUCCCAGGCUUUGGUGCAGCUUAAUGUAGUGGUUAUGGUGCACGAUGCUGUGGGUGCAGCUUAUUGUUGUGGUUAUGGUGCCUGGAGACUAUUGGUGCAGCUUAUUUCAGUGGUUAUGCUUGGAGGCAAUGGGUGAAGUUUGUCACUGCUGUAUACUGUAUUAAUGCCAAACUAAUUAUACUGUAGUCCAUGGGUAGUCAACCUGGUCCCUACUGGUUUAGGAUUUCAGGAGGUGGUGGGUUCUGCAGAAAAUUUUUAUUUCACCCACCUACACACAGCAUAGACCUUAUGUACCCUUCACACACAAACACAUACUACACCCAUCACACACACUGCCCCCUCAUACAAACAAAGACUGCCCCCCCUCACACUCACUCCACCCCUCACACACGCACUUCCCUUGCUCUCACAUGCACUGCACCCUUCACACACACACACUGCACCCUUCACCCACAUACAGCACCCCUCACACACGCACACUGCCCCUCUCUCUCACACACACAGCACCAUUCACACACACAGUACCUCACAGACACACAUAUAUAAAAAUAGAAAAAAAGGGGAAAAAAUAUACAUUUGUACAUAUAUUUUUUUUUAUAACAACCUUAUUUCUUUUUUUAAAAAUUGCACUUGCGCAAUAAAAUUAGUUACUGUGGCCCUAAGAAAUUUUACCAUUAACAAAGAUAAAAAAGUGGGCGGUUGCUAUAAAGAGGAUGACUACCCCUGCUGAAGUCAGUCAGUAACGUACUAAAUCAACACAAGCGAAUAAUACAUACAUACGUACAUACAUACCAGGCAAUCUAAUAAAAUUGUCAAAAUGGAAACGUCUAACACGUGGACAACCAAACGCCCCCAGUGUUUCGACAUUGCUGCUCUGUCAAGGGAGGAUUCAUUUCAUUUACUUAUCCAACACCAUAACAUAUUCCAUGAUUUCUCAUUCUCCAAUCUUGGCUUGCCAGUCACUCCGUAGUUAAGUAUCACAACCUUGCCCAAAGCUGAGAUGACAUAGCGUGGGAUAAAAAAACAAAAUGUCAUUUAAUAUUGAGCCUUCUAGGACAAAUGCAUUUAUCACGAGUGACAUUAACUAGACUUGACAGAAUCUGGCAGUAUUCAUUGCCACAUUAUUGUACCUUCCCUGGGAAAAUUUAUGACGUUUACCACUAGGUGUCGCUGUUGCUCUGUUUAUUUGAAACAUGGCUGCCUAUACAGACUCACAUUCUGAGUAAAACAAUUUUUUCACCUGACUUUAUCACAUUUUUGUAACAUCCAUAUUGCAAUGAUUUGAAUUAAUAAUUUAUACCAUAAAUAAAGCAACUUUUUAAAAAUUAUUUUAAAUUAAUUAAAGGAUUAAUAUUCAUAUACUAGCCACGGCCACAACAGAUAUGAUACAUCAGUGAGAGUGAGGCUAUUCGGUAUAGAUAAAAUUUACGUGAUAACAUUAACAUUACACGGUAAUUCAAUAAACAUACUCCGGUAAAAAUGACCGAAUUCCGACCACAUCGACAAUUCUCAGAUUUACUAGAGCCGAAUGCAGUCAGGAUACAGUUGGUCCAAGCGAUUCUGUAACAUUGGUUUGGAUGAAUUCAGAAAAUCUUUAAUUUUUGCAUUCGAACCAACGUGCAGCACCGCAAUCGGAAAUUUAUCAACGACUGUAUGGCGGAAGAUAAUAAACAGAGUGCAUCCGGAAGAAUGCACAGUCACAAAUUAUCAUUCACUUGCGUUUUGAAAGUGAAUUGAUCAUUUGAAGAACUAUUUGCUCGCUGGGUUAAUGUUGUAGCGGCUUGCAAAUAGUAAAGAAAAAACAAAAAUCCUAUGGGGAUUAAUAAGACCGCCAUAUUUGAUGUGGCGAUUGGUUAGCAAGCGAUGGCCAGCUGACACAUAAUUAACCCUUGUGCUGCCGAGGGAUUUAAACUAUUUGCCCGUUGUCUGCUGCACUGGCAGUGGGCAAAUUGUUUGGCUUUUAUUUAUUUUUUUUAAUCUGGGCCCUGAAUUGAAAUUUUUUGAACCUGGAUUUUCCGCAUUCAGUCCACAUUUCAGAGUAGAAUGGUCCAGCUGAAAUAUGAACCACAUUCAGGCCUGUUCGGGGGCUAGUCACACACCAUAAUACAGUCACAUACACAGAAGAAGGUUACUUGGCACCAAGGGCUGAUGUAUAUGUUGGCAACACCCCAUUUUGUAAACUUGUUGAUGUGGCUUCACACUCCUAAACCAAUUGUUUGUCUUUUUGUGUGUGUGUGUUUUUUUUUUCAUCUCUUAAUCCUUCCUUUCCACCUUUGUGUUGCACUUGACCCACAUUACGGCAUUUCUUACCAACCCCUUUGGUGUAACCCCUUUUACCUUCUUAACCCCCAUACAUUCUUGCAUACAAGUAGUCACAUAAUAACAUGGACACAUGCACAGUCACAUUCAGUCACACAUACUGUCAAUAAAUCUGCCUCUGCUGCUCCUUACCAGUAUGGGCACAGGGGAGGAUGAGUGAUGGAGGGCCAGGAGUACAAUCCCUCUGGUACACCUUUCUGCUUCUCCAUUGCAUGCAUAUUUUAGCAGUUGGUGGGUGCUAUACUCCUCUUCUGCUGCCUGUAUCGGUGUUGAAGUUCUCACCUGUGAGACCUGGGCAGAGGAUCAUGAAAUAAUCUACCCAGAUAUCGUACAACAACAUUACUAAAUAUGACAGGCGGCGUGGGGAGCUCUGUGAACGGUUUAUUUUCUACUGCACAUACUCCUGUAGCUACAUACAGGCAUAAACACACAAUCACACAUAGUCACAAACACACAGACAUAAACAAUCACACAGUCACAAACACACAGACAUAAACAAUCACACAGUCACAAACACACAGACAUAAACAAUCACACAGUCACAAUCAGACAUAAACAAUCACAAACAGACAUAAACACACAGUCACAAACACACAUAAACAAACAGUCACAAACCUAAACAAUCACACAUAGUCACAAACCUAAACAAUCACACACAGUCACAAACAGACAUAAACAAACAAUCACACAGUCACAAACAAUCACAAACAAUCACACAGUCACAAACAAACAUAAACAAACAGUCACAAACCUAAACAAUCACACACAGUCACAAACAGACAUAAACAAUGUCACAAACAGACAUUACAAAUUUACAAAGACAGUCACUAUUUUCCUUUGGUUGGGGAAGAGGGAAGCCAUGCACUGCUGACCCAGUCUCCUUACUGCUUCCUCUUAGCAGCCAUCAUAUGAACAGACAGGGGGUGCAAGUUUAUCACAUCUCAUCCUAGCACCUGAUGCCAGUAUCCACAAAAUUGAAUGUGGGCGGCAAAUAUCAUGCUGGAGUCCUACUGCCCCCUCCAUACUGAUGCUCUAGGCCAAGGUACAUCCCAGCCUAUUGGCAGUUAUGGGUUAAUGUAUAUGCCUUGCAUCAAUGUUCACCCCUUGUAUGUUUUCAUAUUUUGUGUUUAGACCUGGAACUAAAAUGCAUUUUAAUGGGAUUUUUACAAUUCAAUUUACACAACGUACAUAACAAGUUGAAGGUUUGUUUGAUUUUUAUUUAUUUUUGUAAGAGCAUUCAUAGUCAUGCCUAUUUGCUGUGAUGUCACUGAACACGUUCUAGUGCAGUCACUUGUCUACAAAAGUCACAUAAGUGUAUUGAAUGGAGUCCACCAGAGUGAGCAUAAAGUAUUAUAUGCUCUCCCUAGUCUUCAAUCACUUAAAAAGUGCCUCAAAACCCAUCUCUUUAGGAAAGCUUAUGGCCUCCCAGAGUAACCUCUACCUCACAUACCUGUCCCUUGCUCUCUCCUAAAGGGCAACACACUACUCUCUCCUCCAGCUCUGCUUCACUCCACCUUGUUUGAUUGCUACCCCCUGUCCUGUUGGGUUUUACGCCUCACCUCCUUUAGACUGUAAGCUGGUUUGAGCAGGGCCCUUUGUAACCUAUUGUUCCUGUAAGUUUUUGUAAUUGUCUCAUUUAUUGCUAAAUCUCCCCCUUCGAUAAUAUUGUAAAGCGCUACAGAAUAUGCUGGCGCUAUAUAAAUGCCAGUAAUAAUAAUAUGAUCUCGAAAUAAAUACACCCGUUUCCAAAUAAGCAUAGAUAUAGAAACAGCGUCGCGAAGACCAAGGAGCUAGAAAAACAAGUUCAGGCAGGGAAGAAGCAACAAUUAGAAUUUGGUUAGUCAAACUUUUUUUGAAAAUACUUUAACAAUUGUAAAAACAUGGUUCAACUUUAACUGUAGCUAGCGAAAUGUGUCGGCCAAAACGCACAGUGUUUUUGAAAAUGUUAUAGUUCUUUGGUUUUCUCUCACAGAUUGUGUCAGUAGUCACAAACAGUUUGGCUGGCAGCGUACGCGGACUGAGGGAUCGGGCGUUAAACCGGCUUCAGAAUGGGCUGGACAGAGUCCGUGCCGUGGUGAAAGACGCCCAGGAUGUUGCCUCGCUGGCUGCUGUCACUAUGGGAAGUCGGGGCCUUAAAGAGCUGCUCAGCCUGGGGUCUGAACUUGCCUUGUCUGGGGCAGAAAAUCUGCUGGCUCACUACCUUCCAGAGGAGGGUGAUGGUAUGACAUUGUAGCCAGAUUUAUUUAUAUUUCUCUACGUUUUGGGACAUAAAUCAGUAAAUGUAUAAGAAUGACAGGAAUAAGCAAUCUAGUCACUGUCUGCUCCUCCAUUACCGCGCUUUCUAUAUUCCUACUGUAGAAUACUGUGUUUUCUAUAUUCCUGCUGCAGAAUACUGCACUUUAUUCCUGUUGCAGAAUGCUGCACUUUCUAUAUUCAUGCUGCAGAAUACUGCACUUUCUAUAUUCCUGCUGCAGAAUACUGUGAUUUCUAUAUUCCUGCUGCAGAAUAAUACGCUUUCCAUACCCCUGCUGCAGAAUACUGCGCUUUCUAUAUUCCUGCUGCAGAAUAAUGCACUUUCUUUAUUUGUGUUGCAGAAUACUGCACUUUCUAUAUUCCUGCCACAGAAUAAUGCACUUUCUUUAUUCCUGCUGCAGAAUACUGCACUUUCUAAGUUCCUGCUCCAGAAUACUGCACUUUCUUUAUUCCUGUUGCAGAAUACUGCACUUUCUUUAUUCCUGCUGCAGAAUACUGCACUUUCUAAGUUCCUGCUCCAGAAUACUGCACUUUCUUUAUUCCUGCUGCAGAAUACUGCACUUUCUAAGUUCCUGCUCCAGAAUACUGCACUUUCUAAGUUCCUGUUGCAGAAUACUGCACUUUCUUUAUUCCUGCUGCAGCAUAAUGCACUUUCUUUAUUCAUGUUGCAGAAUACUGCACUUUCUUUAUUCCUGUUGCGUAAUGCUGCACUUUAUUUAUUCCUGUUGCCAAAUGCUGCACUUUCUUUAUUCCUAUUGCAGAAUGCUGCACUUUCUAUAUUCCUGUUGCAGAAUACUGUGAUUUCUAUAUUCCUGCUACAGAAUAAUGCACUUUCGAUAUUCCUGCUGCAGAAUAAUGUGCUUUCUAUAUUCCUGCUGCAGAAUACUGCAUUUUCUUUAUUCCUGUUGCAAAAUACUGCACUUUCUUUAUUCCUGUUGCAGAAUGCUGCCCCACGUGGCCGUAACUGCUGUAGUACACCACUAACAAAGUAGGCCUCCUGCCAGCUGCAGAGCACCACUCGACCUCCUGCCAGCUUCAGUGCACCGCACGGCCGCCUGCCCGCUGCUGAGAGCACUGUUCUUUCUGCAGAGCCCUAUGCUGCUCACUGUAGAACCAAGUGUGUGUACUCCUUCGUACUCUAGUUCCUUGUCUGUUACUCUUCCUGUAGACGGCUGCAGAUCCCCAUGUUCCCCCUUCUAUUGUGCCUUGUUUGGCCUCAUGUGUAGCCUCCUUCCUGCUGGCAGUGCCAUUUAUACCUACCUCCCCUCGCAUAGCCAGGUACAACUUGCUCCUUGCGCAUCCUCCAUCAUUCCACUGGUCAGUCUUUACCUAAUGUUCUAUCACAGACCAAGCUAUGAUCAUAAGCUGAGUUGGACAAUUUUUAAAUUCACUAAUUGCAAUAGUUGAUGGACUGAUGGAAUAGUUAACAAACAAUUUAUUCCAGUAGUUAGGAAGCUAAGAAUGAAGGUAACAAUGUUUUGCACCUCUGUGGAUCAGAAAAGGAAACACCUGGCAGUGUAUGUUUAGCCAAUGUUUGACAUUCUCAUGCUUACAGUAUAGACAGAUGUUGGCAAACAUGCCUUAUGUCUUGAGUGUAAGCUCUUUUGUUGUAGAUAAAGGAAGAUAAUCGUUUGGGCCCAUAUGAUUCCAUUAUCUUCACACACGGUCAGGAUAGGACACAUUUACAAUGGCAGUCUAAGUAAAUCUACCAGGAAUUUCUGUUUUGUCAGACUGCCUAUAUUGGGCAAGACUGGUCUUUAUUCACUAAACAGUAAACAGUAAAUUGUAGUGAAUUGAAAACUGAAUAGAAACAUUUAGACAGGAGCAGUUUAUCUGGAAACAUUUUCUGUUAUAGUCCCAUCUUGGCCAAUUCUAUCCAAAAUUAAAUUUUUUGGUUCGCUGUGAAUAAAAUCCAAAAGUGUAAAAUGUCAGGAAUUCAAACUGAGUUUUACAUUUUUGGCCAAAGUCACUGAAAGUGAACAUCGAGAAUGGAGAUUUUUUCCCCCCCCAGUUUACCUAUUUUGGCCUAAAAUUAGAAAUUCAUGAUUGAUUAAUUUUGUUUCCCCGAUAAUUCACAAUUUAGUGAAUAAUCCUUGAAAUGCUGCUUUACAGAAUCAAUGCUGCAACUAAUACAAAGAUUGCGCUGGUUUUGUUUUUGAUUGUUUGUAUCUUAAAUAGCAUUUUUAUUAAGGAUAUUUGACUCUUUUCUAAGGCGUUAUUUUAUUUCUGUCUGGCAGUGAAAUGGUUAUACUAUCUACUUCUUGUAAAUUGCUGUUGAGAUCCGCCGGCAGACACCUGCGUCUCCAUAUGAGUUAUCAACCAAUCUGUGGGCUGCGUAUGGCGGUGAGAGAACAUUCCCUGGGCUCUCGGCACUGAUUGUUCCCAUCACUAAGCUGCUAUGUCCCUUUAGCUGAAUGUAUCGCGGGAAAUUGACUGUAAUCAGAUAAAUGUGUGCUGCUAACACGCUGCCCGCUCAGGAAAAUGCUCUGCAGGAAUCUGCUUGAAUUUCCUGUACAUAAAAAAAAAUCUGCCUGUCCCCUACGUGCUUUAAACCCAGACUGGUAACAGAUUCCAGAUUCCAGGCUCUCUAUGGAAUUAAGCCUAUAAAAAGUCCUUAAUUAGGAUUGCCAGAUCCUUCAUGUUUCCCUUAACAUCUUACUUCUUGCUGUUGGGCAGUACAUGAAAAGUACUGCACAGAACUAUACCACGUUUGAACAGUGCUGGAGAGAAAUAUGUUAAAGGGACACUGUAGUCACUAUAACCAUUUAAGCUCUUUGAUUUGAUUAUAGUGAUUGGAGUCCCCUGGCACUGUCCCUUUAUUCAGAGUUAAACCGCUUUAGAGAAGUUUAACACUAAAGAAGGGUCCCUUGACCCACCCCUUACCCCCACUGUCCGGCCCCUUCUGGAGGUAUGGCUCAGGCAGAGAUUACACACUUCCUUGUAGUCAUACCCAUUUAUACCGUCAGUUGGUGCUCUGAUAAGCUAAGAGCAGUCAUCUGACACUCUCAGCCAAUCACAACUGCCCAUUGGUACUCAGGCUAAUACUUCCUCAUUAGACAAAGCAGCACAGAGACAUGUUUUUGUGAGGUGUGAAAAAUAAAAUUAAAUGUAGAAAUACGCACCUCUCUUCUGGAACUGGGCACCUCCAUCUUGGCUUCCUGUCUGUCAUCAUUUUAAGUACUGUUAUUUUUAUGCCAUUUGAAAAUAGUGGAAGACAAAAAAAUCAAACGAUAAGGAGAAAUAUUUCAGGGGUAUCAGCGUAAGAGCAAACAGAACUUUAUUGCAGAAUUGACAUAUAAAACAUACACCGUUUGGCCAAACAGCCUUAACCAUGUAUCAUUUAGCUGUGAAUAGCAGAGCUGGGAACUUUUACUGAAUUUAAGACAUUUAUUUGAAUUCACUUUUUGUGGUCUGAAAUGUGAAAUUUCCUUAAUGCAGACUUUUAUUAAUUUUGUUCAAACAAACAGCGGGAAUGCUGUCCUUCUGCAGCAGACAGGAACUGGCAAUAAUAAUUAAAUUUGGCAAUUAUUUUGAUUGACAGGUUUUAGUGACCAGUGAUAAUGAAGCAUGCAUUUCUUUUUGUUUCAUUCGAUUUUUAUUCGUAUUUUCGAAGUUGCAAUACAGGACAUAAAUAUCGACAAUUAAUUAAAAUCACAUACGUUAUACAUCCAGUGUCAAUAUUUUCCUUAUCUUACAGAUCAACAAACUCAAAAUAAAUACAUAAAAUAAAUACAUAAAAUAACGUACAUAAUUAAGUUAGCUAUAUAAUACAAAUUAUCUAGGUUGUAAGUUGCAAUGACCAGUUUAUGUUAAAUUAGAGCUAAAUUAAAUAUAUUCUACUAUGUGGAGAGAGAGUUCCUUCAUUUAAAGACAUUUUCCAAUUAUCUAUUUAUUAUUUAUAAUUACUUAAGGGGGUAUUAUUAACUAUUCGUUCUAUCACGCAUUUGGUGAGAACAUAUAAAGGUUAUUAAACAUCACAUGUAUAAACUAGUACCAUAAGAAACUAUCAAACUGGGGGUCAGGACCUGACUAACGUCGACUGGACACAUCUCUAGAGAGCUCCUCAUUAAACUCAAACAAAUCUCACUUACCGGCUAUUUUAGCUAUUACUUGGAGGCUAGCAUACUCCCUGCUUUCUGCAUUGACCGGCUGGUCCAGGAAUGGUUCCCAUGGUCACUAGCGGCCAUCCAGAUGCAGUACUCUGUCGGCACUUGUGUGGCCUAGCGGGCACUGUGGAGGGGAGAGGCGGCUGAUCUCCUGUCCUGGUGCUGGCAGGGCUCUGAUUAAAUUAAGCUGAAGGCCCGCUACCCUCCCUUUUGGACUGACGGGGUUGAUCCUGGUCCCCACCAUGUCGGCUCCCUGUUCCCAUCAUGGAUCUGUGGUGGUGCUGUAGAUAUCUGUGUCACCGACAGUAGUACUUCCAAACAGGCCGACCUUACUUAUCCCUAGAGUCGACAAGGCUCACCACCCAGUCGUUUCAUUAUCGAAAAGCAGCUUCCCUCACUCAAAGAGGGCAACAAGAAAGGUGGUGUACAGGCCAGCAUCAACGCUACUCACUCCUAAGGCAGGCAUGAGGAUUGCGUUGAGGGGGAGGGAAGUACAGGGGAGACACUGAAUGCAAAUACUGAGCCUAUUACUGAUACACCUGACAUAAGGCCUGGAAACUGUCACGUAUUCAUCCGCUUAUAAAAAUGUGGUUAAUGGCAUUUACUGUCCACACAGGAAAAGUUGUGCCAAGCAGCAACCAAAUCCACAGAAUGGUUAAUGCUGAGCAGCAAUUAUGCAAAUGGGAACCUGGUAACUGCCUUUGGGGUCAAAGGCCGGUUACAGCCUAUCAGAUCUAGAGGAGGGGUAUUUAGGCCCAGUUCUCAUCCUGCUCAGUGCCCUGUCGUGGUUUCCCUUGUGGUUGUCCGAGAGCGCGUUCCUGAUUCAAGUUUCUUCUGGUUUUUGACUUUGGCUUGGAUUUUGACUUCCCUGUAUUCUGUAUCCCUGACUUCUGGCUUUCUCUUAUCGUUGUGUCUCUUUUUGUAUCCCCGGACCUCGGCAAGUAUCCUGACUAUUCUUUGGUACGUUAAGUCCGGCCAUUCUAAGGCCCGGUAAUACGUUACCUAUUAGUCAUCUGUGUGACACAAUUCUACGUGCUGGAUCAACUAGUAAUCCUGACAGAAACAUGUAAUCCUGGAGUACUAUGUCAUGCCCAUAAUAGUUAACGUCUGACAGCUAUGCUGGGAAUCGUACUGUGGGCCACCUCUCGUUCUGCUUAUUUUAUUGCAGUUUCCUUUUUAUUUGUACUUGUUUAAUUGUAGUUUUGUUUACUCCUUACACUUCAUGUCGGCAGUCUUUACACGAUAAUGCAAUAUUCUAUAACAUCUGUUCGACGUCUCCACUAUGCCUCUGGAGCUUACAGGGGUGGAAAACUCUGCUGAUUCACAUUUAAGGAACACUAUAGCGUUAGUAAUACAAAUAUGUAUUCCUAACGCUAUAGAGCCCUAGUCACUGUUUAGGUGACUAGGGCCCUGUUCUGCGGCGAAUAAAUGGUUAACCAUUUAUUUGCUUACCUUAAUCCAGCGCCAGGCUCCCUCAGCACUGGUGACCUCUCCCCCCCCCCCCAUCGACGUCAGUUCCCGAGUGGAGCCAAAUGCGAAUGGGCGGCCAGAGGCACGUGCACAUUCAAACCCGCCCAUAGGAAAGAAUUACUCAAUGCUUUCUUAUGGGGAUCUUUUUUGACGCUGGACUCCGUAAGGACGUCCAGCAUCAAAUAAGUGUGAUUUACUCCUUGUAAAUUGCGGAAGCGCCCUCUAAUGGCUGUCAGGGAGACAUCCACUAGAGGCUGGAUUAACCCUGCAGUGUAAACAUAACAGUUUAUCUGAAACUGCUAUGUUCUCAGCUGCAGGGUUAAAACUAGGCGGACCUGGCACCCAGACCACUUCAUUGAACUGAAGUGGUCUGGGUGCCUAUAGUGGUCCUUUAAACACAGUAACAUUGCAUGAAUACAUUUAUAUAUAAAAAAAAUAUUGUUUUCUCACCCCUCCUGCGUGGUAUAUUUAUUCCUCGUUCUCUGGUCCUCUACCAGUAGCCUGGGAGUUUGAGGGUUCUGCGCAGUAUUUUAGCUGUUCCUAGAACUGCACUCUUCUGGACAGCGAUCUCAGAUUUCCCACCUGGAAUCUGUUGAAGCCAUUCUUCCAACUUGGGAGUCACAGCCCGCAGUACUCCUUUCACAACUGGGACUACUACUGCCUUCACUUUCCACAUCCUUUCUAGUUCUUCUUUCAGUCCUUGGUAUUUCUCCACCUUCUCAUAUUCCUUCUUCCUGAUGUUCUAGUCACUGGGUAUUGCCACAUCCACCACUGCAGUAUUCCGUUCCUUGUCUAUCACCACGAUGUUGGGUUGAUUGGCCAGCACUUGCUUUUCUGUCUGGAUCUUGACGUCCCACAGAAUCUUAGCCCUAUCAUUCUUGACUACCCGUUGUGGUAUCUCCCAUCUGGACUUAGGCAGGUCCAAUCAAUAUUCUGUGCAGAUGUGUCGGUACACAAUCCCAGCAACUUAGUUGUGUCUCUCUAUGUAUGCUGUUCCUGCUAACAUCUUGCAUCCGGCUACUUGGUGCUGGACUGUCUCAGAGGUCUCUUUGCACAGUCUGUACCUUGGGUCUUGCCUGGUGUGGUAGACUCCAGCUUUUGAUCUGGUGCUGAGUGCCCGUUCCUGUGCUGCUAGGAUUAGUGCCUCAGUGCUGUCUUUCAGUCCUGCCUUUUCCAACCACUGGUAGGAUUUUGUCAUGUGUAUUUUGUUGUGAACAGGUGUGUGUGUGUACUGUCAUUGUGUGGUACAGAGCAGAUUGGUGAUGCACGUGGUUCAAUAUUGCCAUGCCUUAAAACUUUAUCAUUGUUGGUGCUGUAGGGUUCCGUUGUAUCCAGGAGGUGAUGUCUCUUUCGAUGAUAUACCUGUCCAUCAGCAGUACGCACAUGCCACAAUCUCUCAACCUUAGCUGUUUUGAUGGUGGCAGUUGGCUGCCAAUGGCCUCAUCCCUAUAUUCUGUUUGUCUGUCCAUCCUUGAGCUGAGAUAAUGGCCUUGCAGAUCUGCCAUAGUAACUCUUUUGAUGUUGUUGCUUCUAUAGGCUUUUGGCUUUGAAAUUGUUGUAGAUGACCAUUGGCAGUAACUUCUAUUUGGUGUUUGGUAAGAUAGACCAUAGUUGGUGACUCAUUAGCAGCUGUGCUUGAGACUUGAAAUCAUCAACAGGGCUGUUGUGAUAUUCCAGGAUAUGGGUCUGUUCUGUCAGCCUUGGUCUUUUCCAGCAGUAACUUUGCAGUUUGCACAGAUUUCUCAGCUAAUACAUUAUUUUUUGGUAGUAUGGACUUAUGGCAAUAUGGGUAAAUAUCUCGAAUUCGGUUGAGUUAUAUUUGGAGCCAUUAUCCAAAAUGUCAGUCUCUGGAAUACUGUAGCUUGUGAAAACCUCUUUAAGCUUGUUAAUCAUUACAGCAGAUGUUGUGCUGUGAAGCUUGUCCAGAUCUAAAUAUCUUCUGUAAUAAUCCACUGUUAUAAGAUGGUCCUUGUUCCAGGUGAACAAAUUGGUAGUAACUACUUUUGAAGGUCUAUCAGGAAUGUUGUGACUGAUCAUGGACUCUUAGGUGAUAGAGGUGUGAUACAUGAGGCAGGUGGCACACUUGCUAGCAAUCUCCUUUAUUUAUUUUUUCCCAAGCCAGAACAUGAUAUUGCGAGUUCUCUGCUUACAUUUUUCAAUGCACAGGUGACCUGCAUGAAUGCAUGAUAACAUCUGAAGACAAAGACUUGUAGGAACAACAAUAUUUUCACUUAUAAAGUUUAUCCCAUGCAGGUACAAAAGAUCAUCAUGAUGGUUCAGAACUCUCCCACACUCAGAGGACAUUAUUUUCUUUUUUCAGGUCAACCUCUUUGAUGACACCUUUUAUUGUUUGGAAGUGUGGGUGUCUUUCAGUUUGAAUUCUGAUUUCCCCCAACUUUGAGUCACUGACAUCAAGACUGCUGUACACUUGAAUGUCCUUACCUUCACCAAGACACCUAUGAUGGUCAGUUAGUUAAUUUCUGGUCAGAGUGUCCGCAAGAGAACACACAUGCCUGGCUCAUGUAUAGUGGUGAAGUUGUACUUCUGAAGCUACAGGAUCAUACUCGAUACCAAGGGUUAACGCAUUAUGGACUCAAAGAGUUAUUUCUCAAAUUAAGCAUUAAUUUCACAUUCAGGCUUCAACCUGUAGCCUGAGCUCUUUGUGAUGAUCAAAGUAGGUUAAUGCUGGGCUUGGUUCACAUGUGAGAAGUUUUUUUUCUAUUUUGUAAAAGCAUUGUCGUGCUGGGCGUCCCCCAAAAAAUUAAAUGAUUCCUUGUUGAGCUGUUGCAGCUCUGCAUUGAUAUUGGCGAGGUUGGGUGCAAACUUCAAGAAAUAAUUAAACAUGCCUAGCACUAUCUCAAGUUCUCCCUUAUCUUUAGUUGGCUCCAUGUCCCUCACAGCAGCAACUUUGGGAAGAUCUGGCUUUAUUCCCUCAGUAGUGAGAUGUCCAAAAUAACUCACUUCAAAGGGGAGACUUUGGAACCAAGACUGUACAGAAGGUAGUCCGUUUUGAGGAUUCCUCAGUUAGUUUAAUAGCCCAAUAGACCCAAUCUAGCAUCUAAUACACUAAAGUAUUGGGCACCAACUAUCUUGCAUGUUAUGUUUUUGAAGGUUGGUAACGGGUAAUGAGGUAGUUUUAUGGCCUGUAGUUUUCCUUUGCAUGGUUUUUCAGUUACAACCAUAGAGUUUACCCAUGUGGUUGGGUCUGUGACCUCGAUAAUGAUGACAUCUUGCCUCUCUAUGUUUUCAAGCUUCUCUUUGAGACGGAUGUGUAGUACGAGAGUAGUAGUUGAGAUGGCUGUGUAGUACAUCUAGACUGGUGGCUUACUGGAGUUGCAUGUGGUACACUCACCAGGAAACAGUCCAAUUUCUUUGAAAACAUAUGCAAACUCCUCCAUGGUUGGCACUUCUGUCUGCUUUCUUUUGAUUGACAAUGCAUAAAAUGCCAUGACCAUCUUGAUAUAUUUGUGCUUGCAUUUCAGUUCAUAUUUGCCCUUUACCUCUAGGCAUUAACCAAAUUGCCAAACAGGGGGCGAGAUAUCGUCUGCAGAGCACACUAAGUAUUCAGUUUGGUGUAUUGAUAUAGUGGAAUGACAUUAACUGAGGAUAUGAUGUUCAGAUUGAACCAGAUUACAGUUUAUUUUGGACCUAUUUGUAUAUUGGUAAAAGCCUGCUCUAUGUCUGAGCUCUGUCUGUCCUGUGUUGAAAAACCGCCCAUCAAACACUUCCCGAUAGUUCUUUCCUUGUAUAUUUCAUGGACCUUUUUCUUGCCGCUGGAACAGCAGACUUUUGCAAAGUGGUUUAACUUCUCACACAUUUUGCACACCUUUCUUUUUGCAGGAGAGAUAGAUCGAUCAAUAUUGUUUCCACAAUAGCCGCAUUCUUUGAGAUGCCCUGAAGCAACAGGAUUAGAUCGUGAAAUUUCACUGUAUUUAUGUGUGAGUUUGGUAUUAUGUUGCCUUGAAACUGCGCUCUUUAAUGUAUUGUGGUAGAUUGCGUGCACAGCAUGCUCACGUGGAAUGCUUGUUGUGUUUAAAAUAGACUUUAACUAUAUCUGAGCCAGUUCGUCAGAUCUAGCGACAACAUCUAUUGCUUGUUCUAGUGUUAACUCAGAGCCCACACUCAAAAUAUUCUCCUAUUAUUCUCUGUGAAUGUAUCCCAAACCCAGUAUGGUCACGGAACAUUUUGUCAUUGUUUGCAUAAUUACAGUCUUUAACCCCUUAAGGACACAACAUGUGUGGCGUCAUGAUUCCCUUUUAUUCCAGAAGUUUGGUCCUUAAGAGGUUAAAGGAAUACUAUAAUAAAAAUCUGUAUUCCUAGCACUAUACUUCCCGAUGGUCCUCUUCUCCCUCAUGCCCCCCCUCCUGCCCCCCAAGUUCUAUAAGGGUUAAUAAGCCCCCACUGUACUGACACGAUUCCAGUGCUAAGCUCCAUCGGCACCGCCUCCUCCAACAGCACCUGAUGGGGCGGGUGCGUUAAUGCUCAAGAACAGCGAACGCAUUAGGCCCUCCCCAUAGGAAAGCAUUGCUGCAAUGCUUUGCUAUGUGAAUUUAGCUGAUGCAGGAUGUUCUCAACUAAACCAAGUCACCUAGCAAGCAGGAAGCGCCUCUAGUGGCUGUCUAAUUGACAGCCACUAAAGGCAGUCUUAGUCCUACAAUGUAAUUAUUGCAGUUUCUUAAAAACUGCAAUGAUUUGCAUUGCAGGAGUAAGUGGGACAGGGACACUGUACCCAGACCACUUCAAUGAGAUGAAGUGAUCUAGGUGUCUAUACUGUCCCUGUAAUAAGGAGACUCAAGUCGGUCACAAACUAUUCAAAAGGUCUGUGAUCUCACUGCACCUUCUCGUGGAAUUUAUAAUGUGCAAAUAUCACAUAUGCUGUGAAGCGGUCGUAUGACUUUAAAAUCUUUCAUUAAUCUGUAGACAAUGACCAUGUGUUGAAAAUAUCUCGACCCUUCUCUACCACCCACAGGAGAAGAUAACGGCAUUUUAUAUAUUGGUAAACCUUGGUUGAACAUGCAAACUUUUUAAUCUUGUUCAAACAUACAGCCGAAGUGCUGUCCUUCAGAAGCAGACAGGAACUGGCAAUAAUGUUUUAAUAUGACAGUAAUUUUGAUUGACAGCUGUUAGUGACCAAUGAUAAUGAAGCAUGCAUUUCUGACGGUGAUUGGUUUACCACAAUUAUUAUAAUACUGCAAUAUAUACCACUACUGUCCAUAGAAAGCAGAUGUUUUUUGUCUGUGUGUGUAUUAAUUGGCAUUAAUUUAAACUCAUCUUUUAAAUUGUGCAUGUCUCACAAGGAAGGAGUCAGCACUGGGCUCUGUACAAGUAUUUGUACAAGUGGAGGAUGCAGCACAAGGCUCGACAGCAGGUUGAGUUCACCGCUGAACUCUGCAGGGGAACAAAGCAGUUAAAUGUAAGGCUUUGCAACAAAGCCACAGGGGCAGAAGCAAUUCAUUGCUGUGCAUAAAUGAAAAGGGCAACAUAAGUGUUAAGUAUCAGUGUAAGGUUCUGCAGGGGUAAAGCAGGCCAUAUAAGACUCUGUAAGUGUGGGAGGCAGUGUAAUACUCUGUGAGGGUAGAGGCUGAACAAGGCUUUGCAGGGUGAAGGCUGCAAAACAUACCCUGGAAUGCCAAGUUUUAACUUUCUGGUUGCAGGUGAGCAAGAGAGCAUCAGCAGCGAGGAGACUGAAGAUACACAGAGCUCUGCUUUGGGCCUAGCCUCCAGGACUUCAUGUCUGAUCAACACUAUCAUAGUGAGACUGAUGGGCAAGCUGAAUCCAUACCUGGACACAACCUGGGAUCUUCUGCAUGGGGGAGUUAAUUUCGUCCUGAGUUUACCCUCCAAGGUAAAACCCAGCCAUGAAAACAAAACAAAAAGUAGAAAAUUAUGUCCUAAACUGAAAUACCUGCCCUCUAUACAGCUAUGUAUUUGAUCUAUAUAUUGUGCUAGGAAAUGUACAGUUUCAUCAGUAUUUUUUAUAACACAUUGUUGCUAAUGAUCCAUGGUGUUCAGACAGUAGUGUGGUGCAUUGUGGGUAGGCAAACGAUUCCGUGAUAGGACUGAACAAUAAUUGUAUCCAUCCUUUUGAAGAUGUUAAAUUAUAUCUCAGUCUGAAUAUUUGAGUCAGUCCAGUUAGUCCCAUUUUAGCUUCUUCUCUGUAACAAGGUGAGAGGGUGUUGGGACAAAGCAUGCUUUUGGGCCCCCUUCACCCUCGCUCCUUUCUGUUAGCAAUCCAUUCCGCAGACACUUGCCAUAGGGGUUGGGAUAUGGUCCGUGGUCCUGUGCCUGGUGAAAUUAAUGUAUUUAUUGACACGGAUAUCUCUUCCAAACUUCAAAGUUUUUAGAAUUCCUGCUUUAUUCUAGGCAGGGUUGCCCCCAUGUGACAUCAUAAAAUAGAGACCUCAAGUUACCACUAUGUGUACUGAGUCUGCAGACAGAAAAAUCUGACUGUGCCUAUUUCAUCAUACCUCACAGCAUUUCAAAUGGGUAAACAGGGACACUUUAAUGUGAGAGGUGUGAUUGUGGACAUGUUACUAAUAACAAUUUAUACAAGUACAUUUUAAUUUAGAACAAGAACAAUGUAUCUUAUUUACACAGACUGAUUUCUAAACAUUGCCGUGCGUGCACAUCAGGUCUCCCCCGCCAGCUGACGUCGGCGGAGGAGGAGCACGGGCGGAUCCUGACCCAGCACCGAGGGACAGCGCCUAGGGGCGCUGGAUUCAGGUAAAUGGCUGAAUGGGGUUUUUACCCCUUCAGCCCCGAGGAAGGGGGGCACUCCAGGAAACUAGAGUGCCAGGAAAACAGGCUUGUUUUCCUGGCACUAUAGGAUCCCUUUAAAUAUUAUUACAAUCUCUGUCAUUGAUUUUAUAAUUAAUAUCACAGUUCUGACCUCAUGCAGCUUAUGGGUUUAUUAGUUAGUUAGAUAAAGUAUCUUAAUUUAAGGAUUUAACUCACGGUUUAGUUAACAACCUCCCUAGCUAUGCUCAGUCAUGGGGUUACCUGCUUCCUUUAGGGAGCCGCCGGGAGGACUUUUAUUAAACAGAAGGAAAUCACAUGUACUCUCUCCUUUGGCUCAUGCAGCCUCAGGGGAAAACGCUGAUGAUGCAGCGAGUCUCCUAUUCCAUUAUAAUCAUUUCAGAAGUCCGAAGCACAGAAUUCACAGUGUAUAUUUAGACUGGAGCAUGUCUCAUGCAUUAGAUGAGGCAAUCACAAAACGCAUUGAUCUGCUCCCCAGAAUCAGAUUAGCGUGCGUUUGUGAGAAAUCGCAGGAUGCAGAAAGCAUGAUUUGUACAAGGAACGUGGCUAUGUAUGUGCAUGUAUAUAUAUAUUUCUGGGGAAUACACGGAGAGAACGACAACAGAGACCAGGAUACAGCAAAAGUCAGUGUGAGAGAGAUUAAAAAGUGUUUGCCGCAUGAACCAUUCUUUGCUUAUGUCGGAGUUUUCGGAAGCUCUACUUCCUGCUGAAAACGACAUUCUGAUCAUGUAGAUGAAAAAUCCGUGCCACUUUAGCGGUCCACUUAGCCAUGUAACAAUUUUAUGUGACUUGAUCAUUUGCACUGUUGGUGUGAACACUACAGUAUGCAGGGUUUCGAUAACAUUUUUGCAAAAUUAGAGUAAAGUUCUAGAAAGGCAACAACUGUGGUGAUCACGGAUUAAAGAGAUUUAUUGUGAUGAAAAUAGCGUUACAGAGACAAGUGAAGUAGAGGUCAUACCUUUUUAGGCUAAAUCGUUUGGAACUGUAAGGCUCGGGCUUUAAAAAAGUGAUACAAAUACCUGAAGGACAACUGUCAUCAAAUUUUCACAUCUAAUUUUUUGGGUUAAGUUCAUUUUUAAUGAAACCUAAUGAUAUUUUUUUCAACAGAUGUAUAUUCUUUAUUUAUUUUUACAUUUUUUAACCUGGCUAAGGAGCCAUGUUGGGUCAGACUCUGCCGUUAUCUGACCAACUGCUGCAAUUGUGAACAGCCAGAUAAAAAAAAAAGUGAGAUUAAAAAAUCUUUGUGAAAAAAGUGACAGUUGUCUUUUAUUUUUAUUUUUUUUCUUCUGCAGUGAAUUCUUUCUCCGUAUCUCAAUGCCUCUCAUUCAUCAUAACAUACAAGCUGAUGAUACAAGCCACAUUAGCAGAGUCAAGCACAAUCACUCAAAGAUGAGGAUAGUAGACAUGGUGAAUAAUAUGCAUAAUCUAGGCAUUGACUCAGCAUUCAGAACAUUUUGUAUAAUACGAAGUUGUCUAUAUAUUUUCCUCUGAAUCUCACCGAAUAAUGCACUGAACAGGUUAAAACGUGUAAAAAGAAAGAAGAUUGUGAAAUAAUUAUUGCAUAUCAGAUGGCAUACGACAACAGAAGAUAGUAGUGUUGUUCCCAGAAUAGACUCAAGUCCCAGAUCAGCCUAUACUAACAGAUGGCAAGAAUGGAGUGGAUCCACGAGAGUUCUUGUGUAGGGCAAUGUUGCUGUGCCAAGCAGGGUUCCCCUCCAACCCCAGGCCUGAAAGAGGGCCAGCAUCCGAUAUCCACAGACUUGGAGAUAUUCAGCUAGAAAGUUUCUACACCAUCGUGGGGAGCUUGAAGAAGCAGAUGGGAAGUGCCGUGGUCGACGGCUGAUCUUCACCUGUCGUGGUUGAUGUGCUGAGGCUAAGCCUCAUGAGGCUCUCGGCCUAGGAGGGUAAACAGUAGGACGGUUGUGUGCUCGCGGUCUCAUUUUGUCCUGAAGAGGUCUCCUCUUUGCCAGUACAUGGGUACAUCCUCUGUGUACUUGCAGCUUGGCCACUGAGACUCUCUGACGCUCCAUUAUCUUCUGCCAGAAGUCCCUGGAUAUUUUAUCCAGGUGUUGCAGCAUGUGGUCUAGAGAUCCAUGAUGGGGCUGCUGAGAUGUACCUAGCCCCUGCAAGACUGAGUGUGGAUGAUCUGCCAUCUUGUAAAUGCAGAGAGCUCUCAUUAACUUUUUGAGUGGUUCCCCUGUUGUAGGAUUCCCAGCAUGCUCAAUGUACCAUGUUCUCCUACAUUGCUCUAGAAGCACAAGGUACCCUACGUUAACCAGAAAGAGUGUUGACAGUCUCCUGAACGUGAAUUAAAUCUAGACUGUGUUUAUGGAUGGAGAGAAUAAUGAUCUAUUAGGGGCUGGAGAAUGAUGAUCUGCCAUAGGAUCGUGGGCCAAAGAGAGCAAUGGCGUGGAAAGGUGUUAGGAUCACGAUGGUCCAUCUCAGAUAUUCACUAGGGCUUAGAGAAACCAUUAAUUCCUAGCAGCUGGGAAGAUUAUUAUUAAUCUAUAAAGGACUGGAGAAAUCAUUGAAUUAUUAUGCCAUUCAGCGAACGAUAAUCCUUUAGGGCAGGGCUGCCCAACAGGUAUAUCCCCAGAUGUUGUAGAACUACAACUCCCAUGAUGCUUUGCGUGCCUUUAGAAUGCAUUUAGAAUGGCAAAGCAUCAUGGGAGUUGUAGUUCUACAACAUCUGGGGAUCUACCUUUUGGGCAGCAUGUCAAGCUCAAUGGCUAAGGCGCGCCAAAUAAACAAGGUUUAUGUUUAUGUGGGCCGCCAAAAAAAAGUUUAACCUAGACCAGCACAAACUAAAAUUACUAGUAUCAUUCUCAUGCAAACAGUAUGUAAUCCUGGGUGUAUAUAUAUAUAUAAAACACUUACUUAAAAGCUUCACUUUAAAUUACGUACUAUGUCACCCAAAUCUAAUACACAUGCUCUGGCAGCCCCCCUCACACCAGUCUAAUACACUGAGCCCCAACACUCUAAUUUAAUACAUGGUCUCCCUUCCCUCCCCCCAACUUAAUACAUUGCCUGCCCUCCCUCCCCCAAUUUAAUACACUGCCUGCCCUCCCUCCCCCCAAUUUAAUACACUGCCUCCCUGUUUUAUCUAAUCAUUAAAUUCAUGAAGCACCAAUAUGCAAAAAGUAAUAAUCAAUACCUAAUAAGGUUUAAAGCUGUAUUGGCGGGCACACAACCCAGUUCGGGAUGAGUAUCAUGAACAAUAGGAAUGAGAAAUCACACAGACACCAAGUUGAAUAUAAGAAUUCACAUCACACUUUGUUGUCCGUAAAGGGACCCAAUACAAUAUAAGUUGCACUCUCAUUUACGUUAUAGCAUGCAUUCACAUCAAACAGCUUAAGUAUCUAGAUAUCAGCUUAAGUAUGCAUUACCAUUAGAGAAGCUUGGUUGUCUCCUAGUUGCACACGACUGGGGGAACUCAUGCAUUCAGACUUGGAGGAACCCUCUCUACUGGGAACAGCAAAGACCAGCAACAAGCGUCUGUAUUACAGGUGGGUAGUUCUCCAAGUGAGUGCCACGUUUCUCUAUCUUUUAUACAUUUUUACCAAUGAUAUGGAUAGUCUGUACUUUUCCAAGUUUUCUUAUCAAUGCAGCCCAGCAUGUACAUGUCAUGCACAUUAAGUAAUCUUUAUGGUUGGUCAGGCCAGUCAUGAUCACCCAAGACACAUGCCAAACAUGUGCGCGGUACCUUUUCUCUGAAGUUAUGUCUCUAUACUCAGUCUUUCUAGACAUUGCUGGGACCAAGUCUUACUUUUCAGCACGUAAGCCAUCUUGGAUAUUGGCCGGACAUGUUAUAGAACAUUCUAUGCUGUGUCAUCUUGUUUUUCUUAGUGCAACACAGUUUAAGACCAGUGCCAUCUUAACUAUCUAUAAUAGUUUAAUUUAUUCAAUAGUGAUCAAUCAUUCUUAAUAAAUAUGGAAUAUUAUCACACUCUCCCUCCAAUUUAACACACUGCCCCCAUCCCACCAAUUUAACACACGGCCCCCUCCCACCACUCUAAUACACUGCUCCCUCCCCCAAAUUAAUACACUGCCCUUCCUUACCCCAAUUUAACACACUGCCCCACCUCCCUCCCCCUAAUUUAAUACACUGCCCCAUCCCACCAUGCUAAUACACUUUCUCCCUCACUCCAAUUUUUACCCUUUAGCGUCUAGGGAGAUGAAUGAUCUGCUGUGGGCUGGAGAAAACAGUCUGCCAGGGGAUGUAAAGAACAAUAAGACAUUGUCAAGGUUAUUUCCAAUGGUGAGAAUUCAAAGGGAAUUGCAAAUUUGGGGAAGAUGUAGUCCACAACAUCUGGAAUGCUAAACAUUGCCUACUCAUGUUCUAGAAGAUGGAUAGAACUAUGUUAGUCGGGUGUGGGUAGAAUACUAAUCUACUCGAGGAUGGAGAGAAUGAUGAUCCACUGAAAGCUGUAGACAUAGGUGAUCAACUUGGAACAAUAGAGAAAAAUGAUCGGCAGUUGGAUGAAAAGAACAAUUAAAAUUUUCACUCUAAACGUCUCUAAACUGAGGGAUGGUUAUUAAGAAUAUACUUAUAGGGCAUGUGUAGCCCUGGGAAACAUUUCAAGAACAUUAUAGUCUUCAAUGACAUAAAUUAUUAAGGAAAUCGGACUGCAAUCUGUGGACAUGCUUAUGCAAGCUACUCGUCAAAAGAAGCUUGGUGGACGUGCAUAUCUAUCGUUGGGCGUCCCUGGAUAUUUUAGGCUGGUUUUCCUGUGCCUGUAUCGUAAAUCAAAUCAGGAUUUGUAUUUUGUAACGGCAGGCAAUUAUUUUACUGAUCUCUCUACAUGAUGUUUAUGUCUUGGUUCUUGGAAAACAAAUUUAACCUUUGCACUUGUAACGACUUCCAUCGGCAUCAAGGGUUCAAGUCACAGCUUGAAAGGUUAUGAUAAAACAGAACAGCAAACGUAAUUUAUGAAAUGACUGUUGUUCCACAAAAGGCUUGGCUAAGGGGUACCCACUUAUUAGAGAACUUGGCUUAUACAUCAGUUAAAGUGUAACAAAGUUUUAGUGCAGCACUUUUAUGACUUUUGUCAGAGAAAAUAGCUAAAGCAUCUAUAGAACCCAACCACUACUUUAAGAUGGAGUUUCCCUUAAAUUGGUUAAUACCCCAUUUCACCUCCUAAUAGGUAGAGCCCUAGACUAAGUCUCUGGUAUUUAUGCAUAACCUCUAAACAUUUCUCCCUGUAUAUUAAAAGAAAGUAAGAAACGAUAAAGAAAUAAAAUAUAUAUUUUUAACUUCUAUAAAACCCUUGUUUUAGCCCACCCUCCCCCCUGUUUAUUUUAGUUUGUGUCAUUAAAUAAUAAUGGAUGGGAUCUUCCGCCAGCUGGUCUCCAAGAUCGCUAUGUUUUUGAUAGACCAGGACAGGUAGCGAUUUUCCAGAGAUACCCAGACAGAGGCAGUGUCUACGUGACACAGCCAGAUGCUGUAUUAUCCUAACAGAGGUGUCUGGAUACAUGAAACUAUUUUCUCCUUUCAUCUUCAGUAGGGAAAGCCUUUUAUAUAUCUAAUUGACAGACUCCAUAAACAAAACAUCUCUUCCCAGGCCGGCAUCAUUACACUGUUUAUGAUUACUGUAUCUGUGAAUAAAUGAAGAGAAAAGCCCAACAGAUACAAAGAAAUUAAACUGUCUGUCUGAUCUAUCUAUCGAUCGACUUUUCCUUGGUAUUAUCAAUGAUGUGGAUUAUUGUCACACUGUUGCCACUGUUACUUUCUGAAAAUUUCGACCACUUACAUAGUGGCAUGUUACCAUGGCAAUGGAACUCUCCUUACCGUUUUCGGCUGAUGUUAAUUUCUCCCUCACCUACAUUGCCAAUGAGCAUUGGUUCUGUUGGAAAGAGUAGGUUGGGACAUUAUGAUGUUGACACCGUUACCCCCUAUGUUGUAUAAAGUUGCUUUUUUUGAAUGAUACGGUCUCACUAAUGAGAUGUAAGAUAUGUCUUAUAUUGCCGUAGAAAACUGGUGAACUAGAGCCGUAGACUGUGUAUGGCACAGUCAGUGAUAAGCAUAGAAACAUUUAUUAAAGUGGUUAUUGAACAUUUUUUGUCAGGUACUCAUUUUAUGUAUGUGAUCUUAGCUUGACAACCUAUUCUUUAACUGUUACAUAUUUACAUAAGCUGAAAAGAGAUUUGUGUCGAUCAAGUUCAGCCUUCCUCACACGUUUUUGCUGCUGAUCCAAAAGAAGGCAAAAAACCCAGUCUGAAGUGCUUCCAACUUUGCAACAAACUAGGAAAAAAAUUCCUUCUUGACCCCAAAAUGGCAGUCAAAUAUCUCCUUGGAUUAACAGCUAUUACCCCACUAAUUAGAAAUGAUAUCCCUGUAUGUUAUGUUUUUGGAAGUAUUUAUCCAAUUGCUGUUUAAACAUCUGUAUGGACUCUGAUAAAACCACCUCUUCAGGCAGAGAAUUCCAUAUCCUUAUAUUUCUUACUGUAAAAAAAACAAACCUUUUCUUUGCCUUAGAUUAAAGUUCCUUUCUUCAAGCCUAAAUGCGUGACCUUGUGUCCUAUGUAUAGCCCAGUUUAUGAAUAGAUUUCCAGAUAAUGGUUUGUACUGACCCUGAAUAUAUUUCCAUAAUGUUAUCAUAUCCCCUCUGAGGCCUUGUUUUUCCAAACUAAAGAGAUUUUUAAACCUUUCUUCGUAACUAAAAUGCUCCAAUGCUUUUAUCAAUUUUGUAGCUCGUCUCUGGACCCUCUCCAGUGCCAUGAUAUCCUUCUUUAGAACAGGUGCCAAAAAUUGCACAGCAUAUUCAAGGUGUGGUCUUACCAGCGAUUUAUAAAGAGGCAUAAUUAUAUUUUCAUCCCAAGAAUGUAUGCCCCUAUUUAUACAUGACAAAACCUUACUGGCAUUAGCAACUGCAGAUUGACAUUGCAUAUUGCUGCCUAAUGUGUUGUCUAUAACAAUUCCCAAAUCCAUCUCAUGUAUUGUUAUCAUUAAUUCACUACAAUUUAGGGUGUAAGUUGUUGGUGCAUUCUUGACCCCGAAGUGCAAAACUUUGCAUUUCUCUACGUUAAGUUUAAGCUUCCAUUUUAGUGCCCAGUCACCCAAUCUAUCUAAAUCCCUCUGCAGCAAAGCAAUAUCUUGCUCACAUUUUAUUACUGUACAAAGCUUUGUGUCAUCUGUAAACACUGAAACAUGGCUUUCAAUGCCUAUUUCAAGAUCAUUUAUAAAUAUGUUAAAUAGAAGCAGUCCCAAAACAGAACCAUGAGGGACACCACUUACCACUUUUGUCCAGCUUGAAAAUUUGCCAUUAUUGGCAACCCGUUGUAUUUUAUCCUUAAGCCAAUGUUCUACCCAAGAACAAGAAUAUUCAUCUAGACCAAUUUCUUUGUUUGAACACUAACCUAUUGCGAGGAACCAAUUUAAAUGCCUUGGCAAAAUCCAAGUCGAUCACAUCCAGUGCGACACCCUGAUCUAUACUUCUACUUCUUCGUAGAAUGCAGUUACCGUAUUUUUCGCUCCAUAAGACGCACUUUUUUCCCCCUCAGAAGUGAGGGGAAAUGUCUGUGCCUCUUAUGGAGCGAAUGUGAAGAUUUACUUACCUGUCUUGGAGCGUGGGCCGGCUUCACAGCACGCUCCGCGGUCCAGGAACUUCUAUUUCAGGUUCCGGUUUCCGGCGGGACUGAAAGGAAGUGCACAGUGUGCACACUUCCUUUCAGUCCUGUCGGAAACCGGAACCUGAAAUAGAAGUUCCUGGACCGCGGAGCGCGCUGUGAAGCCGGCCCACGCUCCAAGACAGGUAAGUAAUUAUGGGACAAGGGGAGGGGGGGGACACACACUAUGGGACAACGGGAUGGGGGGGACACACUAUGGGACAAGGGGAGGGGGGACACACCAUGAUGGGACAAGGAGGGGAGGGACAAGGGGAGGGGACACACCAUGGGACAAGGGGUGGGGACACACCAUGGGGGGACACCAUGGGACAAGGGGGGGACACACACACCACAGGGGGAGGGGACACACUAUGGGACAAGGGGAGGGGGACACUAUGGGACACUAUGGGACAAGGGGAGGGGGACACACUAUGGGACAAGGGGAGGGGAGGACACACUAUGGGACAAGGGGAGGGGGAGACACUAUGGGACAAGGGGAGGGGGGACACUAUGGGACACUAUGGGACAAGGAGGGGGGGACACUAUGGGACAAGGGAGGGGGGGACACUCAUGGGACAAGGGGAGGAGGGGACAAGGGGAGGGGAGACACUAUGGGACAAGGGGAGGGGGGAGGACACCAUGGGACAAGGGGAGGGGAGGACACCAUGGGACAAGGGAGGGAGGACACCAUGGGACAAGGGGGGGGAGGACACCAUGGGACAAGGGGAGGGGGGAGGACACUAUGGGAGAAGGGGAGGGGGGGACACUAUGGGAGAAAGGCAGGGGGAGACACUAUGGGACAAGGGGAGGGAGAGAGACACUAUGGGACAAGGGGAGGGGGGACACUAUGGGACAAGGGGAGGGGGAGACACUAUGGGACAAGGGGAGGGGGAGACACUAUGGGACAAGGGCAGGGGGGACACUAUGGGAGGGAAAGUGCACUAUGGGAUCAGAACACUAUGGGACAGGGUAGGAGGGAUUAACAAUCACUAUGGGACAGAGGAAAGGGGGGUUAAAGAUCAUUAUGGGACAGGGGAGAAAAAAAAAUAUUCUGAACAAACUGUCCCAUAGUAAGAAACACUAUGGAACAGUUUGUUCAGAAUAUUUUUUAUUCUGGGUUUCCUCCUCUAAAAACUAGGUGCGUCUUAUGGUGAGGUGCGUCUUAUGGAGCGAAAAAUACGGUAGGUUAGUUUGACAUGACCCAUGUUUCCUAAAACCAUGCUGAUUAUUGGUAAUAACAAAGUUCUUCCCAAUGAAUUUCUGAACAUUAUCCCUUAAUAGCCCUUCAAAUAUUUUCCCAGUCACAGAAGUUAAGCUCACAGGUCUAUAAUUUCCAGGCAAGGAUUUUGAAAUCUUUUUAAAUAUAGGAACGACAUCUGCCUUCCUCCAAUCCUCCGGACCAAUUCAUGAAACAAAAGAAUAUUGAAAGAUUAAAUACAGAUGUUCACUUAUUUCCCCUCUUAGCUCCUUAACCCCUUAAGGACCAAACUUCUGGAAUAAAAGGGAAUCAUGACAUGUCACACAUAUCAUGUGUCCUUAAGGGGUUAAGUACUCGUGGGUGAAUACCGCCAGGCCCUGGAGCUUUAUUUACAUUAAUUUUCUUUAACUGCUGUAGCACCUUGUCAAGAUUGAUGAUCUCUGCCAAUCCAAUGCUUUCCCACUAGGAAAGGAUUGGGAUGCUAGUGUGCAUGCGCAGCAAAUCUCUGCGCUGCACCAUUCUAAUGCUCUCUGGGAGAAUCGAGUCUGACUCAGUUCUUAUUUAUUUAUUACUGGUAUUUAUAAAGUGUCAACAGAUUCUGCAGUGCUGUACUAUUAGUGGAGAACGCACAAUAUACACAGACAAAUACAAGAGGUAGCAUGAUCCCUGCCUGUAAGCUGGUAACUAGCCUUUGUAGCUCUUUUAUACAAAGUGCUUAGCUAGAUAGCCCGUGAGCUUACAAUCUAAAGGACACCGUGGGGAUCUGAGACAAAAAGGUAGCAGGGGGAAUUUGGAGGUGAUGGCUAAAAGAGUUAACAGAGCGAAGCAGCUGGAAUGAAGAGGUAAUUGAGUGAGAAUAUCAAACAACUGGAGGAGCAUGCUAUGUAUUUAGGGGGAACAUGGGUGGGAAGUGGUGAGAAAUAAAAUGCAGAGCAUCACAAUCGCUGUUCCUAUCAGGGAGUAUGAGUGUGAGAUGAGGAAUGAACAAAAGAGAUGGAUAUAGAACAGUGGCGUACUAAGGGGGGGGCAGAGGGGGCGGUCCGCCCCGGAUGCCACCAGGGUGGGGGGUGCCAUGACCAGGGGCGCCCCCCCCCAUGCUGCAGCUGCCCGAGCGCUCUGUAGAGAGCCUCAGGUGGCUGCAGAUUUGCCCGGGCGGUGUGUCCAUGAGGGCGGACCGGACCGCCCGGGCGCAACCUGAGGAGAGGGGCUGACAGGAGGGAAGCGCUCAGCGCUCCCUCCUGUCACUCCCUCUGUUGUAGCGUGGCCGAGCCCUGUAUAGUCCGCGGGUACAGAGAGCAGCUGUCUCCUGUACCCAGCCGGACUAACAGGAAGUGCACACUCACUCAGUGUGCACUUCCUGUUAGUCCGGCCGGGUACAGGAAACAGAUGCUCCCUGUACCCGCGGACUAUACAGGGCUCGGCCACGCUACAGGGAGGUAGGGAGGGGUGAGAAAGAGAAAUUAGGGGGGGGGGGGGAGAAAUUGGGAGGAGGAGAAGGAAAUUGGAGCGGGAGGAGAGAUUGACAUUCAUCACAUACACACAAUGCACCCCUUGCACACAGAAAACACACAAUGCAUUACACACACAGACACACAUACACAAGCAAUGCAACCGUUACACACAAUGCAUCCCUUACACACACUCAAUGCACCCCUUACACACAUUCAAUGCAUCCCAUACAUACACAGAAACACACCUUGCAGCCCUUACACAUACAAACACAAUUUCACACAAUGCAUUCCUUACACACAUAUCAGGACAUCCCCUACACACUCCACCCCCUGUGAACAAACUCAUUGGUGGAACAUGAAGGUGGACCCUGGGACCCAGACCUUGAGCUGUGUAAAAGACCCCCAAACAAUGGAGCUGCUUCCCGUUCUCCCAGAACAUUGAUUUUUGUGACCACAGUUACAAACCGCCUCCAGAGAGCCUGUUCUGCACCAGACCAGUGGAGCCAGACUGCAGCUAGAGCCCAUCAUCAUCCUCACCUGGUUGUAAGUAGGCAAUCUAGUAUAUUAUUCAUGGCAUUAACUCUAAUUUACCUCACAUUAAAGAAACACUAUAGUCCCCAGAACCACUUCAGCUUAAUGUAGUGGUUCUGGUGUCUAUAGCCUGUCCCUGCAGGCCUUUUAAUGUAAACACGGUGGCACUGCAGCACUGGCGUUAGUUAACAUGGCAAAUCAUAUGGGUGGGGCAUUGUGAUGUCACAUGGGGGGGGCGAAAACUUUACUUUUGCCUAGGGCGGCAAAAAUCCUUGCACCGGCCCUGGCUGGAGGGGGCUGUGUGAGCUGUGGCCGCACAGUGUCCCAUGGUAGUUAGGGUGCCGGCGGCCAGUACAGCUCACACAAGCAAACAGCUGAUAAACUGGCCGCACGGAGGAAAUGUGUAUGUGUGACUGUCUGCCUGUGACUGUGUGUGACUGUCUGCUGUAACUGAGUGUGUGACUGUCCUGUAAAUGUGUGUGUGGGGCUGCAGGGAUUUUGUAGAAGGGGGCGGGGGUUUUGUAUUGGGACAGGAGUCUUUAUAAGGGGGGAUAAGCAGGGGAUUUGUGGAAGGGGGUUGCGGGGGUUUUGUAGACGGGGCAGUACAGGAUUUGUAGAAGGGGCAGGACAAAGGUUUUGUAGGAGGGGCGGGGCAGGACAAGGGUUUUGUAGGAGGGGCUGACAGCGGUUUUGCAAAGUUUACAAAUUGUAAAAAAAAAGAAAGAAAACCUUUAACAUUUUUUACAGGUUUUUUUUUUUGGGUGCCAAGCACAGGAUCUGCCCCGGGUGCCAAAUGCUCUAGGUACGCCCCUGAUAUAGAAUAGUUAUAUGAAGGUAUUUACACCCAGGAAGAGCAUGGGGGAGGGUAGGGGAAGAGUAGCAAUGUGUGUGUUGGAAAGUUUAGCAGCCAAAUUCUAUCACCCAAAGUAUUAAUAACUGUGUACAUGAAAUAUUGGUCAGAAACAUUAAAUGACAAUGAUAAAAUCUGCAUGCACAGAAAAUUACAGUGACAAACUACAGGUAUAAUUGGAAACAAUUCUAUAGUAACAUAGUAGCAAUGUAAGAAUAAAUGAGGUGAAGUAUCUUCCAAGCUACAGUCAAUACCUUGGCAUUGUGGGAGUUGUUUCAGGAUGUUAAAUGCAGAGCAUUACAAUCGCUGUUCCUAUGAGUGAGCAUGAGUGUGAGAUGAGGCCUUGGCAUUGUGGGAGUUGCUGCAGGAUGUUAAAUGCAGAGCAUUACAAUCGCUGUUCCUAUGAGUGAGUAGGAGUGUGAGAUGAGGCCUUGGCGUUGUGGGAGUUGCUGCAGGAUGUUAAAUGCAGAGCAUUACAAUCGCUGUUCCUAUGAGUGAGCAUGAGUGUGAGAUGAGGCCUUGGUGUUGUGGGAGUUGUUGCAGGAUGUUAAAUGCAGAGCAUUACAAUCGCUGUUCCUAUGAGUGAGUAGGAGUGUGAGAUAGGCCUUGGCGUUGUGGGAGUUCUUACAGUGGAAGUGCCCAUAGUGGCUGCCAGUAUGACAGCAACUAGAGGUGUUUUGAACUCUGCAAUGUAAACAUUGCACUUUCUACAAAACUGCAAUAUUUUACAUUACAGGAUUAAUACUUAAGGGCCACUGCACCCAGGACACUUCAUUGAGAUAAAGUGCCUUUAGUGGUCAUUUUAUAUAAUUCAUAGUAACAAACAUUCUGCAUUAACCUCGGUAAGUCAAUGCUGCUACAGUAAGCAAUGUACUGCAGACAAUUGCUGGGGAUAUAAUGUGUAAAGUGCUUCUAUUCCAAGCACUGAGCCCCUGUGGAAAGUAUCACUGAGACUAAUUCAGUCACGAGUGAGUGCCUCAAAAGGGCAGUGGGCAUCUUCUUGUGGUAACGCAGGGGAGCCUAGGACAGAAAGAUUCAAGAACUAUCUACCCACAGGGCUCUAUGCAGGUUUCCAUUCCCCCCCCACCCCCCCACCCCUUCCGCCUCUCAUUAAUUUUUCAUAUAGGGAUGAUGAAUGGGGCAAAACCAAAUCAUGGUUCCAGGGCCUUUGCCUAACUCCUGGGUCCUAGGCGACUGUCUUGGGUCACUUUAUGGUUAAUCCUGCUUUGAGACUAAUAGACACAUAUAUAAAGAAUUUGGCAUCAUAGGUGAGAUUAACAAAUCACUAAAAUAGAAAAUCUUAAGAAAUGGAGUUCUGCAGUUUACAAUGAGCAUUAAAUGUUAAAAGCGUACUCCAGGAAUGUAGCGAACCCUGUUUUGUUGUAUUAUUUGGAUAAUUAAAAUAAGAAAAAAACUAAAAAGUAAACCAAAACAAAUCACAAAUUUACAGCUGCAUUUUGCAGACUAGGAAACAGCUAAACAGUCAUGUUUGUUGUCAGAAGGUAGACAGGUAAUGCGGAGGUUCACUUUUCCAUUUAACAUGCAAGAAGUCAGUUUUAAACAAAACUCUUAGACAAGUUGCACCAAGUUCCACUAAAAUGAGCUGUAGUGGUUGUACUGAUUAGAACACCAUUUUAAACCUAUGGAUACGUGGAAUGGCCUUGUAGCUGAGAUGGUAGCGGCUGAUAAACUUUUGUACAUUGAGUAAUAAAUGUUAUGGACUGCAAUGUAGUUCAUCCAAUUGGUUUCGUUCUGGUGUUUAACAUCUAUGUUUAUAUUCCCAUGCUCUGCGUGCCUCCCUACGGGUUGGCAGUCUGUAGCCCGUGCUACAUGCUCCAUGUAUAGCGGCACGUACCACGCUGUAUGGAGCUUGCUAUGAGAGCCUGCGGCACACUGUACAAAUCACAGUCCCACUGUAUAAUUGAUCAUUGUCAUACUGCAAAUGACCCAUUAACGUCUUCCUGCUAGAUUAAUGGCUCUGUGUAUCUGAUAUAACCCACGGUUCAACAGGGGAGUGUCUGGGAGUCGAAGAUAUAAUGUGGCAUAAUUAAAGGGUUUUCUAAAAAUGGCAAAAAAAACAACAACUGUACUUGUACUGUGCUACAGGAUAUGUUGGUGUCUUUAUAAUUAUAAUCUAUAAGAUGACCACAGAGCAAUUUAUACUCUUUUCCUGGCUGAGAAUUUGUGAGUUACAGUCCACAGUAUAUUGAGGGCCUUUAACCUUAAUCCCCCUAAUUCUAAAUGUAGCUAUCUGAUACUAUCAAGGCUGCUGCUCUCUCUAUAAUGCAGAACAGUAUACCCGCUGUGCUAACACUAAGCAUUUAAAAUGUGUAGUUUUGUCAGCAACAGUUCAAAUACAUGUGUUUCUCACGAUUACAAAAGAAAAAGGACAUUUUUAUGAGUUUGCGCUUCUAUACUUGAGAUCUUAGAGAAAUACGUAGGAUUUUGUAGCAGAUCUCUCAAAACUUUCACCAUUCAUUAAAUGAUUCCUUGUGUGAUAAAAAUGUCAGCCUGUUUUUGUUGUGUUAUAAAUUUAAAUUCUGUAUAUAAAAUUGUUUGCUUUAAAAAAAAAAUUGCCAUAAAAAUGUUAACAUUUAAAAAAAAUACUAUUAUUAUAUGGAUUUUAUGAUAUUGCCACACCGUUAUUUAUCAGAAACAGUGCUGAUUUCAUCUGCAAGACUGAAGGGGCAACGUCGAUGCCCCAAAAGAACUUUAUUGAGAUGAACUGAUUUCAGUGCUUACCGUGUCCCUUUAAGAAGCUCAGUCCCCAAUCCCAUGUUUUCUCAUAUUUCUCAUGACACUGGAUGCUGUGCUGAAAAUAGUUUAUAUUGCUUUGUUCUCCAUCCAGUAAUCUGGGAACUAUUAAACAUAAUUGUAAACUACACAAAGAUGAGAGAGAACAGCCGUGGUGGGUUUAGCACGUCCUAAAGACGAGGUCUCAGGAUUUUAGGAACACUGCAUGCAUACUGAAAGAGAAUUGGAGAUGGUAUUCUGUGGGAUUUGUUGGUGCACUAUAAAUAAUUGAUAAUAAAUUGUUACUAGUUAAUAAUACAAUGCUAAUGAAUACAUAAUAAAUGCAAGUUAAUAGUGUCCCAUAGUACUGUUUUGCUAACUUCAAAGCAAGUGGAAACUGUUUUUAAAGGACCACUAUAGUGCCAGGAAAACAUACACGUUUUUCUGGCACUAUAGUGCCCUGAGGGUGCCCCCACCCUCAGUGUCCCCCUCCCGUCGGGCUGGAUGGCGAGGAAAGGGGUUAAACUUACCUUUAUUCCAGCGCCGGGCGGGGAGCUCUCCUCCUCCUCUCCGCCUCCGAUCCUCCUCUUCGGCUGAAUGCGCAUGCGCGGCAGGCUUUCCUAUGGACGCUUGCGUGUUCUCACUGUGAUUUUCACAGUGAGAAGCACGCAAGCCCAUCUAGCCAGGGCCAGAUUAAGAGCCCGGUGGGCCUGGUGCUGACAAUUAUGAUGGGCCUAAUUACGGAAUUUUAUGGACCAAACACACUAAAAUAGUCAUACCUCCCAAGCGUCAUGUAUCUGAUGGUGCUGGAGGGAAACUCAAAAGGAUGCAGCUAUAAGAAAACACAUACCCUGUGCUAAUCCCUCUCUAAUUUAUGCUUUCAUCUUUCAAGUAAAUCCAUACCCCCGAACAGCAGUGUCCAAUGAAGCAGGAAGUCAAUGGGCAGGGUAAAAGGGUGUGCCACUGGUGCAAAUCACGUGACCAGACCUGCCAAAAUGGGAGAACAUGCCCAAAAAGGGGGCAUGUCUGUCCAAAGAAUUUGAAGGACAGCCUGGCAUGAAUGUAUGUCAGGCUGCCCGCCAAUCCUGCAGGCUGUCCAACUAAGGGCAUACUAUGCAGGCAGCACCCUGAGCUUGGCAUAAAUGUGUCUAAUGAUGCACUCGCUCCAUGCUUUCUAAGGACUGUCCCCUAGCACUCACAUGUCCACUUGUCUCCUUACCUUCUUACUAGCAGGCAGAUGUUCCUGGUAUAUAGUCUGAGACAGAGAAAAGGUGUAUGUAGUGAUUGUAGAAGAAAGGGGACAUGCCACAGUGUUAGAGAGACCAACGUCUGCAUUACCUAAACUGAUUUUACUGUCAGCCAGUCCACACAAGUUUUGUUCCCAUACAUCCCUCUUAAGCUUCCAAACUUAAAGGGACACUAUAGUCACCAGAACAACUAAAGCUUAUUGUAUUUGUUCUGGUAAGUAGAAUCAUUCCAUUCAGGCUUUUUGCAGUAAACGCUGUCUUUUCAGAGUAAAUAACUUCACUGGCCACUCCUUAGAUGGUUGCUAGAGAUGCUUCCUGUGGCAGUACUGCCUAGUGUGCAGUACUGCCAUUCAGUGUCUCCACCCUCUGCAUGCAGACACUGAACUUUCCUCAUAGAGAUGCAUUGAUUCAAUGUAUCUUGAUGAGGUGAUGCUGAUUGACCAGGGCUAUGUUUGACUUGCGCUGGCUCUGCCCCUGAUCUGCCUAGUUGACAGUCUCAGCCAAUCCUAUGGGGAAGUAUUGUAAUUUGCUCAGACCACCACUUCUGAUGAUGUCAGCAGGCAGUCAGUUCAGAGGCAGACCCAGCAGCUGCAGACUUGAAUACAAGUAAUAUUUUACUAUAUUUAGGGAGGCAAGAGUGGGGUCAGGGGGGCUAGAUGGUGGUUUUAACAUAAUAGGGUCAGAAAUUCAUGAUUGUGUUUCUGACCCUAUAGUGCUCCUUUAAGCAAGAGUAUGUGAAGAGUAGUUAGGGUUGCCACCUUUCUUGGAAAAAAAUACCAGCCUUAAUCAUUUGUAUAAUUAAUUAGUUAUGCGUGACAUCACAUAAGAGAAAAUCACCAACAAAUACUCACAGUUGAUUCUGCUAUAUAGAUGGAUUGCUCCCAGUGUCUCCCUGUCUCCCAGCGUCUCAGUCUUGCAAGUCACCCAGUGUCCCUAUAUAUCACAGGAUCAGUGUCCCCAUGUCGCCCAGUGUCUCAGUGUCCCCAUGUCACUAGGAUACUGGGGACACAGUGAGACAUGGGGACACUGAAAGACCCGAGGACACUGAAAAACUUGGCAACACUGGGAAACAUGGGGACACUUGUGGAUACAGACAUAGGGACACUGGGAAACAUGGAGACACAGAGACAUGGGGACACUGAGACAUUUAGAGAAACUGGGAGAAAUGGGGACACUGAGACACUAGGGACACAGAGACAUGGGACACAGACACUGGGAGACAUGGGGACCCUGGGACAUUUAGGGACACUGUAAGACAUGGGGACACUAGGCACACUAAGAGACAUGGGACACAGACACUGGGAGACUUGGGGACACUGAGACACUAGGGAUACUGGCUGGGAGACAUGGGGACAUAGUGUAUCUGUGUCCCAAUGUCUCAGUGUCUCCCAAUGUCCCUAUGGCUCAUAGCGUCCCCAUGUCUCCCAGUGUCCCCAUGUUUUCUAGUGUCCCCAAGUGUCUCAGUGUCCCCUAGUGUCUCAGUGUCCCCAUGUCUCCCUGCUGCCUUUCCCCACAUCCCUCACUUACCUGAGCUGUAGAGCUGCUGUCUGGACUCUCUGUGCUUUGUUGCUGCUCCCCCACGGAUCAGUGAGUAGUAGAGAGAGGCAGGGAUAUGCUGUAACUUCCUAUCCUUGCCUCUCUACACACACAGUGACCCCUACUGGCCGGUGCUGGUAUUGCAGAAUAAUUUCCGUUUAUUUGGAGAAAAAUACCUGCAUUUGGUUUUUUUUUUUUUUAAAUGGGCCUAUUCCAUGGGCCUGGGCCUGGAGCUGCAGCUCCAUCAGCCCCCAUGUUAAUCAAUGAGACAGCCACUAGAGGAUUUGGAGGCUGGAUUAAUUCUUUGAAACUGCUAUGUUUAUAAAAAAAAAAGGGUUAAUCCUAGAGGGACCUGGCACCCAGACCACUUCAUUAAGCUGAAGUGGUCUGGGUGCCUAGAGUGGUCUUUUAAGGUCCUAGACUCUACCAUAUCUACUGGAAGGUUGCACAUUGAUUUCACAACUUUUUCAGCAUUGGUGUCGGGUAUGCAGACCCUAAUGCAGAUCUCCCUCAUUGGCCCUGUGUCCUCUUGUUGCUGUAAGGGAGCUUGUGAUGGGCACAUUGCUUGGGCGCAGAUCGCAGUGUGUGCUCACCCAUGGUCCUAGACUGAAAGGAGCUUUUACAGUGUUCUGCACUCGCUGCAGGUGCAGACCACAAGCUCCGCCCAGCAGAACUCCAUAGACAAUGAUCACAGUCCCCACCAGACCAAUCAGAGGGGCACAAGAUCACAUAUAUAUAUUUUUUUUAUUUCAUUGUUGGGGUUCUGUCACAAUAAACAGCCUCUCCAUCAUUCAAGGUAUUGGCAACACACAAACAAAACAAACACAUUACACACAGCAACAGCACUUAUAGCCCACCCCUGCAUACACCGUUGCAUGCUAAAACACCUCAUUGACGCUUGAGAUUGAGUGUUUAAUAAAUAUUCACCUUAUAUUAAAAUAAAAUUAAAAAAUACAAUAGGGAUAAAAAUCCAGGGUGCACACGCUAAUGUAACUUGCUCCCUCCCACAUAUUGUCAAAGUCCAGAUGUAAAGGCAGAAAAUAUUUUGGUUCAUAUUUCAGUGUGAUCUGGUAGGGAAGCUGCAUAUAUCAGUAUCUCAGUCCCAGCACUUUUUUCUGUUGCUUUCUAUUUAAAAGAUAGGUGACCCAACAUUCAGACAUAAGAUCUUAAGGGCUCCUCUCAGUAGUACUUUCUGCUCCAGCCACGAGAUCACCAGUAGUAGAUUUAGCUUUGGGAAUGGGAGAGGUCAAAGCUCCCGGGCCCCUAAGACAAGGAUUUAGGCUUGCGCCCUAAAUUUGAUGGGAGUUUGGGGGGUUUGCAAUGUUCCUUAUCUUAGAGACUAUCACCUUAUCCAGACUUUGCAUCAUUUUGUCUCUGCGUUUACAUUACAUGUGUAUAUAGUUUAUCUCUGAAGGCUGUACCUAAUAGAAGCAUUUAUUGAGUUGCAAAGAAGUAAAGCAAUUUACUCUGCAAUGCAUGGGAUGUUAUUAUCCAAUUAGUGCCCUAACCUGACGUCAGUAUGAGACUGCCUGUUCUAGAUGUACAUCUGUACAAAUUAAUGUAUAGGAACACCAAGUACGCCAACGCAAAUCUGUAUCUGCCAGACACGAUAUCUGUCUUUUACGAUGUAAUGAAAUAUUUAGUGGUUUAUUCACCAAACCCAGAAUAGUAAAUUAGAUUGCAAGCUCAGUGAGUCAGUUAAUUUGUCUUGGUGAUUAGCAUUAGCAGCAUUGUCAAAACCAACUCUGGACUGUAGUGGUUAUGGUAUUUGGUUUGUACCGUUAAGAAUGUUUAAGGAUUUGAAUGUUACGUCUAGCAUUGUUGCAAAUAAUUACAAUAUAGAUUGCUUACUUUAAGUUACUAUUCCCUCUUUAAGAAAGUUUGGGUGUUUUUUCUGUUUGUUUUUUUUUUUAAAUUGGGCAUGCCACAUUUUUAACAGAGUGCACCUAUAAUCUUAAUGUUUGUAAUGACAGGAGGCGAAUACUUAGCAUAAAUCUCUUUACUGUAAAAUCAAGUAUCCAACUCUAUAAAGGACCCUGUCAGCCUGAUCACUUCCUCUUUCUUUGUAGUGAAACAAUAUAUAACAGUCUAGAACAAAACCAUGUCCUUAAGAACAACGGAACAAUCGAUAACAUCCAGAAUUCGAAAAUAGGUGACCGGAAACUCAACGGAAAUAGAUCAAUUCCUGUGCAGAAGUCGAUCAUGCUGAAAGGAAACAAAAAGAAGUGUAAGGCAUCUGACGUGACAAGAUGUCCGCAUUUAACCAACGAUCAUAAUCCAGACAGAUGACCUAAAGAAAUAUGACAUAACUCAAUAUAUAACCGGAACAAUAUACUCAAUUAAACUGGUAAUACUAACGACACUAAAUCUUAAGUAUAAGUUACACUAGUAUGAACAAUUAGAAUUAUGCGAGAAAUAAAGACCCAGGGUGGGGAGCAGAAUAGGGUGGGAAAAUAUUUGCCUCCUGUCAUUACUAAAAUCAAGAUUAUAGGUACACUACGUUAGCAUAAUCUACAAUUUUAUCACUUGACUAGAGGCUUCAUAUUUUGCAUUUUUAAUGCUGAGAAUGUAGAAAAGUGAGAAGAUUGUCUAAAGUAAAAAACACGGAAAGUAUGCUCCCAUGUCAAAUCCACACAUCUCAUAAUGUCCGAGAACGCCUGCGACGCAGCCCCGCCUUGGACCGAGUGGGCACCGAGACAAGGUUCUACCCCAACCAUGGACAACAACCAUUGAAUCCACCUAGUCGUGGUUGUUACUGGUUUGUGGGGUUUGACAUUAGGAGAUCAGGAGCUGUCCUGAAGGAGAAGCCCGUAGCGAAGAAGUAAUCUCUACAUAUUUCAAAAGAGCAUCCACAACACAAAGUCUCGGAGCCUCCCGGAAAAACGGAUAGGAGACGGCGGUAGAGUACGUUGCGAAAUAGAAAACAUGAAGUGACACAGAACUGAAGCGUUAUCUUAGCCGACAGUUGACGUAGAGAUAAGUUGGUAUUGUCCAGCCAUUCCAGUAGAAAACGUAGAACCAAGUCCACAUCCCAGAGUCGAGAAUACUUAGGUGCCGGGGGUCUGGACAACUUAAUGCCUCUCAGAAGGCGACACACUAUGGGGUGUUGCCCUACUGGGACACCUUGGAGGGGAACCUGAGCAGCCGAGAUAGCCGAGCGCUCCACGUUGAGAGUUCAGUAUGAGCGUCCCACGGAGAACAAAUGAGAUAGGUAGUUCAGAAUGACACCUGGUACAGGUAUUGUAAAAGGAACAGAGUCCCUUUCCAAACACCAACUACACAAAGCCGCCCAGGGCCCAUCUUUAGACUCUCAUGAUAAUCCGUGGACCGACCCCGGAAACCGUCCAAGCCACUAUGUCCAUCCUUUCUUCCACCAUCAGUGGGUGCGGUUCCCCGCAGGGCCCAGAGAGAAGGGGUGACGAGGGCAUAAGAAGUGGAUGGUCGUACGAGAGUUCCAGAAGAUCCGUGAACCACGGCUGGCUCUACCACAGGGGUGUGAUGAGUAGUAGGGACACUUUGCGUUGCCGUGCGUAGUGGAGCACUCUUGCCAGCAUGGAGAAAGGUGGGAAGGUGUAGGAUCCCUGACUCAGCCAGGUUUGAAGGAAUGCGUCCACUGCAUUCCGGAUUACGGAUCUGGAGUUGACGGUUGGUCCUGGAGGCAAAAAGGUCCGCCGUUAGCAGACCUUUUUGGUUUGGAGGGCGAGGAAAUGCGAGUUGUCUAACUGCCACUCGCUGGUGUCCCGCCAGUGGCAACAGGCCCAAUCCGCCGUGAGAUUUUAGGUCCCUGGCAGGUAUUUCGCCCGAAGUGUGAUGCUGCGGUCAAGAUAGAACUCGUAGAUGUCCUAUGUCGCCUCCAUCAGGGCUCGGAAUCGGGUUCCGCCGAGGCGAUUGAUAUACUGGACUGCCGAGAUAUUGUCCAUGUGAAGCAGUAUGCAGCAGUCGGAGACACCCUUGAUAAGAGGGGAAACAGGCAAGCACACAGCUCUGAGGGAUAGUGACAGACUGCAGUAUAGGAACCGAUACAGUUAGAAAAUCAGUAGUCUAAGAGAGGGGUGAAGAGAAACAAGAAGCAAUAUAACUUCACAUACUAUAUAAAUAAAUAAACCACAAAACCAUGAGGUUUAACAGAUAUAUAAAUAUGCAGUAGAAACACUGGGUAAAAUACUCUGACCUGUGCAAUGUGGAGCAGCAAAGACAGAGGAAGUGACCAGGCUGACAGGGUCCUUUAUAGAGUUGGAUACUUGUUUCUGAUUGGUUGUUUCUGUUUGAUCUGUGCUGCUGGAUUUUACAGUAAAGAGAGUUAUGCAAAAUAUGAAGCCUCCUCUCAUGAGAUAAAAUUACUGAUACUGUAUCUACCAGCAUGUGUUUGUAGACAUCAUUGUUUAAAACGGAGAUUCUUAGCUUCUUUUUAGCAGGGAACCAAUCUGUAUUCUAGGCAUUAACUCAAUAACCCAUUAUUCAAUAUACAAAGUCGCUCAGUGGCCCAUUCUGUAAGUAUUAUCAUUAACAUUGAAAUGUAUAUUUCAAAAUACGUUUAUUAUAAUUAUUUAUAAAUUGCCAGCAAUUUCCACUGAGCUGUACAAUAGGUGGACUAACAAAAAAGUAGCUGCAACAAGACGAGUUGGACAGGAACAGAAGGUGCUAAGGGCCCUGCUCAAACGUGCUUACAUUCUGAAGGGAGUGGGCUAGUUUUACACAAGGGGUAAGGGUAAGAUAUAUUUCAUGUAUGGGAAAAGUAGGUUGCUAGAAGAAUUUAUAAUUAAGUAUUGUUUUUUUUAUAUUAAUUAAAAAUAUAUUGUAGCGGAUCGGCAGUAUUAAAUCCACGAAUUCCGCUUGUUCAGAAAGUAAUCCACAGUCAAGCACUGAAAAGCAAGGCAAUAUCCCCAAAUCUCCCAGUAACCGGACGAAACACAGUUCUGAGAGUCAACUGCAGGCUUUAUUCACAGGCUCCACAAUUUAUACAAUUCCCCAUGCAAGGGGUUUCCUGAGUAACAUCCCAGGGGCAUUCCCAGAGUGGACUACAUGGGAAACUUAAUGUACAGAGCCUUUCCCCCAUCAGGCACUGCUGCACGAGAGGGAUCCUCCCACUGGAAUGUACCGUUAAGUGGAUUAUCCCUCCGUGCAGCAGAACCGGCAAUUUACCUUAAAAUGUACAGUUCUUUGACUAUUUAGUCUAUUUGCACGAAUGGACGUUCGGUAGAUAUCUGGGGUCUGAGCGCAUCAUUCAUGGGAUUACCGCUCAGAUCCCAGCUAAAAUAACCGAACGCCGCACGAAAAACACAUUUAUUAAAACACACAUUCAAAAGACCGAUGGAAGUAUAGGGAAUAAAAUACCGAACGGCCUGGAACUCCCGAACGGCCUGGAAGCUCAGCGGUGUUCGCGCCGUCGAGUAGCCGUUUUCAGUACCACGCGCUCGACGACCAAACACCGCUGAGGGAACAAAGGAUCCAAGAUGGCCGACCGCCGCAUGGUCGGUAGUCGAACGGCGACCACCUAGGAGAGCCUCUAGUUACCGAUUGCAACAUUGUUGCAAUCGGUUAACAAGCGCCACACGUCUCUAAGUGUGUGGGCUAUUACAUGGUGGUUAUUUCGGUUCACGAACGGCCCGCAAAGGUGCCGUUCGUGAAACAAAAUGAAAUACAGCUAUCUGCGUUCGGCAGAUAGCCAAUACAGGAAAUACAAGGUAUUACAGCCAGCAUACAUUAUACUUAGUCACACUCAUAUCCCACAACCAUACAGGCAACCCUUAAAGGUACAGUCUCUUUAUAUUGUCCAAGUGGCUAGGUUUGCCACAUAUAUAUAUUUAUAUAUGCCCACAUCACAAAAGAUUUUUUUGGGAUAGCAAUAUUGUAAUUAGAUUAAAAUAUUUUCAGAAGAUAUACCUAUCUCAGUAACUUAUUCUGAAUAGAGAGAUGAUGGCUUAAACAGUAGUGUAAUGUAGACUCAAAAGGAUAAGGCUAAUUUUAGUUAGUAUGAAUGCAGCACAAGCUUGCUUAGUAAAAUAAAAAUACUAGACUAAAGAUUUAGAUGAUAGUAGGCACAACUAGUAAAGUGGAGCCUAUCCGUAGACAGAAGGAGGCAGGUUUAUUGGAACAAAAAGUGCAACGUUUUGGCCUAUACUUUUUGUUCUAAUAAACCUGCCUUCCUGCAGCAAUCCUGAGUGCCUGGGCUUAAUCUAUUUGAUCUACUAAAUUGGGUUUUGCCAACCCUAGCCCUGAUAAGCACCUAAAUUCCUAAGUGUGAGUGUGGUAUCCUCUGUUUGUAAGUGGCUCCUAUUAUAUAGACAGGGGUAUCCACACAUCAUCAUCUGCUCAAGGAACAAUUGUGCCCCAAUAUCAAUCAGUCAAGUUAACCUUCCUGCCUGAGGUUGUUGCACCAUAACUCAAGUAGUAGCUAUAGGAGUGAAAGCGAUGUGGAUGUCUCAGAUAGAGCCAGUUCACUCUCUUCCAUCUGUGAUGGUAGCGGGAAAGACGAAUGCAACAGGAGGUACAUCUUCUGAUAGCCCUUGGUGUAGAGAGUAGGUUAAAUUGUAACUUCUGCUCAGGCCACCAAAUCAAUAGACUCUUGUGCGUCUUCUGCAUAUGUGGGGCAAUGGAAGCUGUCUUCCCAUUAUUUACAAUGGAGCCAUUUUCUGUCCUCAGUUGAGUGAAGACAUGGACCCCAGACUUUUGGCGGAGCCACAUUUGCUUCCAGAAAUCCAAGCAUAUGCUCAAAUGCUUCUAGAAGUCCUGGUUAGACUGUGUAUGUCUCCCCUGCUUCACAGUAGCCUCCACCAUGUGCACAACCGCAGAAGGUGCCCAGACAUAUUAGGUAAGUAUUCAGUGAUCUGUCUGCUUGUGUGCUUAAAAAUGGCUCUAGUUGAGAAACUGAAUUAGGUAGCAUCAUUAUAACCCUCCCCAGCAAUGAGGAAAGGGGCAAGAAACUCUGCAAGAGCAUCCAGCUCUCAAGAUAGGUAACGGAAAUUUUUUAAUAGCAAAGGGCGGUGUACAGAAUGGAUUCUAUAGUCGUGAGAGAAAAAAAAAGUCCCAAGAUUAUUCGGACUAUAGAUACUCUUUAAAAAAGGUAGUCAGAGGUGCGACUGUGAACAGAGGAUAGGCACUCUGUUCAGCACUGUGGAAGGACCUGGAGGAGGCAUACCUGUGUAUUAGUGAGGAUAGGAAGAUAUGAACAGUAAAUUAUGAGACCCUUUCCAAUGCUAGGUGAGACUUUGUUGCAAUAGCGAAGGUAAUUUUGCUACAAUAAACUAUUUAUCGGGAACAUUUUAUGGGGCGCUGCUCUUCUAACCACUGGGGACCCAUGGAAAUAGCAUGGGGACUCACAUUUUCUUGGACUGCUGGUCUAAAGGCUGAUUAAGCAUCAUGGGUACUGUAGUCUACAAACAACUGUGCUAGGAUUGGCCAACACUGAGAAAUGUUCUUUCAUACUAGUAACAACUUCUCUAUCAGAUUUCCUAUAUUUAUUUUGGCUACUGUUAGUGAUUACAUUGACCUUUUUACUGAGUGACUAAGUAUGAAUUAUUCAUUAACGGAAAUUUUUUUACACAUAAGGAAAUUUUCUUGCAUGAGAGCACUUUGCUUACUUGUUUUAUUCGAGGACGAGUUAACAAUCAGAUGUUCAGAAUUGUGGACUAGUAAAGUGGCAAAAUAACCAAGCCAAGUGUCCAGGAGGGAGUCCAACAACAAGGAAUUCCAAAGGCACAAUAAAUUAAAGUAAUGAAGUUCCUAAAAAUACAACAACAUAUCUCCAUAAUUAACCAGUGUGAUGGAACACAGAACUGAAAGUGUUUUGUGCUUUUAUAGAGAAGGUGCUAAGAAAAAGGUGUUCGGACCUUGUAGCUGUGUGAAUACAUAUAUACUGUAUAUAUGAAUACAAAAUACAUAUAGUAAUGUGGUACAAUCCACCAGGCUCUCCAGCUCAGCGGUUCCCAACCCAGUCCUCAAGUACCCCCUACCAGUCCAGGAUUUAGGGAUUACCCUGUUGUGUCUAAAGUAGACAUGUGCAAUUAGUUUUGUAACAAAUGUUAAUUUGGAAAAUUUCGGGCAAUUUGGACAUUCGGAUACUUCCGAAUGUCUGAAUUGCAGAAGUUCAGAAGUGCCGAAGUUCUGAAGUGUCGAAGUUCCAAAGCAAAGUAUUGCUGAAGUACUAAUAUACCUACCCAGUGGAAGAAUGAAGAAUGUUACACUGUAUACAAGUUUAAAUAAAAAGUAUACAAACAUAGCCAGGAUUCAGCUGUAAGCAUUUGCAACACUUACAACAAUCAAGUAACACACAUUCAUAUAAAAUGUAGGUUACUUAAUAGCCAAUCAAUGGAAUGACAGGAAUAAGUAGAUAACUCUCUAAUUCCCACGCUAUUAGGGAGCUAUCUCCUAAAAGGCUGAAAGACCUAAAUUGGUCUUUCAGCCAAAUUUACUAAUACUAAGUAAAGAUUACUUAGUUUUAGUAAAUUAUGCCACUACUCGCUAUACAGCGAAUAGGGGUAUGUCUAUUAAACAGGCUGCCGCCUCCCGAGCCCCCACCCGUCCUGCGCAAGUGGGGGGCUUUUAACCUGAAGGGGGGACCUAUUGCCCCCGGCCCCCACCCCUAAACGCCGGGUGAGGGCCCUUAAGGGCCUCCCCCCAUUCCCCACCCCUGAGGGUCCCUAAAGAAGAAUAAUGGGGGGGACCUAUUGUCCUCUCCCUCGGCCCCCACCCCUGAGGAACAUUUGCUUAUUUUUUUUGGAGCAUGCUUGAUUUUAAUCCCUGUUCUUGUUCUGUCUUUGGUGUGCCUACCUCUGGGUUCUUUACUUAUUACUCAUAUUUGCAGAAUUUUCUCACCCUGGUUUUUUUAUUUAAUGCAAAGUUUGCAUCCUGAGCCUUUGGGUCAUUGCAGUCAUUCUUUACGGACUGAUUGCCAAGUAUCCAAAUUUGAUUUGGAUUUUGGGCCUUUUAGAACACAUAUCUGUUAAUUAGGGGCUUAACUUGUUCAUCGAAGUCCUCUGCAUGAGGUGGAGGUAGUGUUGUCCUGAUCGAGAUUCUGCACUAUUCCAUUUUCUUCACAAUGCACCCUGGAUGUAGCUUUGACAGACAGGGAUCGUUGUACCAUUUUAGUACAGUCAUGAAGACCCAACCUGCCAUGUUAAAAAAAAAAAAAUAUUGAAAACCUUGAAAUAUCCCUAAAAAACUUAAACCAGGCAUGGCAAAAUACUGAUCUAAACUGUUACCUCUUCUGGACACAGUUCCUCACUUGUUCCUUUAUGUCCACUCAUAAGAUGUUAUCUGUGUACGUUUGUUUGCACUGUCUUGUUACUGUAUUUCCAUUAGAAUACAACCCUGGCACUGUGGUAAAGUGAACCAGAACCCAUUGGUGGAGUUUAUCACUGAUGCCUGGUUUUCCUGAAAAGUUAAGUCUGUGGUUUGCAUAGACACUUCAUUACAGGUGGUCCACCAGUCUAUCGUGGAUGCAUUAAAAAACAGCACUUCUAACUGAUUAUUGAGAACCUUGAGUUGGAGACUGACAUAAAUACAUGAAGGGUAGCUAACUCUUUCCAUGUUUGAAGGAUCAAAUAGCUAUCAGAGCAUAAACCGAAGGAAAAAAUGCAUAUUUAUGAUUUCUGGUGAAAUGUUUAAAUAUAUGUUGGGGAAAAAAAUAAAAGGUUUGUCAAGGGAGCCCAGAAAGCCAUAUCCAGGAGUCCAGGAGUAUGGCUAUAUGAAGCUCACACCUUUUAUUAUUAUACAACAGGUGAUUUGAAUUCUAGAAUGUACAUGCUAGCGGCCCUGCUGCCUGUAUCGCCCCCCUGUAUGCCUGCUGGCAGGAGGCCUGACGCGUGGCCUCCUCACGCAUUCAAGUAUGAUUGAUAUUGGCAUGUUUCAGCCCGUGGAUGCAUGAAUACAAGCAGACGUUUUCUCCUUGAAAUCGCAGCCCGUACAAAGGGAGUAAAAUACUAUAGUAUAAUGAGUCUAAUCACUCCAGCGUUGUACAGCUCAGCCAGACAAAGGCCUGCAUGUGACACACACUGACGUGACCCAGAAACGAAUGCUCAAAAGUGUCCACAUUAGCAAAAAUGGCAAAAAAUGUUUUUAAAAAAAAGGUUAACUUCACAAGACAUCAUGAUUACAUAACGAUAUUUUUAAAAAAUGUAAUUUUGUCUUGUCUUGUAUUAAAUAUAUAAAAACAAUAGCCCUGGAUGCCUUUUGUAGUUCUGCUGGUAAUUCGUUCAGUGCAUUCAAUGAAGCCAAAGCAUUAACGUCAACCAAUAAUAACUGUAUUAACUGCUUGUGUCAUAUGUUCUCUUUGUUCUACCUUAGCUACAAAAAUGUUUUAGAAAAAAAAAAAAAAUAGUGCAAAACGGUAGCAUGUAGUCACCUCCCUCAAGCCGGACAACCCUUCUCCUGCCGCAUGGUCCGACUGCUCCGUGCAGCAUGGCAUCUAUAAAUUAAAAUUAGACUUACCCUUCAGGCACUGCUGAAUCGUUCCCCUGUGUUCGUCGGCGCCCAGCCACAACAGUGAGACCUUCAGACGCUGCCCACUUAUAAAUCACGUCCUGUCAGGAUUACUGUUGAUCCAGCACGCAGAAUAGUAUCACACCUAGGACUAAGGGUAACGUCUAACCAGACUUAACGUACUGCAGAAUAGUCAAAAUACUUGCCGAAGUCAGGGACCCAGAAUGAGACACAACAAAACCAAAGGAUACCAGAAAUCAGGGAAGUCAAAACGAAGCCAAAGUCAAAUACCAGAAAAACACAAUCAGGAUCACACGCUCAGAUAGCCAGCUGGUGGAAUUCACGACAGGGCAAAGAUGAAAUAAAGAAAUUGACUUUUAUAACCCUUGCCUAUAAUUCAUUGGUGGACAGGGAUCACCUGACUCCAGAAUGUGAGUGUGCGCUCUUUGUGUGGCUGCACACGCACGUCUGCGUGACCUCUAACCCUGAUGGAGGCAGGGCUAUAUCUUUUAUUGCUUUUACAGUGGCCGGCGUCCAUAGGAACGCCGCACUUGCUGGGGAUGGAGGCGCCGGCGGAUCUGGGUGUGAUCCGCCACAACUUAGGUAAGUUUAUUUUUUUUUUGUUUAAGUGGCCGCACCGAUCGGGUGCGGCCAUGUGGUGUCGACAGAAACAUCUCUGACGGCAUGGCUGCUUAGUUUGAGCCGUGACAUGUCCUUAAAUAAAUCUUAGACGUAAUGUCACUCCCGCCCUUAAAGUGACCACGUCAUAAUUGAGAUCCUGAUCUGUUUUGAGUCGCAAUGAUGACGUGGACCAAUCAGAACACAUGUAAACCUGUUUAUGGCUUGCGUUGGCCCCUAUUCUUUCCUGUAGUGCUCCUAGAGAUUCCAUUUCCUGUGUCUAACCUCGGCUUCAUAUUUUACUUGUGAUUUCUGGUAUCCUGACCCGGCUUCGUAUUUGACCUUUGAUUUCUGGUAUCCUGACCCGGCUUCGUAUUUGACUUGUGAUUUCUGGUAUCCUAACCCAGCCUCGUAUUUGACUUGUGCUUUCUGGUAUCCUGACCCGUACUUCAUAUUUGACUUGUGAUUUCUGAUAUCGUGACCUGGCUUUGUAUUUGACUUGUGAUUUCUGGUAUCCUGACCCAGCUUUGUAUUUGACCUGUGAUUUCUGGUAUCCUGACCUGGCUUCAUAUUUGACCUGUGAUUUCUGGUAUCCUGACCCAGCUUUGUAUUUGACUUGUGAUUUCUGAUAUCGUGACCUGGCUAUGUAUUUGACCUGUGAUUUCUGGUAUCCUGACCUGGCUUCAUAUUUGACCUGUGAUUUCUGGUAUCCUGACCCAGCUUUGUAUUUGACUUGUGAUUUCUGGUAUCCUGACCCGGCUUUGUAUUUGACUUGUGAUUUCUGGUAUCCUGACCCGGCUUUGUAUUUGACUUGUGAUUUCUGGUAUCCUGACCCAGCUUUGUAUUUGACUUAUGAUUUCUGGUAUCCUGACCCGGCUUUGUAGUUGACUUGUGAUUUCUGGUAUCCUGACCCAGCUUUGUAUUUGACUUGUGAUUUCUGGUAUCCUGACCUGGCUUUGAAUUUGACUUGUGAUUUCUAGUAUCCUGACCUGGCUUCGUAUUUGACCUGUGAUUUCUGGUAUCCUGACCCAGCUUUGUAUUUACUCUUUUUUUGGAUAUCUGACCUUUGCUUUUCCUGACCUUGCUUCUUGCUAUAUUAAUCUGUUAAAUCUGGCCACUCCAAGGCUAGGUAAUAUGAGUUUUGGAUCCACCUUUUGUAAGUUCCCACUCUUCUUGUGUGUUGGAGUACAACUCCCGUGACAAAAACUUACUGCAUUGCUCCAUUAGCAUCAGUCCGAGCCAUUGGUUAUCAGUAUUGGUGUUUCUGGUAGCCUCUUAUUUCCACCGGCGCCAGGCACUGCCAGAGCUACAAUCAUUUGACACUGAUCAGAUUAAAAUAAUAAAAUAAAUUAAAUUGGGGGUUUCAGAACCUCUGGAUCUGGAAGAGAAGAGAAAUAUUUGACUACACUAUAUGCAAAUCCUGCUUCCUCCUUGCCCAGAGCUGAAUCCCCCAGAAGAGACUGGGCUGCACUUACCUUAUCAGACUUCCCUGAGUCAUGAAACUGACUCAUGCUAAAUAUUUGUGUUACAUUAGUUCACAGGUAGCUUUCUAUACCUGCCAACAGCCCAGGGCCCUGGCACUCGAUACUGCAAGAGGGACAAAUUGCAGACAUAGCUUGCAUUCCAUUUCUGGGUGAAUGAACCAGCAGGUGUAGUGUUUAUUUGGAAUGAAGUCAUUCUAGACUAAUGCCCUCGGCCAGCAGCAAGGACAACAUCAAGUUGCCUAAACUGUGUUUUUCAUUGUCAAACACAUUGUAGCGUUACAACUGUUGUUGAUUUUGAAAUGAAAAAAAAAAAUAAGCAACAAGGUCAUAAGAUUAACCUUCCUUUUUUGUUUAGUAUUUUAGUACAUGACUGAAAAAAAAAGAGUUUGAAAGUCGAGCGGUUUUUGCUUUAUAAACCCGCCCCCCACCCCCCAAAAAAUACAUUUUGCUGCAAAGUAGCAGAUGUUUUCUAGAUAGACCAUUCACAGUACUUUAUUUUUUAAUGUGUUAUAGGUUCUCCCCUUUCGAAAAAUAUAAGGUGUUUAUCGUUUCUGAGACCAUACCCUUCUUAGAGUUAACAGCUCUUGCUGUAAAAAUUAUGGUUUCAUUGUUUAAGGUAAUAUCUUCUUUAUUUUCUGUUAUCAGGGGAUAAGCUGAUGUUGCAAUUUAAUAAUUUGUGGCAAGCAGCAUAUUAAGUUAUUUUCUGACCAUCAAUAUCACAAUAGGUGCACAAACAGGGUUUGCGCAGUUAAACCCCAAUGUAGCUGGAGCACUAGCUCUUAGACGGCAGUAUAUUCUUGACCAGCCCCGCAGACCCUCAUUCCUAUGAGGGAGAUUUUGGUCUGCACCUUGAGGGGUGUUGAUCACCUUAAAUGCUACAUCCCUCGCGGUUCCUGGCCUAAAGGAGCAUUUACAGUGAUCUGCACCAGCUGAUUGCAGACCACAAGCUCCUCUUUAGAUCAAGAAAAUAACUCCACUAGGCCACCAUGGAAUAGGCCACUGACCCCACUGGACUACCAUGUCAUAGGAACAUUGCAAGGUAAGGAAGGGAGGGGAAAGGGAACUGAUAUGUUUUUUGUUUUUUACAUUUAUUACACAAUAAAUUGGAGGGAGGCUGGAACAAACACAUCCUUCCCACAGCCACAGUCACAUGAAUUCCUUAUCACUACCCACACACACAGCCACACACAUAGAAACAUAGAAUGUGACGGCAGAUAUGAACCAUUCGGCCCAUCUGGUCUGCCCAAUUCUCUAAAUACUUUCUUUAGUCCCUGGCCUUAUCUUAUAGUUAGGAUAGCCUUAUGCCUAUCCCACGCAUGCUUAAACUCCUUUACUGUGUUAACCUCUACCACUUCCUGAUAUUAUGUUAAACCUUUGCCCCUCUAAUUUAAGACUAUGUCCUCUUGUUGUGGUAGUUUUUCUUCUUUUAAAUAUAGUCUCCCGCUUUACUGUGUUGAUUCCCUUUAUGUAUUUUAAUGUUUCUAUCAUAUCCCCCCUGUCUCGUCUUUCCUCCAAGUUAUACAUGUUAAGAUCUUUUAACCUUUCCUGGUAAGUUCUAUCCUGCAAUCCAUGAACCAGUUUAGUAGCUCUUCUCUGAACGCUCUCUAAAGUAUCAAUAUACUUCUGGAGAUACGGUGGCAUGAGCACUUCUCUCUUUCUACUGCUAAUACCUCUCCCUAUACAACCAAGCAUUCUGCUAGCAUUUCCUGCUGCUCUAUUACAUUGUCUGCCUACCUUUAAGUCAUCUGAAAUAAUUACUCCUAAAUAUUGAGGUUAGUAGGGUAUCAAAUAUUCUAUACUCUGCCCUUGGGAUUUUACGCCCAAGAUGCAUUAUCUUGCACUUAUCCCUAUUAAAUGUCAGUUGCCACAGCUCUGACCAUUUUUUCUAAUUUACCUAGAUCAUUUGCCAUUUGGCUUAUAACUCCUGGAACAUCAACCCUGUUACAUAUCUUAGAAUCCUCAGCAAAAACACAUUCCUUACCAUGAGAUAAUAUUCCCUCUUUAUAAAUCACUGGUAAGACCACAUAUUAAAUAUGCUGUGCAAUUUUGGGCAUCUGUUUUAAAGAAGGAUAUUAUGGCACUAGAAAAAGUACAGAGGCGGGCUACCAAAUUAACAAAAGGAAUGGAACAAAUCAGCUAUGAAGAAACUUUAACAAAUUUAAACCUCUUUAGUUUAGAAACACAUUGCCUGAGUGGGGAUAUGAUACAGUAUACAAAUAUAUUUGGGGCCAAUACAAACCAGACUUUACAUAAGACACGAGGUUAUACGUUUAGACUGGAAGAAAUACGUUUUCAUCUAAGGCAAAGAAAAUGUUUUUUUACUGUAAGACCAAUAAGGAUUUGGAACUCUCUGCCUGAAGAAGUGGUUUUAUCAGAGUCCAUACAGAUGUUCAAACGGCAACUAGAUGCAUACUUGCAAAAACAGAAUAUUCAAGGAUAUAAUUUUUUCAAUGUAGGGUAAUAACUUCUUAAUCCAAGGAUAAAUCUAACUGCCAUUCUGGGGUCAAGUAGGGAUUUUUUUCCUAGUUUGUUCCAAAAUUGGAAGUGCUUCAGACCGGGUUUUUUUUGCCUUCUUUUGGAUCAACCGCAAAAAACAAAUGUGAGGAAGGCUGAACUUGAUGGACUCAAGUCUCUUUUCUGCUAUGUAACUAUGUAACCAUCAAGACCUUCUGCAAUAUCACUAAUAAAAAUAAUAAAGAGAAUGGGACCAAGUACAGAUCCCUGAGGUACCCCACUGGUGACAAGUACAAGCUUCGAAUAUACUCCAUUGACUACAACCCUCUGUUGCCUGUCACUCAGCCACUGCCUUACCCAUUCAACAAUAUUGGAAUCCAAACUUAAAGAUUGCAGUUUAUUGAUAAGCCUUUUAUGUGCAACAGUGUCAAAAGCCUUACUGAAAUCUAGGUAAGCAAUGUCUACUGCACCACCCUGAUCUAUAAUUUUAGUUACCCAAUCAAAAAAAUCAAUAAGAUUAGUUUGGCAUGAUCUCCCUGAAGUAAACCCAUGUUGUCUCUGAUCUUGAAAUCCAUGUGAUUUAAGAUGUUCAACAAUUGAAGAUUAUGAUAACGCAGUGUACUAACAAUCUUAAUUUUAAUAAUGACAGGAGACGAGUAUUUUGCAUUAACUUUCUUUACUAACACAAGUCCAUAACUAAACAAUUAACUUUGUAAGAGAUCCCACUGGAAAACGGUAAAGGAAAAAAAUUCCUCCCAUCGAUGUUGAUGACUUGUUAAGCUGAAAGGAAAGAGACUAGUUUUAGUGAUACGGAACCGACCGUCUGAAUAUAUAACUAUGAGCACACUUAACCCCUUAAGGACCAAACUUCUGGAAUAAAAGGGAAUCAUGACAUGUCACACAUGUCAUGUGUCCUUAAGGGGUUAAGCCGAUGUUAGGAAACAUAGGGUGUUGUUAUAAAAGAGGCAAUCCCACAUACAAUAACAAUACUCAACCCAUAAUAAUUCUCAUACCAGUAAAUAGACAUAAACCGGAGAUAGAAUUCUUCAACAUCCUCAGACUUUGUAACUUACCUCAAACCAGGGUUGGGAACAUCCAGGGGCGUACCUAGAGCAUUUGGCACCCGGGGCGGAUCCUGUGCUUGGCACCCCCCCCCCAAAAAAAACCUGUAAAAAAUGUUAAAGGUUUUAUUUCUUUUAUUUUUACAAUUUGUAAACUUUGCAAAACCGCUGUCAGCCCCUCCUACAAAACCCUUGUCCUGCCCUGCCCCUCCUACAAAACCUCUGUCCUGCCCCUUCUACAAAUCCUGUACUGCCCCAUCUACAAAACCCCCGCAACCCCCUUCCACAAAUCCCCUGCUUAUCCCCCCUUAUAAAGACUCCUGUCCCAAUACAAAACCCCCACCCCCUUCUACAAAAUUCCUGCAGCCCCACACACACAUUUACAGGCAGACAAUCACACACUCAGUUACAGACAGACAGUCACACACUCAUUUACAGGCAGACAGUCACACACAGUCACAGGCAGACAGUCACACAUACACAUUUCCUCCGUGCGGCCAGUUUAUCAGCUGUUUGCUUGAGUGAGCUGUACUGGCCGCACGGCACCCUAACUACCAUGGGACACUGUGCGGCCACAGCUCACACAGCCCCCUCCAGCCAGGGCCGGUACAAGGAUUUUUGCCGCCCUAGGCAAAAGUAAAGUUUGCCGCCCCCCAUGUGACAUCACAAUGCCCCAGCCAUAUGAUUUGCCAUGUUAACUAACGCCAGUGCUGCAGUGCCGCCGUGUUUACAUUAAAAGGCCUGCAGGGACAGGCUAUAGACACCAGAACCACUACAUUAAGCUGAAGUGGUUCUGGGGACUAUAGUGUUUCUUUAAUGUGAGGUAAAUUAGAGCUUAGUGCCACGAAUAAUAUACUAGAUUGCCUACUUACAACCAGAUGAGGAUGAUGAUGGGCUCUAGCUGCAGUCUGGCUCCACUGGUCUGGUGCAGAACAGGCUCUCUGGAGGCGGUUUGUAACUGUGGUCACAAAAAUCAAUGUUCUGGGAGAACGGGAAGCAGCUCCAUUUUUUUGGGGUCCUUUACACAGCUCAAGGUCUGGGUCCCAGGGUCCACCUUCAUGUUCCACCAAUGAGUUUGUUCACAGGGGGUGGAGUGUGUAGGGGAUGUCCUGAUAUGUGUGUAAGGAAUGCAUUGUGUGAAAUUGUGUUUGUAUGUGUAAGGACUGCAAGGUGUGUUUCUGUGUAUGUAUGGGAUGCAUUGAAUGUGUGUAAGGGGUGCAUUGAGUGUGUGUAAUGAAUGCAUUGUGUGUUUCUGUGUGUGUAAGGGAUGCAUUGUGUGUAACGGUUGCAUUGCUUGUGUAUGUGUGUCUGUGUGUUUUUCUGUGUGCAAGGGGUGCAUUGUGUGUAUGUGAUGAAUGUCAAUCUCUCCUCCCGCUCCAAUUUCCUUCUCCUCCUCCCAAUUUCUCUUUCUCACCCACCUCCCUUAUUUCUCUUUCACCCAAUUUCCCUUUCUUUUCACCCACCCCCUUUUCUUUCUCUCACUCCACUCUUUCUUUUCUACCCACCCCUAUUUCUUUCUCUCACCCCUAUUUCUUUUCUCACCCCUAUUUCUUUUCUCUACCCCCUAUUUCUUUUCUCACCCCCCUCUUAUUUCUCUUUCUCACCCCCUUAUUUCUUUUCUCACCCCUUAUUUCUCUUUCUCACCCACCCUCUUUUCUUUCUCACCCACCCCCUUUCUUUCUCACCUCUAUUUCUCUCUUUUAUUUCUUUCUCACCCCCUUAUUUCUCUCUUCUCACCCCCUUAUUUCUUUUCUCCCCUUAUUUCUCUUUCUCACCCCUAUUUCUUUCUCACUAUCUCUUUCUCACCCUUAUUUUAUCACCCUCUCUACCCCCAUUUCUCUUCACCCCUCUUAUUUCUCUCUCUCACCUCUUCUCUCCCCUCCCCCCUACCUCCCUGUAGCGUGGCCGAGCCCUGUAUAGUCCGCGGGUACAGGGAGCUUUUGUUUCCUGUACCUGGCCGGACUAACAGGAAGUGCACACUCAGUGUGCACUUCCUGUUAGUCCGGCCGGGUACAGGAGACAGCUGCUCUAUGUACCCGUCGGACCAUGCUGCAGAGAGGGAGCUGACAGGAGUGCUUCCUCCUGUCAGCCUCUCCUCAGGCUGCACCCGGGCGGUGCGGUCCGCCCUCAUGGACGCACCGCCCGGGCAAAGCUGCAGCCGCCUGAGGCUCUUCACAGAGCGCUCGGGCGGCUGCAGCAUGGGGGGGGGCGGGGCUGGCCAUGGCACCCCCCACCCUGGUGGCACCCGGGGCGGACCGCCCCCCCCGCCCCCCCCUUAGUACGCCACUGGGAACAUCCAUAAAAAAAGGGGGGGGGAGAAACUCGCCUCCUGUCAUUAUUAAAAAUAAGAUUAUUAGUACACUGCGUUAGCAUAAUCUUCAAUUUUACAAAAUGACAGGAGGCUUCAUAUUUUGCAAUUUUAAUGCUUAGGUAGAAGAGAACGCGGCAUUAGACGACGGCCGGAAGUAGAAUGUCCAAAACGUAGAUUCACGAGACCAGUCCGCUGCUUGUAAGAUAUCAGACAGAGUCGCGCCUGCCAUAAACGCAGACGAUGCCGCUGCUCCUCGCACGGAGUGAGCACCGAAAGACGUGUCUAUUCCGGCUAGAGUGAGGAGCCACCUAAUCCAUCUGGACAGUGUGGUGACCAAACCCGGACUGUGAGGGCUAACAUAUGACACCAGUAGUGGCCGGGAUGUUGACGAGCGUAACGUCUCUGUUGCCAUCACAUAUGCCCGCAAAGCCGCAACCACACAUAUUUCAGGGUCUGAGUCGAAGAAUGGGUAGAAGACCACCAACGAAUCGGAUUUAGUCCGUUGUGAAAUGCGGAAUGUGACCUCUUCCGGGCCGAUAGUAAAGGCGUCUGUAUCUAAUGCCCGUACGUCAGAGACUCGUCGGAACAAGACGAGGCACAAUAGGAAGAUAAAUUUGGCUGUCAAUUGUCGUAAGGAUAGAAGUUCGUUAGGUGGCCAUCUUCUCAGAAAUCAGAGCACCACACCCACAUCCCAUAGAUGUUGAUACUUGGGAGCUGGACGCCGUCUCAGUUUGAUGCCUCGUAAUAGUCGACAGAUCAGGGAGUCUUGACCAACCGCUCUCCCUUGGGACAUGGACUGCCGAUAUAGCGGACCUGAUGACAUUGAUGGUGCGAUAUGACUUACCUUCCUCGAAGAUUGAAGAGAGGAAGUUCAUGAUCUCGGAAACAGGAGCUGUAAAGAGGUCAAGGUCCAGUCCCACGCACCAACUGGUCCAAGAUCGCCAAGCAGAUAGGUAACUCUUUCGUGUUCCUGGGGCCCAGGAGUCCCACAGUAGGUCUUUAGUCAUUGACGAGAAGUCGUUGGUACACCAUGCUCCCCUGAAAGAGACCAGCCCACUAAGGACAGGUGUCUCUCCAGCAGCAUAGGGUGUGGGUUCCCCAUUGGGUCCCAGAGUAGGGUUGAGUCUUCCGGCAGGAGAAUUGGAUCCUCGUAAAACAUGUCGAGGAGGUCUGGGAACCAGGGUUGGCGCGGCCAUAGUGGUGUCAGAAGGGUUAUCGUCACUUCCCGUCUCCGUAUGUGGUACUCUUGCAAUCAUUGCGAAUGGAGGAAAGGCAUAAGCCCCUGGUUUUGGCCAGUGUUGGGUGAAGGCAUCCACAGCCAUGCAAUCCGGGAGCCAGCUGUUAAAACUUUGGUAGUUGAUAAUUGUUGUGCGAGGCAAACGUAUCCAAUAGGAAUGGUCCUCUUUAUUUGUUCAGGCAAGCGAAUAUCUGCGGAUUCAAUUGCCAAUCGCUGGCAUCUCUCCAAUGUCGGCAGUACCAAUCUGCAGUAAGAUUCGACUACCCUGGUAGAUGUUCGGCCCUGAUCGUGAUGUUGCGUGGUAGGCAAUAAUCAAAAAUGUCCUUUUUUAACUCUACCAAUGUCUGGGAGCGAGUCCCUCCCAGAUGAUUGAUGUAUCAUACGGCAGAGACAUUGUCCAUCCGAAGAAGGAUACAACAGUUGGAUUGUCCUUUUGCCUGGCUGCGGAUGGCGAAUUUUCCUGCCAACAACUCCAGGCAGUUGAUGUGCAUCGUGAGCUCCUCAUCCAUGUUCCUCUUGUGGAUGCAUGCCCAUCGGUAGCACCCCACCCCCAUCGUCUUGCAUCUGAUUGCGUAUGAAAUCCAGGUGGUUGCCAAAGAUGGCUCGACUAUUCCAUGCUUGCAUGCAGUUGAGCCACCAUUCGAGUUCCUAACGCACCUCAUCUGUCAGCGUAACCGGCUGGUUGCAUGAUACAGUAGUGGAGAGGGCCUGGAAAUAUGGUUUGGAUUGAGGAGGAAAGUAGAUCCAAACAAGUUGUCGGAGCGGGAUGGAAUCGAGUUUGAGGACCCUGCGGAUCUCUUUCCUGAUGGCCGUCACUUUGGAAGACGGAAGGUGGAGCGUGUAGGACCUGGAGUCUAUCUCAAAGCCCAAGAAUUGAAUUUUUUGAGUGGGAGUCAGUGCGGACUUGGCCCUGUUGACAAUGAAUCCCAGAGUUUCCAAUAAUUGUAUUGUAUAUUCGGUAUGUUGUAAUGCCAGGUUGCUUGUUCUGCAGAACAGGAGUAUGUCGUCCAGGCAAAUGAUGCAUCGGAUCCCUCGAGUUCUGAGGUGGGCUACCACCAGUUUCAGUAUCUUUGUUAAACAGUAUGGUGCGGAGCUGAGCCCAAAAGGGAGGCAAGUGAGUUGCCAUGGGAAACCGUGCCAUAGGAACCGAAGGAAAAGGCGACUGUCUUUGUGAAUUGGAAUCGACAGGUAUGCGUCUUUGAGGUCUAGAUGCGUAAACCAGUCCCCUUCUUGUAGGAGGUCUCAUAGGAAGUGGAUUCCUUCCAUCCUGAAGUGACAUUAUGUAACGUGAACGUUUAGUUCCCUUAAAUUGAUCACUGGCCUGAAGUCUCCGGUUUUCUUGCGGACGAGAAACAUGUUGCUGAAGAAGCUCUCUUGUCCGAGCAUGGGUUUGAUUGCGCCUUUCGUGCGUAAGUCGCGGAGCUCCAAUUCUAUGAGAUGAGCUUCCGUGGCAGAGAAGCAUAGAGGACGAGGGAGUUGCUUCUGUCUGGGUAGCAUCUGUAGUUCGAUGUGGUAACCUUUGACAGUCUGUAACACCCAAGCAUCUAUGGACAGUUUUUUUUCCCAAUUCUGGAAAAAAAGAGAAACACGGCCAGCAGUCAUGGUUAACAAAGGCAUUGAUAAGUGUUGAUCUCUUACCUGUGGAGAAUCUUGCGCGGGCAUGUCCACGACCUCCACAUCCUCUGUCCGAUCCCCUUUGUUAGUAGGGGUAUUGAUGUCUCGUGCCCAUUUCCGGGUAGAAUUGUUGUGGAUAGAACUGACCAGCCCUGGAAAAAACACCCCUGGAAGGGUUACCUCUAAAGACCUUGCACAUGGAGGUGCGGGCCCUGUUUAAAGAGGUGAACACAUUCAAGUGUUUGUUCAAGUCCUUCAUGAAGGCCUCUCCAGAACGUUUUCCCUGUGCCUGUGGGCUUAAUUCCUUCACCCCAAGAUCCGCCAGUCGGAGGUCGAUGCAGAAGAGUGCUGCACAGCGCCACUCUGUCGAGAAGGCCGCGUUAGUGAGAAAGCAAAAACCCCUUUGGAUUCACUCUCUAUCAUGUGCCCAUUCACGUACCAUAUCACAUUGCGUCCAGGAACUUGUCCUGUGCUCCUUUGAAGCUUCUCUCGACCCCUCUGCGUGGGUCGCAACCACCUCGUUCCAUAAAGGCCAGCAUGAGCUGGUCAAAUUACGGCAUCUUUUCCGGCAUGGAUGGCUUGGGGCAUUCCUCCCUCAUCUGUUUGCGGGCGUGUUUUUUCAGGGGUUUGCAGAUCCAGAAGUGCAUGAACUUAAGGAGGUGUUCUGGCGGAGCCCAUUCCCCGGACCCGUGGAAUCCUGCGUAGUGGACGUUGUAGACGUCUCGGCAUCCCCCUUACUCUGGGGCUCACCCAGAAAGGUCUCCAUGACAUAGGCGUUGGACCCCAAUCGCCGUUGUCGGAGUCUGAGACCUCUGCCUGCCACUCAUCCAAGAUGGAGAGGGAGUGGGGCAUAUCCCUCUCUGAGGAAACAUCUCGGGUAAAUGUGCGGGCCGUGGGCACAGAGCGCUUACUGCGUUUGAGGAGUGCCUUACCCUUGCUAGUGACUUUUCUGGAAUCCUCGCCCUUCCAAUGGCGUUUCGCCGAGCGUGUCCUCUCUUUGGAGGAGUCAUCAGUCUCUUCUGAGUCUUCCCUGCCAUGGGUACUUUUGGUAGCUGGCUUGAUAGCAUCAGAGGCCGCUUUUGCCAUAGCCUUUUCCAGGGAUGCGGCCACUGCCGCAUUGAUCAUGGCCUGAAGGUCUAUGGGGUUCUGUGUAUCUUCCAUGGUAUUUGGAAUACUAACAGGCACAGGUAGGAGAGGUAGAGGGACCGGUUGGGAGGGACAUGACAGGCUGUAGACCGUAGGUUACGCACAGCCUAAUGGCGUGGUAAAACAGACUUGUAUAAUCACUAGGGCUUACCCAGGAGAUCGGAAUUGCUUCAACAGAUUCCCUUUAAGCAGCACUCUGGGAAUUACCCAAAUGGGGCUCACCCUUUGCCAGAUUACUAGGGUAUACCUGACUGGCAGUCCCACUCCCCAGGGGUUAGUACACCAACCUGAACAGGUCCCUGUGACAAUCUGACAAACAUCACCGCUGGAUUGCAAGUUGCAAGCUUCCAAUGCCGAUAGCCUCUUCUUGAUUAGAGUUAACAUCCACCAUAAACCAACAAAAUGGCCGCCGUGGAUCUCGCGAGAACUGGGCUAACAACCCACAGAAAAAACCCACACAGAAAAAAACCCGCGAAAGGUGUUCAAGGGAAACAGGUGAACUUCAGGGAAAGAAUGGAAGCGGUCGGCAGAAUUCUAAUGAACGGACCGCAGAAUGCACACAGUGAUUAGAACACCACGAACGGAGAUCCACGAACAAUAAGUCGUGCAGCUACCCAAACGUUUGUACAGACUAGGCACGAAUGGGAAACCUUGCGAACAGCCCGUUCGUGCUGAAAUGCACGAAACAAGUAAAUUCCCUGUCUGUUCACAAUGAAUUCAGUGCGAACAGCGCGAGAAAGCUAAUGAAAGUGGCGAACGUAGCCACCAGGGUGGGAGAGGGGGAAAUAAAGGCCGCCUCAGAGAAGAGAGGGCCUGUGGAGAGAGGAGCCAGAACCUCCAAUGGGUAAUAGCCCUACUCAAGAGGUUAAAUAAAGGUAUCCCCUGCCACCCCCACAGGAAAGGAAAAACUGAAUCUUACAAUGUAGAACAGUUCUAAGUACUCAAUUAAAACACAGUUAUAGAAUCAGUACUCUGACCUGACUUGUGCAGCAAAGAAAAAGGAAAUGAUCUGGAUGCGCUUUCACUUAUAUACACUCUGACUGUGUUCUGACUGGUUCUUUAUUUCAAUGAUUUUUUUCUUUGCUGCUAUGGAGUUAGUAAAGAAAGUUAAUGCAAAAUAUGAAGCCUCCUGUCAUGUGGUAAAAUUCUGUUCUUUAACAUGGUUUCCAUCAAUGUUCCCACUACUGAAGUAAGGCUUACUGGCCUGUAGUUGCCCGACUCCUCCCUACUACCUUUCUUGUGAAUGGGUACAGCAUUCGCUAAUUUCCAAUCUUCUGGGACUACUCCUGUUAAUGAUUGGUUAAAAAAAUCUGUUAAUAGUUUUGCUAGUACACCACUAAGUUCUUUUAAUAACUUUGGGUGUAUCCAACCAGGCCCCAUCGACUUAUUUGUCUUUACUUUUGACAGUUGAAAUAGAACCUCUUUCUCUGUAAGCUCACAUGUACCAAAAAUCCAUUUGUCGCUUUUCUUAACUGAAGUCCCUCUCCUUCAUUUUCAUCUGUAAAUACUGAACAAACAUAUUCAUUAAGGCAGUCAGCUUUUCUUUUCUUAUUUAUGUAUCUAAAAUAUGUUUUAUCCCCUUUUUUACUGACUGUGCUAUUCUAUCUUCUGUGUGUGUUUUGGAAGCUCUUAUAACUUGCUUAGCCUCUUUCUGCCUAAUCUUAUAGAUCUGUCGGUCUUCCUCACUCUUUUUUUAUAAUUACUAAAUGCUAAGUUUUUGUUUUUUACUAUUUUGGCCACUUCUGCGGAGUACCACAGUGGUUUCUUAAUUUUUCUGUUAUUCCUGACAAAUUUUCUGUUGUCUUCAGCAGUGCAACUUUUAAAUAAUCCCAUUUCUCCUGGACUUCAUUUAAACUGCUCCAAUCUGAUAAGGACUCCUUUACGCAUAUUCUAAUUUUAGAAAAGUCUGGUUUUCUAAAAUCUGAACCUUUUGUUUUUGUGUCACUUUUCUUAUAUUAAACCACACUGACUGGUGAUCUACAUCAGUCACAGCUACCCACACACAGUUACAGACACCAGCCACAGCUACCUACACACAGCAAAACACAUUGGCUAACCAUGAACAAGUACAUACAUCACUUACAGCAACCCACAUCCACUUGCACAUAAACAGAGACGCUAUCACUUUAGCAGUAAGCCGUACACAGCCACAACACACAUCACACAACUACGCCACCUAGAGCCACCCUACAUUUAAACACAACACACAUGCUGUCACCCUUCACACAUCCAGUGAAAGAAAUGGUCUGGGCACACCGGGUGGUUCUUUAGUAGGCAGUCUUAUUUGGAGUGCAGAAAAAAAUAUGAUUUUUAGAUCCCCUGUGCCAAGUCAUUGACCAAGACACAGGGGAGCCAAAACUUAGAUUUUUUUCUGCACUCCAAAUAAAGACUGCCUACUAAAGAAACCACCAAGUGUGCCCAGACCAUUCCUUUCACUACUACGUCAGCAUGGGACAUUGGUAUACCCUGUUUGGAGCACCAUGCUGGAAGUAUUCCCUGAGCAGUUGAUGUGAGCAAUAUUCUCUCAAACCCCAGAACACCCAACGCACAUCCAGGCAUACAGCGCCACAACAUACACAUCACAUACAGCUACGACACUAAAAGCCAUCCUACACCUAAACAACACACACAGUCACCUUCACACACACAAACACGAUGCACACAGUGUCACCCUACACACACACAACCUUUUUUUCCCCAUCUAGAAAGCACAACCUUUGAAAGGAACACCCCAAGUACUCUACUACAAUCAUCUAUAGUGGUUAUGGUGCCAAGAGAGCUCUGGUGCCCUCACAAAGUAAGUAGUAAAACCAUUAAAAAUGUUUGUUGUUUUUUUUAAAUCAACUUCUCUGGGUCCUUCCAGGCACAUGCUGCUGCGCCGCCUCCCCUACUGUCGAAAUGUCCUGCCAUUAAGUCAGGCCUGGCCAUGUAGGGCUUCUCUCAUUGGCUGAGAGCCCUCAUCUGACACUCUAAACCAAUCAGCUGGCCAUGCACAAUAGAACCUCGCACAGUGACGCUGAGGGAAGCUCCAGGACCAGAAGAGGUACCUGGCGGGACCCAUGUAUCUCAUGUAGACCAUCCUUACAUGCUUUGACUAACUGCUCUGGAAGGAACAGCAGUGCACUCUGGGGACUAUAACCACCAGUGUGAGUUAUGGUGAUUGAAGUGUCCCUUUAUUAAAUAUUCACCUUAUAUAAAAUGAAAAAUAGCCAAGAGAAAAGGAUUCCGCGGUGCACAUUAUUAUGAAAUGUGUUUUCACAGCGAUUGGCAGUGAAAAUGCUAAAUAUCUUUGUAAUAACUAGUUUUGUUUCUCAGAAGCCUUUCUAGUUUACAGGGUCUUCCGUAAACUCUCUCCUUUUGUUUGUUGCCCAGUAACCUGUAACACAGUAGACCUGGCUAAAAUUGAUGCCAUUUACGGGAAAAGCUAGGGGGAUGUUCUUAACAAAGAGACAACAUUUAUUUUGUCUCGCAGCAUUAAUUUCUUUAACAGGAAAUAAUCUUAUGAUUUCAGUUGUCGCUGGCUGCAAGUAAAAGAUGUUAUAUGGCUCUUUCCUUCCAAAUAACUGUUUCUGAUUUGUAAUUAGCCACAUUUAAAUCACCACAGUAAACUUUGGUAGAAUGGGAGAAUGUCUGUCCUAUGAUACAGCAAUCUGACGGUGAAACAGUGCAACAAUGCCUGUCCUCUGCUGGAAUGGUCUGGCAGUACUUGUCCUCUGCCAAAACAGCCUGACCGUGCCUGUCCUCUGCCAAAACAGCCUGACCGUGCCUGUCCUCUGCCAAAACAGCCUGACCGUGCCUGUCCUCUGCCAAAACAGCCUGACCGUGCCUGUCCUCUGCCAAAACAGCCUGACCGUGUCUGUCCUCUGCCAAAACAGCCUGACCGUGCCUGCCCUCUGCCAAAACAGCCUGACCAUGACUGUCCUCUUCUGGCACAGCUUGACCGUGACUGUCCUCUCCUGGAACAGCCUGACCGUGACUGUCCUCUCCUGGAACAGACUGACCAUGACUAUGCUCUGUCGGCACAUCCAAAUCGUGCUUGUGCUCUGCCGAAACAGUGGGGCUUGGUUUUCUCCUGUAAUGGUCCAUGUUUGCCUAUUUUUGUGAAUGAGCGGUUUACUAAUGGCCUGUCAUCCUGUGGAUGUGAAAACAUAAUUUGACACUUGAAGCUGUUGAGUGUUAAAAGCCCACCAGCUCAUUACACACUCUGACAGUAUUCCUUCCAUCUACGACCAUCUCCUUUUAAAUCGUGUAUUCCAAUUUGCCCUUUGAAUAGUACACGUACUCCGUACAUAGCAGUAAACAUUAAUAAAUGAAAAUAGCUUUCUUCUGAACGUACCUCUUCAUUCUGCGUCUCACAGGCAGACCUUUUAUUGGUUUUAAAUGAUACGUUGACUUGUUUCUGCAUUUAUCUUUUAGAGGGAUCCAUUUUCUAAUGUGUUUUGUCCAUUAUGCAGUAAACAAAAAAUACAUUUUAAUAAGAUUGUUUUUUUGUUUUUUUUUCAAACAUAUGCAGCAUUGCCCACAAAUAUGCUGUUCUCUCCAAGCUUCUAUAAAAACUUGAAAUUCUCCAGGAGAUACGACUAUCUCAAAUGAAUGAAAACCAUCGUCUGCUUCCAUUCACUUAAAAAAGCUAUAUUAUUUAAAUGUCCUCUUUCUAGAGCUGCUGCGAUGGAUUUUUUAAAAUUCUUUUUAUUUUAUAUUAGAAAAGGACUGCUCUGUGUGUUUGUAUUGUGCAGAACCUUCUGACAUUAAAUUUCAAUUAUUAUUUAAAUUUUUUUUGCUAGUUUGUUUGCUCUCUUUUUGUCGGAUUAGGAAAACAAGGGAUGUGCUCUGGCGCAAGUAAUUUUAGUAUUUUGCACAAAAAACGUCUCAUCAUGUAAAAUAAAAUGAACAUGCGCUAUGCCUCUCCAAACUGUGCUCCCACCCCAUAUGUUACUGAACUACAACUCCCAUGAUUCUUUCAAUAAAACAGAUAGCCAGGGAAUCAUGGGAGUUGUAGUUCAGCACAUCCUGAGGGCCGCGGGCUGGCCAGCACUGUGCUAUCAAAACGGUGUAAAAUUAAGGGUGCCCUGAUACGUCUGAACUACAACACCCAUAAUUCUCUGCUAUUCAUAGACUUGCAGAACAUCGGGUGGGAUUGUGCAAGUCAAGAGGGCUGCUCGAUCUGAUACAAUUUCAUGUUUAGAUGCUUUCAAAUUGUGAUAUGUACAUUUAUGAUAAUGUAGUGUAAUCUAACCUCAGAUUACAGAAAUUUUCCAUUUUGCUUUUACUUCUGAAACUGUGUUUCCGCGGAUAAUAAAUAUGGUAAUAUGUAUUUACUGAUCGUAUACAGAAAAGGAAUCCUAUCUUCUAACCAUUUUGGUGAAAUAUGAAGCGCCUAAAAGAAUGCCCCACACUAUAGUUAGUCAUAACCUGGAUGUCAUCAUACACAUUGACCUGGUCGUCUUAUUAUGGGUCUCUGUGAUUUUCUUUACCCCACCCAGAGGAGAAUGUCUAAUCUACGGUCCUGGAGAGAUUCGAGACGCAGCCAAAUUCUCUGUCAGUUAAAUAUUGACCAAGGUGCCAUUAGUGGAAAAUCACAAGGGCCCUGCUCCCUGCGGGAGGUUUGGCUGCCUUUGUUUAAACAAUUACAGGAGAAGGUAGUGGAAUGUAGGAACCUGUACUGUUUAAAAUAGAAAUACUGUCCGAAUUAUUCCACUUAUUAAACCUUAGGCAAAUGUGGGGGAAUUGUGCCUGGCCAAAUAUAUUCCUUAGAUAAAUCUAUAUUUUCUUUCAUCAGUGUGAGUGGGGAGGGGGGGACACAACAUCUUUGCAGAUAUUAAACUAUAGGAGUAGGCACUUCUUAUACAGAGACUGAUCUAUAGAUAAUAACUUCUUAUACAGAGACUAAUCUGUAGAUAAUAAACUUCUUAUACAGAGUCUAAUCUGUAGAUAAUAAAUUUCUUAUACAGAGUCUAAUCUGUAGAUAAUAAAUUUCUUAUACAGAGACUAAUCUGUAGAUAAUAAACUUCUUAUACAGAGUCUAAUCUGUAGAUAAUAAACUUCUUAUACAGAGACUAAUCUGUAGAUAACUUCUUACACAAAAGCUAAUCUAAGGAUACACAUUUCUUAUACAGAGACUAAUCUGUAGAUAAUAGCUUCUUGUACAGAGACUAAUCUGUAAACCAUGUCUUAUAUUCAAAGUGAAUUUCAAAGUAGCUGAACUGAAGGAAAGCUGACUUUUAUUGUACACUUAAAUUUAUGGGCGGAGUGAUUCCAUCUAUAGAUGGUGUCAUGUAAUGUACACCUCAAUCUAUGGGCGGAGUCAUUAUUUGUACAGACCAAUCUAUUGGAAGAGUGAUUUCUAUUACACCCAAAUUAAUGGGCGGAGUCAUUGCUUGUACACCCCAAUUAAUGGGUGGAGUCAUUUCUUGUAUACCCCAAAUAGUGGGCAGACUCAUUUCUUGCACACCCUAAUUAAUGGGUGGAGUUAAUUUCUGUACACCCAAUUUAUAUGAAAUUCUAUUUUACUCGUGGGACCCUUUGACAUGGUGUAUCAACAUCGUGGACCCCACUCCCCCCGGGAAAAAAAAAUACAUUUAAAAAUUAUGCGGUUUUUUUGGUAUGUGCUUGUGUGUGUCUGUGUGUCAAGAGGUGUAUGUAUCUGUGUUUGUAUGUGCCAGUAUUUGUAUCUGUGUGUGUGUGACACACAGAUACACACACACACACACACACUAGCACAUAGUGGCACACAGAUACACACACCUUGACACAGUGUGUAUCUGUGUUUGUGUGUGUAUUUGUGUUUGUAUGUGCCAGUGUGUAUGAAUCUGAUACACAGAUACACACACACUGGCACACAGAUAAACACCCAUUGACACACAGAGUGUAUCUGUGUGUGUGUGUGUGUGUAUGUAUCUGUGUGUCAAGGUGUGUGUAUCUGUGUGUAUACAUGUAUCUGACUCACAGAUACACACACACUUGCACAUAGUGGCAUACAGACACACACACCUUGACACACAGAUACACACACUCAAAUAUACACUCAGAUGCACACAGUGACACAUACACACAUCUUGGCUCACAAAUACACACACUCAGAUACACAUACACUGACAUACACACAAACACACAUAGGCACAUAAAAACACACUGAUUUAAACUGGCAAAUAAACACACACAUAUAUUGACAUACACACACAGAUACACACAGUGACACAUACGCAAACCCCUGACACACAGAUACACACACUGACACACAUACUCUUUGACAGACACACAUACACUCUCACUGACAAAUACAUUUACUCUUUGACAGACACACAAACACAUACAAACUCCCUAACAGACACACAUACAAUUUAUAUAUAUAUUUUUAAAAUUUUACUCCACCCAGCCUCCCUACCAUUGGGUCUGGCAUGGAGUCUCUAUGUCCCUGUGGUCCAGUGGGGCUGCUGGGGUGAGCAGGCAGACCUUGGGGUCCAGUGGGGCUGCUGAGUUGCUGGCGUGCGGUUCCUGUGGUCCAGUGGGGCUGCUGAGCAGCAGGUGUGCAGUCACUGGGGUCGAGUGGGGCUGCUGAGUGGCUGGUGUGCGGUCCCUGGGGUCCAGUGGGGCUGCUGAGUGGCUGGUGUGCGGUCCCUGGGGUCCAGUGGGGCUGCUGAGCAGCUGGUGUGCGGUCCCUGGGGUCCAGUGGGGCUGCUGAAGGGCUGGCGUGCGGGCGGCGAGGGAGCAGUAAUCUCCCUGCUCAGCUCCCUCACACGCCUCUUAGUGAUGCUGGAGACGGAGUGAUGCCAUAUUCCGGCUCCGGCAUCACUGCUGUGCGCGGGAGGGAGUUGAGCAGGGAGAUCACUGCCCACUGCUCCCUCGCCGCCCGCUGCCAUUUAGUUUUCAGAAUUCUUGGCAGAACCCCCAUUUGUGUUCCGCGGAACACCAAAUGGGAAACGCUGAUUUAGAAGAAAAGCAGGUCACUCUCAAUAUGGUGAAUUAAAUAUAUAGGCAACAACAUUAGAUGCUCAAGGGGACAAAGUAAUUUUCUAAGAUAGCGCUUAUGAAUGUUUCGUGUACAAUCCUUUCUCAUUCGAGUGCUCACUUGAAAUUUUAGAGCUGUACAAAUAUUUUGGGGAGAAACAAAUCCCACUGUGUAAUCAUUUGAUACAUAUUAUCUGCUAUGACCCACAGUCACUGUACAUACCGCGCCCUGCAGACCCCUGCGACCGGGUGACAGACAUCACCAUUUGCGGCCCUGGACCGCGCGGUAAACCGCCGGGGCUGCCGUCCAAGGGGUCAAUCUGGUGGCCCAUACUGUCAUGGCCACCCGAUGGAGAUGGAUUGUUAGGGGGCCCGGUCAGCGCUGGGCGCUUUAACAGCGCGACCGGGCCCCCCUGUGAUGAGAUCAUCACUGCUGGGAGGAAGUGACUGCACGUCACUCCUCCCAGCUUACACAGAGCCCACGCGGGAGGAAGAACUGGGAGUCAGAGUGGGAACUCCCAUCAACCUGAGCCACCACUGGCCCCUAGGGAAAGUCACCCUCCUGCACCUAAAAGGUAGGAAACAGGAGGGUGACUUAAAUAUUAUGUGUGUGUUUGUUUGUUUGUAUGUCUGUAUGUAUGUGUGCCUGUCUGUUUGUAUGUAUGUCUUUGUAUGUAUGUCUUGUUUGUGUGUGUGUGUGUGUGUGUGUGUGUCUGUAUGUAUGUGUCUUUGUAUGUAUGUCUUGUGUGUGUCUGUAUGUGUCUGUCUACUGUCUUUAUGUGUGUCUUGUGUGUGUGUCUGUAUGUAUGUGUGUGUCUGUCUGUAUGUGUCUGUGUCUGUAUGUCUGUAUGUGUGCCUGUCUGUUUUUAUGUAUGUAUGUGUCUUUGUAGGUGUGUCUUGUGUGUGACUUUCUGUCUGUUUGUCGUGUGUGUCUGUCUGUAUGUGUGUGCCUGUCUGUUUUUAUCUAUGUGUCUUUGUAUGUAUGUGUGUCGUGUGUCUGUCUGUAUGUAUGAGUGUCUUGUCUGUAUGUAUGUGUGCCUGAUGGUGUGUAUGUGUCUUUGUAUGUGUGUCUUGUGUGUGACUUUCUGUAUGUUUGUCGUGUGUGUGUCUGUCUGUUUGUAUGUGUGUGCCUGUCUGUUUUUAUCUAUGUGUCUUUGUAUGUAUGUGUGUCGUGUGUCUGUCUGUGUGUGUGUAUGUGUGUCUGUCUGUAUGUAUGAGUGUCAUGUCUGUAUGUAUGUGUACCUGUUUGUGUGUAUGUGUCUUUGUAUGUAUCUGUCUGUAUGUGUGUGUGUCUGUCGGGAGGGAGAGUUAGAGGGAGGGGGGGUUGAGGGGGCCCCAUGGGUUAUGUGUACACCACUGCCCACAGUUUAUAUCUAUUAGUAAUUUCCAUUGUCUACACACAUCUUCGUAGCAUCCUGUAGCAGCUGUGAAUCUGUGUUUGUCUAUCCCUUUCUCAGAAAUCAUUGCUGGGGAGGAAAACGCAGGUAGUUGAUGCUUGCAGGGGAUCUUGUUUAUCUAGGUUAGUUAAUAAGAUCUCCAGUGUAGGAGCAUAGUUAAUAAUUAUAGCCACACGUGAGGCUACAGUCUCAUUGUAGCAGUGUAGAGAUAGAGAACAAGAGAUGGAGGUUAGCUAUUUAACAAUUUGGAAUCAGUAAUGUGGAUUAAAACAUUUAGUGAUAUGUAGGAGGAUUUUAUUAAGUAUAGUGUAUGUUUCUAACUACACAAUAUCAGGACAGGCUCAGACAAUGCUGGGUUUAUAUCUAAUGUAGGGGAUCUGACUGCACACUAUCAGGACAGGCUGUGGCAGCGCUGGGUUUAUAUUGAAUGUAGGGGAUCUGACUGCACAUUAUCAGGACAGGCUCAGACAGCGCUGGGUUUAUAUCUAAUAUAGGGGGUCUGACUGCAUGUUAUCAGGACAGGCUCAGACAGCGCUGGGUUUAUAUCGAAUGUAGGGGAUCUGACUGCACAUUAUCAGGACAGGCUCAGAGAGCGCUGGGUUUAUAUCUAAUGUAGGGGAUCUGACUGUAUAUUAUCAAUACAGGCUCAGAGAGCGCUGGUUUAUAUCUAAUGUAGGAGAACUGACCGCACGUUAUCAGGACAGGCUCAGACAACGCUGGGCUUUUAUCGAAUGUAUGUGAACUGACUGCACAUUAUCAGGACAGGCUCAGAAAAGCUGGGUUGAUAUCGAAUGUAGGGGAUCUGACCGCACAUUAUCAGGAUAGGCUCAGACAGGACACAGAGGUGCUGGGGAAGGGGACACAGUCACUCAGAGAGGCUGGGGAAAGGGAAAGAGAGACACACAAAGGGGCUGGGGGAGAAAGAGACACACAGAGGGAAUAGAAGGGACAAAGAGACACACAAAGGGCAUGGUGGGGUCAAAGAGACACACAGAGAGGCUGGGGGACAACGAGACACAGAGUAAAUGGGAGGACAAAGGGUUACACAGUAGGACUGGAGAGACAAACAGGCACAAAGGUGCUGGUGGGACAAAGAGACAUACAUAGGUGCUGGGGAGGGCAAAGAGACUCACAGGGGGGAAGGGGAAAAGGAGUCUGGGGGGAGAAAGAUACACAUAAAGGGUCUGGGGGAGAGAGAAAUAGACAGGGGGCUGGGGGAGAAUUUUGUUUUUUGGGGGGCAGGGGAGCUGCAUCUGGUCUUUCCUAGGAUGCAAAAUAGUCUAGCACCGGGCCUGCAUGAGCUUACAGACAGCCUUCUCCUAAAACCUUUGUCCUUUCUAUUUUAUAGAUUUCUGCCUCUUCAGAAACAGCUCAUAUAAAUUUCUCCUAACACAAAGGGCACAGCAUGGUCUGACUGGCCUAAUGUACUUGCCAUGUGCAGAUAGAUUCUUACUUUGCUGAACACACAAAAACUCUCCAUGCAAAGUCCCGUAUUUUAUCCAAUUUGUUCUGCAGGUUCAAUUGACCUGCAGUGUAUUUUUACUGAUCGGCCACAGUGAUUGCAUUUAUAUAUAGAUGCACAUGUUCUUUCAGCCUCAAAUUUAUUAGAUUUUAAUUUCACUUCUCAAAAUGGAUGUUCAGAAUUUAAUAGCUUUCUAAAUAUACAUCCUAUCUUCUGUCUGCAAAAUAAUCUAUCACAGGUUAAAUGUGGAUCGCAGCGAUAUUUCACAAAAUAAGAGGAUUGCUCAUAAAACUGUCCACGUGCAGAUACUAAGAUUGAAAGAGGACUUAGAAAGUCACAGUAGGUUGUACUUUAUACAUCUGUGAGCUACAAAUAAAGGGUAAAACUAAUCAUUAUUACAUUAUUUAGAAAUACUGAAUUAAAUAUCCCAAAUUCCAGCUCUUUUAAUGUGAACUGAGAGACUUGUUCAAGAAAACCCAAACUGAAAAAUUAAGAUUUUCCUAGCCCAGGGACAACAGAAAAUUAUUAUUAUUUUAUUAUUUAUAUAGCGCCAUCAGGUUCCGUAGCGCUGUACAAUGGGUGGACUAACAGACAUGUAAUUGUAACCAGACAACUGGACGUACAGGAACAGAGAGGUGGAGGGCCUUGCUCCAUGAGCUUACAUUCUAGAGUCCGAGUUUUAUUCAAGACAGGAGGCGAGUAUUAUGCUUAUGACUUUUUUUUGCUGCUCACAACAGAAAAAGUGUUGAUAACAGAUAGGUAGAACUAAAAAAAAAAAUAUCACAACCAAUCAUGAGCAGGUAAACUCUUUGACCAAUCAGCAUCAAGUAUAGUCUAUAUAACAGGUAGCCUGCGGCAGUUACUCCUCUUUCGGGCUGCGACGAUGAUAGAUGUAACGUUGAAAGAUGUAUUGAGAUUAAUCCAAUGAUGGUAGGAAGCAGGAUUGAUUAAACUUGGCAUCCAGGUUAAAAAUUAAAAGUAGAAUGAGGGAGUUUUUUUAAACUGUAAAGAAAGAAUCGAUUGGGUGGGAUAAUACUCGCCUCCUGUCUUUAAAAACUAAUUUUCUGUCACUCCUGGUCUAGGAAGAGUUUGAAUGUUAUCUCAGGCAGGAAGCUUGUUUUAUAGAAGGUUAAAGCAGAAUAUAUUUACAAAACAACCAGAGAAACAUAAGAAUGAGGUCUAAAGUAAAAUGAUUUAAGGGUAGAUUCUGAUGACCUAUCUUCAGCUCGGAGAAUAUCUAGUAUUGAAUCCGCUGCUUAAUAAACUUUGGUGGAUUUAGCUCCCCUAGUCCAAUGAGCGUCAAAUUUAGCUACAUCUGUUCUAGUCAUAGACAUGAUAAGUUUAACACAUAUAGUUAAAGUGGGAGUAGAUACAGGAAGGUGAGAUUUACAAUACGAAAUUAACAAUUGAAAAGAUGAUGGAUUGAGUUUGUGAUUCAAAUGUUUAUAAACAGCAAACUACGCAAAAGUUAGGAUGAUCAGGAAAUGGAGGAUAGAAAACUGUAUUGAGAUUAGUUUUCUUAAGCCUGGAGAUAAUGUUCGGAGUGUAUGAUCUGUUAGAGAAGUCUAAAGCUUUGACAUCAGAUACCCUUUUAAAAGAAACAAGGCAAAGCAAAACAGUUAACUUACAAGAUAACCAUUUUAAAGAUAGCAAUUCAUUAUCAUUCCAAGAGUUAAACAUUUGGAGAACUAAGUUAAACUCCCAAGUAUCAGUAUAUUUGGGACAAAGACAUCUUUGAAGUCUCAUUCCCUUCAUGAGUUUACAGAUUAAGGGAUGUUUACCUAGUUUAAAAGAGUUGACAGGAGAAUGACUUGCCAAAUGGCAGAACGGUAUAUGUUUGGUACAAUAUGCUUUACCUGAGUCAAAAGCAUGAGACAUAAAAUUUAGUAUGGAGGAGAUAGGUGCGUGUACGGGAUCCAAAUACAUUCCAUGCUUCAAUGAAUCCCAAGUUUCCAGGCUGAUCCUUAAUCAGCUCUGGUACCUGGGACCCAUGCCUGUGACAAGAGUUUUUAAGUUGAUAAAGAAGAUUCUGUACCAGAUGCAAAUGACUCAAAACCAGCCAUGCAACCAGAGUUGAUUGGUUGGAUAGCACGAGAGGAUAAAGGAUUGCCUUGGGAUCUAAAAUAUUCGAAUGGCUUGUUGGAAGAAUUCUCAGAUAAUCUAUUAUCUUGCUCAGGAUUUGAGGGAACCAGCAUUGAACUGGCCACCAAGGAGUUAUUAGAACCAUAGAUGAUCUCUGAAUUCAUUAUUUAAGUAGAACUUGUUAAAUCAUGAUGAUGGGGGGAAAUGCAUAAUUGGUUCCCCUGAGCCAUGUUUGAAAGAACGGUUGACAGUUGAGACGUGAAAGGAUCAACCUCGAAAGGGCCCCAAAGUUAAGCAAGUUGAUGAAAAAUCAAAAGAUUUAAUUGCCAAUAACUGUAGUCGACUAGGAAUCAAGAGUUCCAGUCUGCUUUCGUAUUUGAUAAACCCGGUAGGAAUUCUUCCUUUAAUAAGUCUCUUUCUAGACAGAAAUGCCAAAAUUGUUUGGCAAGCUCCGCAAGGGGUUUUGAUCUUGUACCUCUCAGUGUGUUGAUGUACUGAGCUGGUGUUAUAUUGUCCAUCAUGAGAAGGACACAACAGUUGGCUUUGUGUUUCACAAAACUUUUUAGGGUGAAAGAACCUGCUAAUAAUUCAAAGUAAAUUAUGUGCAUAAGGGAUUUGUUUGGAGACCACUUCCCUCUUGUGGACUGCAUGCCACAGCGAGCUCCCCAGCAAAUAUAAAGAGGUUUAUUGGGCCCUCUUUGUGUUUUUUUUGUUUGUUUUUUGAGAUGAUUAAAAAUACAGUUAAACUUGCCUUCCAGUGACAAUCUGUUCACUGCAUCCCAAUUUUCUUUAAAUGACGUCACCGAGCCUAAUGAUUUUUAUUCAAUUGGAUGCUUCUCUUAAAAAAAGCUCUGAGGACAUACAGUAUAUGAACGGAAAUCAUUGCAAUCUGAGCCAUUGAAUCCAGAUCAUCUCCUAGCGAAGCACUGGAUGCACAUUGUUUCUAGAUACUUUACAUGCUGACACUGGAUAGAAAAAAGAGCCUGUGAAUGAAUCUAUUUUAGCCUAGAAUCGCUACUAGUCUGUCUGUCGGUCUGUCUGUCUGACAAACCCUAAUAGGUGUGGAAACUAUAUCCAAUUUGUGCAAGGUAAGAACCAUGGAUGGCGAAGGUCAAGUUUUUCUUAAAUCCAUCCCUAAUUUCACUGUGAAUACGUAGGUCUGUACGGAUUGUCAAUUUGGUUUAUUCAUGGGUUGCAAGGACAGAGGUGGCCAACAAAUCCUGACACCUUUAGUUAAUAGUGAUCACAUGUUGUCCUAGUUUAGAAUUGUUAAAAAGAUAACAGAUCUUUACAGAGAACGACCAUUUUGAAGAAGAUAUUUUUUGCUACAUAUCUGCAGCAUCCAUGCCAUCCAUGAAGAGACCAAGAUUCUCAGCCAAUCCUGGUCCUCCAUUGGUUUUGGUACAGCAUAUUGAUGAUUGCCAGGCAAACGUUUAUAGGAUACAUAGCUUUGCCUCUGCCAUUAGUUUAGUUCAUGAAAAGUCAUGAAUUGCACCUCUGUGAACAUUAAUAGAAACUAGGGAUGCACUGAAAUUUCCGGCCAAAAAUGGGCCUAUCCUAUUUCGUCCGAAAGGGUCAAAUCUGCCGAAACUUUUGUCAGUGAGAUGGCCCUGGAUAAUGAAUGAAGCAGUAUGAUGGUAACUCUGGGUUAUCUAGCAGUGUGCCGGACCUCCCUCUCUCACAUACCCUGUAAGUGAUGCAUUCCCAUCGGUUUGGGCCAAGAACUCGCAGGGAACGUAGACUCGGCUGGAAACAUGGCUCCGCAGGGAACUUACCGAAAAACGAUGCUUCGCCGGGGAGUCUAACAUCGGCCAAGGAGGGACACAGGAGGUAAAGCGCAAGCCUUCAACGCUCCUGUACUCGACAGGAUCUCUGACUCGUUCCUCCCCACCGAAGCAGCGUGCACUUGAAAAGAAACCGGCCAAGAUGUCCGCCAGCACCUACCACAGUGUUGGCGUGCAACGUCUUUGGUGGGAUCAUCAUGUCAGUAGGAAGCGACUCUGCCAGAGAGGAGUGGGGAAAUGGCAGGAACCUGUUUGAAUUGGAUUCAUCGUUACUGAAGAUGUAGUAGAUAGAAAGCACUGGUAAAUGCUGCUGUGAGAGCUUUACAUAUUAUUUAUUCGGUGUCUGCUUAUAUAAUGGCUUCAAACUCAUAGCUGUUAUAAGUGCAAUGUACUUAGUUUAUAGUGUGGAGGCAAAUUGUGCAGUGUUACAGUAAGGAAGAGGCUUUGUGAUUGCUGUAGUGUGUUUUACAAGUGUGGCUGGCUAUCAGAGCUAGUCACUAAAUGCGAAAUUGUGGUAAAUAUAAAAUGGUUUUAAAAUCACUUGGUGAAAAAUGUAAUUUUUUUUUUUUCGGUUUCAGUUUUCGGCCAAGGGCAUCCUGAAUUUUCAGUUUCGGUUUCGGCCCCGAAUUUUAAUUUCGGUGCAUCCCUAAUAGAAACCACACACACUGUUUUUGUGUUUUUUAUUUUUAUUUCAUAAAUGAAGCAAUUUGGUGGCUACACACACAUAAUGCCAAGCACUGGCAUGUAUAAGCAUUGGGAAACAUAAUUCCCUCUAGGACAGUGUUGAGUGGGGCAGAGCAGAUAUUUGUAAAUUACUGAAGCUAUUCUAAUCAGAUUGAAAAUCAGUCUGAUUAUCCGAAGGAGAGAGAUUGAGAGGCACAGACGUGGUUAUGGGUUUUUUUAGCAUCCUUUUAGAUAGAAUCUAUUUUUCUAUUGGAGGACUAUAAAGGCCAACUAAUUCUGAAGAGAAAUAAGAAAAUAAUAAAAAUUAACAAUGUAAGAACUGUGGGUGUUUUUCCAAUACUUAAGUUCAUACAAAGAUUUCUGAAAAACUGAGCUUUUAAGCCUAUUGAUAACAAAAUGUUGUCUUUUUCCAUGACUGUCCGUGUUUAGAAAGGUGUUAAUUGGGCAUACUCAUUAGAGAGGAAGGAUUAGCUGUUUUCAUUUCCUUUUUUACUAAUUAGCAACGUCUAUUAUUUAUUUCAUUCAAUCCUUGUCACCUUUUUGGUGGAUUUUAUGAAUUAACUUUUUUUUUCUCAUAGACAUUAUUUUUAAAUGGGCACGUGUCCUCGAUGUAUGACGUUUAGAAAAGUGAAAAGGAAAUAGCACUUCUCCUCAGAUUUGACAAUGAUUUGACAAUUGUGUAUUUUUAAUAAUGUGCCUAUGAUGUGAUAGAAAUAAACAUAUAGAAUGCAGCUGUAGAGGCACAAAUACAUAAAGGGAAUCAACACAGUAAAGGUGGAGGCUAUAUUUAAAAGAAGAAAAUCUACCACAACAAGAGGACAUAGUCUUAAAUUAGAGGGACAAAGGUUUAAAAAUAUCAGGAAGUAUUACUUUACUGAGAGGGUAGUGGAUGCAUGGAAUAGCCUUCCAGCUGAAGUGGUAGAGGUUUCACACAGUAAAGGAGUUUAAGCAUGCGUGGGAUAGGCAUAAGGCUAUCCUAACUAUAAGAUAAGGCCAGGGACUAAUGAAAGUAUUUUAAAAAAUUGGGCAGACUAGAUGGGCCGAAUGGUUCUGAUCUGCCGUCACAUUCUAUGUUUCACUCGUCUUUUGGCUCACUGACAUUUGCUUUAGAUACAUUUGUUGUCUGGUCCAUGACCGUUCUAGAUUCAGUUUUGUCUGGCCCAUGGGUUUAAUAUUUCUAAAUUCAGGUUUUUUCUGGUCCACCGAGUUCUAGAUGCAUUGAUAUGGCCCAUUGACAGUUCUUGAUGCAGUGAUCUGGCCCACUGACAGUUUUUGAAUCAGUGAUCUGGCCCACUGAUAGUUCUUGGUGCAGUGAUCAUGCCCACUGGCAGUUCUUGGUGCAGUGGUCUGGCCCAGACACAGUUCUUGAUGCAGUGGUCUGGCCCAGACACAGUUCUUGAUGCAGUGAUCUGGCCCAGACACAGUUCUUGAUGCAGUGGUCUGGCCCAGACACAGUUCUUGAUGCAGUGAUCUGGCCCACUGACAGUUGUCAAUGCAGCGAUCUUGCCCACUGACAGAUCUAGGUGCUGUGAUCUGGCCCACUGACAGCUCUAGUUGCUGUGAUCUGGCCCUCUGACAGUUCUAGGUGCUGUGAUCUGACCCACUAACAGUUCUAGGUGCUCUGAUUUAACCCACUGACAGUUCUAGGUGCUCUGAUUGGGCCCACUGAUGGUUCUAGCCUUCUAGGUGCUCUGAUCUGGCCCAAUGAACGUUCUAGAUAUGGUUCUAGAUACAAUGAUCAUGCCCACUGACCAUUCUAGAUACAGUGAUCUGACCAGUUUUUUUCUGGUCUGAUAAACCUCUAGAGUUAUCUGAACUUUUGAUAGCAGUUCUAGAUGGAGUUGUUGCCAAGCCCGUGGGUGGAAGCAGUUCUGCAAGAUUCAGAAUGCAAUGCCAUAAAGGGUUACUUCCACCAAAAAACAGUGUUUUAAACAAAACCCUUCCUAUCCAGCCCACCCCCGUGAAAUAAAUUAUGGGAACGGCUAAAUGGUACCCAUGUUCCAGCACCAAGGCCAAGUUCUCCCUGCAGCCGUGAUCUUCCUCCACUGACAUUAGAGGAGGACUGGUGUCAUGGAGUAUGGGCUGAAUGAGAAAAGGGGCAGCAUGAUGGAGGGUGGGUGGCAUGCCGCCACUGACUGUCUGUCUCUGUCCGUCUCCACAUCUUGUGCAUGCUGGUGUCAGAUGCUAAAUUUGUACAGGAUUCAUAUUAGUGACCUUGAAUUCUUGUUCUAGACUGGCUAAUGACUCCCCAAGUAUGCUAGCAGAGGGGUUCAUUACUAUAUAUGCAUUAUUUCAUAGCGAAACUCUCCAAAUACAGACUCCAGGCACCAUCAUCACUUCAAAUUACUGAAGUUGUGAUGGUGCUUGGAGUGUAAUCCUCUUAAGUGUAUUUGGCUUGCUUUAAUAAUAGCUUCCUGUGGCAAAUUCACUGUUCAAGUCUAACUGAUACCCAAUGAUCUUACAUCCAGAGAAAUCCUGAAAAGACCAGCUAAAUGUCAUUGACCUCUAUGAUUCAUUUUAAAGGAAACUCGAAAUACACAGGAGUUCAGUGCAAGAAGAAUGAUGUAUAAUUGUGAGGAAGAAGUCUCUGUCCUGCAGAACAAACACUUUACCUGUGCAUAAAAAAAUUAUUGAACCCACAAAGAAACAUUCAUGUCUUAAUGCAUCUGGCCAAAAGUCUUGUCAUAAUAAUAAAAGCUUCCUAAGGACACGCUGUGCCCAGAGAAUGUGAUUAUAUGAUGAGUGAUGGAUGAACUAUACAGAUAAUUACCGCCGGCUGUACAUGUCACUAAUGGAAAUACUACAUCUUAUAAAACCUCUUUACAUUUUAUCCUUAAGGCUCAGAUCACAGCACAUACUCGGCACAUAUGAAACUCCGAAAAAUAAAUAAAUAAUAAUACUAUCUGAUAAUUCUCUAAAUUGAUCAAUUCAAUGAACUCUUUGAAGUGCAUUUCUUUAUAAUCAUCUUCCUAGUCUGCUCUAGAAGGAAAUCACGUGCCGUACCUAAAUGGAGGCGAUGUGACUUUCUAGAGAGAGGCUAGGGACACCGCCAGUCCAGCUGACUGCCUGUUACUGGAACCAAUUUAUUUUUUUGUGAAUUUCUUGUCAUUGGGGAGAUUUUCAGUUUUCAAAACACGCAGAAGAGACCAAGGCGGGAGACGCAGGUCUCAAACUUUUUGAAUUUGCGAUAUGCAAUAGCUGGGAUGCGCAAAUCUCUUUAGAAGAAACAGACAGAGGAGACACGCAGGUCUCGAUAAUGAAUGAUGCAGAACAUGAAUACAUAUCCAAUAGAAAAACUGUAUGAUAGUGCAUAAUCACUUUCAGCACAAGGCCCAUAGAGCCUACCACUACGUAGAGGUGGCACCAGGGCCGGCCCUUCCAUCUUGCCGCCCCUGUCAUAAUCUAAAACAGGAUUUCCCAACCCUUGGCGGCGUUGCAGCAACACUGCAUGGGUUGGGAACCUGUGUGAGAGUCCAUCGGGUGGCCCAUGCCCUUAGGGCCACUCGAUGGACAUAUGCAAUGAGGGGCCUGGUCGUGCGCUGUGGCACUUUAACAGUGCGACCGAGCCCCUUCUAUCGUGCACAUAGAGCUGGGAGGAAGUGACAGCGUAUUACUUCUUCAUAGCUCACACAGAGCCAGCAGCGCAGGAGGAAGAGGAGGAAGCCGCGAGGAUGGGGCCGGAUAGGGAGAGCAGGCCCCCAAUUCCCAUCUGCCACAGCCAGCAGAAGCUAAUAAACUGCUGGGUGGCUUAAUUUUUUAAUGUGUGUGUGUGUGUGUAUCUGUUUGUAUGUGUAUGUAUCUGUAUGUAGUGUGGGUAUUUGUGUGUGUGUGUAUCUGUUUGUAUGAGUGUAAGGUGUGUGUAUCUGUAUGUGUAUCUGUGUAGUGUGGAUAUCUGUAUCUGUGUGUAAUAUUUGUAGCGUGUGUUUGCAUGUAUGUCUCUGUGUGUGUGUAGUGUGUUUAGUGUGUAUCUGUGUAUGUGUAGUGUGUGUGUGUAUGUGUGUAGUUUUUGUAUACUGUAUGUGUGUAAUGUGUAUAUGUGUGUGUAUCUGUAUUUCUGUGUAUCUGCAUGUGUGGCAGUGUGUGUGUGUGUCUGUGUAUCUGCAGGCAUAUCAGUGUGUCUGUACAUCUGUAUGUGUGUCAGUAUCUGCAUAUGUGUCAGUUUUUGAUACAUUUACUGACACACAUACAGUUGCACAGACACACAAACACUGAUACACAUGCAGAUAUACAGACACACAAACACUGAUACACAUGCAGAUAUACAGACACACAAACACUGCCACACAUGCAGAUACAUAGACAAACAGAUGCAAUCACUGACACACGUGUAAAAUUGGGAUAACAGAAGGUUGUCAAAUGUACCAAGUUAGAAAUGUCAAAAAUCAAUCCAAUAAUGAUAAUGCACUUAAUGACCACAAAACAGCAAUGGGCCCCCAGUGGUUUUUGGCAUAAAUAGGGCAGAACAUGGCUGAGAUUAAGUUUCAGUUUGACUGCCGUAGAAGAUGUGAGUGUGUGCUGUGUGUUUGUUUGGCCAUUGGCGUCAAUGAAUAAUAGACAUUUGCAAAAAUUAGUUUUAAGUAGUUCAUCUGAAUACAAUUUCUGGAAAUUGCUUUCCGUGUAUGAAUUCAAGGGAUUUUAAUUUGUCUAAUUCCAUUAGUUUAUGAACAAAUUGAAUUUUCAGAAUCGAUUUGUUUGAGGAUUACCAGGCUUGGGCCACACUUAUUGGCAAUAUGGGUGCAAACUCCAAAGUUACCUUGGUAAAUUACCUUGCAAGAGAGAGACACGAUAAAAAAAAAAGUAUCCACAACACAAAAACUGAUUAUAGGAGAUUUAUUCCACCAUGUGUGGAACCAACAACGUUUCAACCUGACUGAGGGGUCUUUGUUAAAGGGACACUAUAGUCACCAAAACCUUAGCUUAAUGAAGCAGUUUUGGUGUAUAGAUCAUGCCCCUGAAGUUUCACUGCCAUUUAGGAGUUAAAUCACUUUUGUUUCUGUUUAUGAAGCCCUAGCCACACCACCCAUGGCUGUGACUGUGACAGCCUGUAUUAAAACAAAAUCGGUUAAUUUUUAAUGAGAUGUAACUUACUAUAAAAGUUGUUGUUUCCUGCUCUGUAAAUUGAACUCUAAUCUACAAAGAUAUUAACAGAGCAGGAGACAGGAAAUUCUAAAUUAAACAGACUUUGCAGGAAAGGAAGUGUAAACAUUAGAUAACUCUUUACAGGAAGUGUGUAGGUAGGCUGUGUAAGUCACAUAUCAGGGAGGUGUGCCUAGGACUGCAUAAACAAAGUGUUUUAACUCCUAAAUUACAGAGAAUUAGGCAGUGAGUCUGCAGUGGCAUGAUCUAGACACCAAAACUGCUUCAUUAAGCUAACGUUGUUUUAGUGACUAUAGUGUCCCUUUAACCCCUUAAGGACCAAACCUCUGGAAUAAAAGGGAAUCAUGACAUGUCACACAUGCCAUGUGUCCUUAAGGGGUUAAGCUUCCACACAUGGUGCGUAACCUCAUAUAACAAUUUUUGGUUUUGCGGUUUCUUUCUAGGUUGUUUCUAAUUGUAAGAAAAGCCAGACGUGGAGUGAACAGUAUUGAAUGUGCUGCUGGGACAGCAGAAGUCACCAUUGCAGCCACCAGAAAAACAGUGUGGGACUCAUUGCCAUCGGUGGAUGGCAAAACCGGGUGUAUCAAACAGUAACUUUGUGUUAAUGCAAGCAUGUGUAACAUAUUCAUCCUCACCUUGUUAUAUCUGUGCUGGAUCAAUUUGCCCAGGCUUUCUGUAUGCUUCUUACUCGGACAGCGCAUCUACAGCCUGAGGUCUCUCCAACUAUGUCACCUCCGCCUAAUGUACCGCCAGCUAUAGUACAUAAGGCACCUACUGUCUCCUUAUUACCUCCCCCGCAUUUUGAUGGUAAUAUUCAGGAAUGCCGGGGAUUCCUGAAUCAAAUUGAUUACCACUUUGAGGCCUCACCGGGAGCAUUGGGAGGCUAUUGUGCAUGUGUGGCAAAAAGCUGCACGGCCAAACAGCAUCUCCAUGGGGAGUGUUCAGCGUCUCCAUGCAGACUCAAUCUAAUACUGCCCCCAUUUUAAUACACUGCCCACAAAUUCAAUACAUUGCCCCCAAAUCCAAUACACAGUGUCCCUCCCUCUAUUCUAAUACACUGCCCCCUCACCCAAUCUAAUACACUGCUCCUUAAUCUAAUACACUGUCCCUCCUUCCACUCUAAUUGAAUACAUUGCCCCUUCUCCCAGCACUCUAAUUUAAUACACUGCCCUCCCUCAAUUUAAUACACUGUCCCCCACCCUCCCCCAAUUUAACACACUGCCCGCCUCCACCACUCUAAUACACUGCAGCCCUCCCUUCCCCAAUUUAUCACACUGCCCCCUCCCACCACUCUAAUACACUGCCCUCCAACCCAAUCUAAUACACUGCUCCUUAAUCUAAUACUGUCCCUCCUCCUACUCUAAUUUAAUACAUUGCCCUCUCUCCCCCAAUUUAACACACUGCCCGCCUCCGACCAUUCUAAUACACUGCCCCCCAUCCCCAAUUUAAUACGCUGGCCCCCCUCCCUCUCCCAAAUUAAUUCAGUGCUCCCUCCCUAAAAUGAAUACACUGCCCACUCCCUAACCCAAUUUAAUGCACUGCCCCCCCCCUCAAAUUAAAACAAUGCCCCCUCCCCAAUUUAACACACUGCACAGGAAGGUCCCCCAAACCCCUCUUCCCCUACCUUAAGAUGAGCUGCCCGUCCUCCAGUUCCAGCCCUACUUUUCUUCACUCCUCUGGAAGCAGGAGGGAAGGGGGAGUGACUUCAGGAGCACGCGAUCAGCCGAGGGAGGUUAGACAAGAUUUAGAGAGGAAAUAUUGCAGAAUGCAGAAUGAAAACAUAGGGCAAAACAGUUGGAAUGUUUUCAAGGAUGGGGUACAAGCACUUUAUUAUUAGCAGUAGUAUUCAUGGGUGACCCAGGAAGCCCCAGCAUUUCCUGGAUGAUCCAGUCAGGAUUACUAUGUAUCACCAUGAUCCAAGAUGGAUCCUUGCAUUGUGACCCAAGAUCUCACUGCUAAUAUGGCAGCUGUACCGUGUGAUGUAUGCCCAUGCACUUAAGAGUCUUAGCCAAUAGCCUCAGUUGUGUUUCUACAGUACCAUACCGUUUUGCCAGUAUAUAUGUGCUUCCAUGACUGUGUGUAUAUAUACACAUGCAAAAGAAAGAGAAGGCACAUAUUUAUCAGUGGACACUAACCGAGUGUUACGCAUCGGGGUGGCUCCACAUCUCUUUAUUGAUGUAACCAAAAGACUUGGGAGUCUCUUUUUAGCCCAGAUUGUUUUUUGAAACUCAAGCAAUAUUGGGGCUCUCACAAGAGCCUUUAUAAAGACUUUGUAUACAUGGGCUUCCAUGAUAAUGUGCGAAUGCAUGUCCAGGUAUGUGUGUGCAUAUAUAUGAAUACUUGUGUAAGUAAGUAUGUUUGAAUGGUUUUGCUAUGUGUGUAUAUAUGGAUUUAUUAUUACCAGUAUAGAAAGCUCUUAAAAUCUAAUCUGAAGAAAAAAAAAAGAUCUGCAUGGAUGGAUGGACGGACAGCGGAUGGACAGAAAAACAGGGAGAUAGAUGGAUAUGAGGCUUUACUUAACACUUCUUUCCAGGGGCAUUUAUCGUAGCAGAUUUCAUUUCUGAUGGAGAUAAAUCGUCUUUAUAUAACACUGCCCUAUAAAACUCAGCAGCAACCUGUGCUCUAAUAAGUCAUUUUUCUGGGAAAUUUGGGGUAAAUUGAAGUAAUUCCGUAAGAUUGCGGCUCAUAGCUGGUGAGUGGUCACUGAGUGGGUCUGAAUUAUGGAAGGUGCAAAGUCACCUAUUGUAAUAAGCAUCAGGGAAAUGGUCUGGCUACAGGCAGCAGGCUCCACUUUACCUAUUUACCGCAAGAUCAGGUCAAGCUCAAGUUUCUUGAGCCAAUAUUUGGGAGAUAUCUAAUUACUGGUGAUGCGGCACAGAGCUGAAUACAGUACAUCAUAUUCCUGGAUGGAUGAUGCAAGGACCCAGUUUGAUAGUUUUACGAGAACUGUAACUACGGGGCAAAACAAUGGUGUUUAAAUAAAAUAUUUAACCGGUACCCUAUCUUUCUUUUCCUUCCUAGAUAAGAAAACGCAUUGAGACAGUGAUGAGAAAUCUGUUCUUUCUCGAUGAUUCAAAGGAAGACUCAAAACGCAAAACAGACCCCAAAAUGAACAAGCUUGACACUACCCCAAAGGUGACUCGCUCCGUAAACAGGAAGCGAACCUUUUCAGAACCAAUACAAUAUGGCUACUUCCGCAGCAUGUUAUUCCACCGCACCUCUGCCAGCGUAAGACGCAGAUCCUCUGAAAAAUCUCAAGAACGGCUCCAAACCCACGGAAGGCGGCAGAGUCUCGAUAGCUCGUGCCACAAAGAUCCUUUUGCAGAGGAGUAGGAGCAAAUUUUCCUGAAUAUGAAAAAAGUAUUUACGUUUAAGAAGUCACUGUCAUGUAUUUUUUUGAUCUGUGCUUUUACGGUUGAAUCCUCAACGACCUGCACAUUCAAUAUUUUAGCUUAAAGAGAAAUUUCAAUGAUACGUUUAAUUUCAAUGAUGAAUGCAAUGUGAUAUAACGCAGUAUUAUUCAGUAAUGAAUAAAAGUGUCUCAUUUUUUCUUGUUACCUUAUACUUCGUUUAUUUAACGACCAGCUCUGUGCUUUGCGUUUUAGUUGAGCAUAUGGUUUCUAGGCUCCACCCCCUGCGCAUAAAACACAGAUCCCUUGUUAUCUUACCACACCAGAUACCCAGAGCUAAAUACAGAAAAUAUACUGCACCUGUUAAUAUAACACAUUAUUGUCAGAGAGACUCGGGAUUGUCCAUCUGCUUCCUGCUGCCAGGCCUUGGCCACCGACACAGAACAGGGGACACACAGCUGGUGGAAAAUUGGAGGAAAUCAAGAGAGGGAUUCCAGAAGGACAGGGGAGUGAAGACACUAGUGGUACAUGAUGAAGACAAG